CACGCACACCGACACUCCCGUCCGGCGGCCGUCCGUUCCGACAACGAACGCCUGCAGUAUCGCGACCGCGCCGACACAGACGUUCCCGAUCCGCCGUCGUAUUUUACGCGCGACGAUUAUUGGCUGCGUGGUCAACAUUAUCGACUGUCGUUUUUUCGUUUUUCCUUUCGAAUUUUCGCGCCGUUUUUCACGUUAAAUCCCGCGGUUUUUAUCGACAGCGGUCGAGGCGACGCGAAACCACCCCCACCCUCCCCCCCAUUACACCCGGCCGCGGGCCGUCGUCCGACGACGCGUGAUGUGAAUGUCCGUCUUUUGCGUUUCGUUUACGGUACGAGUGCCGCGAACAGUAACCGAUAACCGACGACACCAAUAGCGCCGUUCGCGCUCAGCCUUUGCAGCCCCGCCGCCGUGUCUCCGACCGACACGUCAAUGGCCAGGAAACCCAAAGACGUUGUCGCGACCAUGGUAAGUGGACUUUACCGCAGUACUCAUACGCCUUGUUCGUAAACGGACAGCAGAAUCUCGAAAACCCGCACAGAUUGGCCGACGCGCACACGCGAAAACAGUCGUUUUUGAAAAAUCGUCUCUUUCGCGGUUAGCGCCUUUUUGGGUCGCGGUAAAACAAUAAUAUUUUACGAUUCGAUACAAUUCGAUGUGGGUAAAUCGACGAACGGUGUUUUUGGUUAGAAAUCUCGCGCACAUCAAAACUUUGAGCUUUUCGUAAUAGUCAGGGAAAAUCAGUACUGUAUGAUUCAUACGACCGACCACGGAAAUAAAACGCAACGGCCUUUAAUACUUUUUACUUGAGGCGUUGGAACGCGACCAUUUUUCAUACGUUUCAGACCGAUAAGCGACAAGAAAUGACACGAUUAAUUUUUAAAGUGUUUUACGAAUUUGUUGACAAAUUUUUUGGGUUAUUUAGUAAGUUAAUUUUCGUAGACGUCCGAAGUAACAGUAUUUUUUUUUUUGAAAAUUCCGUGAAAAAUAACCGCGUUGAAUUUGUAUAGGUUAUGGACACGAAGAAUUUAAAAUCGAAAGUUUGACUUGAUCACUCUACGUAGUUACGUACAAUUUUUCAAUAAAUCCGGUUAAUGGGGAAAGUAUGUAUAAUUAUCCGCAUGUAAACAUGGGCGUACUCCCUCCUUUUAAAUGUGUAUCGGGCAGUUGAUUAGUAAAUAUUCGUUAAGGUCAUUGGACAAUAAUAUUCAAACUUUACAAAAAUAUGAGAAAAUGUGGAAAACCGCUUUCAACUCCUUUGAAGCGAAUUUAAUACUGUGGUUACAGUGGUUAUAGUGGUUAAUCCGCAGUAAGUAUUCAAAAACCGUAUUAAUUCGAAAAAAAUCACUGCGAUGUUUUGAACAUUUUACCACGUCGUUAUUAGUAUUAUGUGAAUGUGUCGCGUUAUUUUCUAACGGAUUCCAAAAACAAAAUCGUAAAUAAUAAAACCCUUAUUAGGUUCAUUUUUCUGUAUCUCCUACGUUUCGCCCAAUUAUUAAGAAAACUUUCUUACACGCACACCAACUAGACAACAUUAAUAAUUUUUUUCAGAAAAAAUGUUACAUUUGAAUUUGUGGUUCAAGACACUUCUGGUACAAAACACCGUAAAACCGUAAUAAUAAUGAAAUGCCAAAUAUUUGUUCGUUUUUUCUAUACGUUUUCACCCCCGGGUUAGUCCUGUUGUUAUGAAAAUCGCUUGGAAAAUCAAAAAAAGAUCUGAAAAACUAUAUUCGAAAUGCAACCGAAAAAGUCUCUUGUGGUUUUUUGGUCGGGACAAGAUUUCUGCGGGCUGAAAAGUUAUUAACAGACGCGAAGAAAAACACCGAUCUUACUUAAUAAAUAAUACGUAUAAUUAAUACGCAAGUACGUGAAUACUAAACGUAUUACGUUUCGAGUUGCUGCCAGUACUGCGGUAUACUACUAAAUUACUAAAUCGGAGUCGCACGUAUAAUUUUAAUGCGAUAAUUAAAAAACAAUUCUCGGUCUCUCGGAUUUGAAAUUGUAAUGUUUUCUGAAUAUUAUUAUAUUAUGUUGUUGCAUUUCUAAUAGGUUUUUCAAUUUUUUUUUUUCACCAUUGUGCGUUUAAUUAUUAAUUAUCUAUGCGCGUUUGCUGCACAUCGUUGUUUUUUUUUCUUUCCGAAACAUUAAUAAUUUAAAAAAAACAUCGUUUUAAAACUAAUUAUUACUACGCUUCGCUUUGCAGAAAUGAAAAAAAAAAAAUGAUGAUAAUAUUAUUAUUAUUAUAUUGUGUAAAAUGUAAAAUGUUUACGCGUGCGUAUCGAAUACGUUCGUUUUCUGUAUAUUUUAAUUAUUUCGUCCGCGCCCAAUAUAGGUACCUACGUUAUAAUACUUAAUAAUAUUAUGUACAAAACUUAUGAUUGAAAAUUAAUUUUUUUUUUUUCCCGAAAAGGAAUAUAUUAAUAAAAAAACUGAAAAAAAAAAAAAAAUGAUAAUUACUUGUAGGUUUCACGCCUAUAUAAUUAUUCCUGUACGAUAAUCGAAAGUCUUUACUGCGUGUCUCUCGAAAAUAUGCCCGUUCGCGAUAACUCAGAAAGUCGAUAUUUAUUCGGAAUUUGUUUUAUGAAAAUUUGAAAAAAAAUCAGCUCUAAAAUUUGUACAUUACCGUUAUUUUUCGUCACCCUUAUUUUCCGGGGCGAACCAUUUGAUUUUCGGUUGUAAUCAAUUAAGUCGUAAACUUUAUUAUAAACUCCGCAAAUGGACGACGUUUCAGUUUGAACGUGUUUCGGUAACGCAAUUUUCGACUUCCAUUAACCCGCUGACGAGACAUUCCACUUUUAAAUUUGCCCAAGGGUGAGUUGUAGUGGACCAUCGUUUGUGUGGCGGCGCCUGCGUUCGAAUAGUCGUCCACUGUUCUCCCUCCCACAAUAUAAACACCUAGGUACGAUAUCGACAAAAUAUGUUUACUCCGGUUUUGAUAAUGUCCCGAGAAACGAAUGGGAAAUUCGAAACGUUUGCAAACACGGCAUUUAGAAGUACAAGACAUAAAUAAUCGUUGGACUUUGAUAUCGCCUUGAAGUAACCGUUAACUGCUAGAAACCAGGUCCGGCCGUCUUAACAAGGGGUCACGUGAUCAGUCGCAGACGGCGUGAUGUUCGUUUUGGACGUCGCGUUAUAGCUGUGAAAGCAGUCGGGGGGGGAAACGGAAAAGCCUAGCGACGACGAUGACCCACGAAGGACGUAUGAGACUGCGGGAGCACGGGGUUUUGGGAAAUCGAUAACAACGAAUUCCGGCGCGCGGACAAGAAGGCCGUUCUGUCGGUGGCGUACACGCGUUUGAAGCGCGUGACCGUUAAAGUCUCCUACGAAAUCCGCGUAAAGCGUAUCAUUUCCGCGUGUCCGCCGAAAAAACAUAACGCGCAGCUUUCAGGCGUUCUGACGAAAUUUAACACGAUUUUUUUACGACCCACUGCCGAAUAUUAACGGUCGCGAUAAUGUAUGUCAAUUAUAACCGUUUUCUAAUUUUCGUCAAGACGACUGGCUGUUGAAAUUGAGCGUAGCCGAGCGGAAAACUGCAAAAAAAAGGGAGCGCACACCGGCUGAUCCACUGCAGAGUCACAACGCCGUUGUAAUUUAAUAUCGACCCGCCGUAACGAUCAUUCAUUUCGAUACACGCGACACCGUGCGUUAUCCCGACCGCGUGCACAACGAUAACACGCGGGAUGUCGACGGAUCUGUUGCGCGAGGGUGUUUUGCCGUUUGUUAACGUGUACGGCGCGCCGCGGAAUCGCUUGUUGAUCGCCCUCGCCGCGUACACAAUAAUAGUUACGAGCGUUGGACUCGGGCCAACGCCGUUAAUAAUAUUCCAAAGCUGCAUAACACGCGCGCGUAUAUAUAUGCACACGCUUUCUGCGGCUCAUUUGUAAUAAUGUAUCGGUUGAAAAAUUCCCGCCGGUAAUGUGGCACGUACAGAUACAUACUAUUAUGUUUACUCUUUCUCGGAACGUAAUAUUAUUCUAUAUAUAUAUAAAAAAAAAAAAAAAAAAAAAAAAAAACAUAAAAAAACAGGGACUUAUCGCGUUGUUGCGAUUGUCCGCGAAAACCCGACAGUUGUUGAAAUGCAGAGUCGAUACGCAUAAAUUCGCGUGCUAUAACAGUCUACAUGAAAUGCGUAUUGCAACGCGUCGUACGGACGCAUACAGAGCGAUCGUUUUGCCCGUGAACCGGCGCGCCGUACCGUUUUCGAGUCACGAGUCGCGGGGAUGUUUAAAAAAAAAAAAAACGUCGAACAAAGCUCUUGGAAAAAGCACACGAAAAAUAUUUCACAAAGCGAAAAACGGUCAACGUCCGAUAGAAUUUCUUCAGAUUCGUUAGGCAGGCGACGUCCUUGCGUCCUUCUACCGUCCGGUCUGAUGUUGCGCUCGCCGACGUUUUCGCGCGUUUUAAAUGUUAUCGGUACCGUACGCGUUGACCGAUCGAACGUCGCGCGGCCGGAAAGUUCGAAACACCGUCGUAACGUCGCUUCGGGUGCACGGCGGUAAAACAACGCGAAACAACCGCAUCGCGGUUAUACAGUUUUCGCGAACAAAAAAUGUUUAGCAGUGACGCGAAACGUUCGAAUCGUUUAGAAAAAAAAAUCGUGCACGAGAAACCCGCGCGGAGCCGUAAUAUUUGAACAUCACGUGUUGGCGUCGUAAGAGCGCGGGGAUAAUAUUUUACGCGGACGGGUUUCGGAUAAGUCACAAUAUUUUUGUAAUUUUUUUUUUUGCCGGGCGUCUCUCGUUUUCACCGCGUUAUUUACAAUAACCGCGGGCCCGUUUGACGCGGCCGUACGCGGAUCGUAAAAAAAAAAAAAAAAAAAAAAAAAAUCAUAAAAAAAAAACGUUUUUUUUUUUUUUUUUAAUCGAUUAAUAUUACACAUAAAUACAUGUACAAUUUAUUGUGUGUCCGUCGUAAAUACCCGUAUGAUAUACGUUAUUUCGCGAAUAAUUACACUGCGCGUUACCGGGGCCGCCGCCGCUGACGCGGUGUAACAGCGAUAAACACCGGACGUUUAACGUGUACUUGGGGGAAACAACCGCUAUUUCGCGCGAAAAAAAAAAUAAAUGAUAAUCGCACGUGAGAACGCGCGUUUUAAUUGCUUUAGCCCAGAUUUUUUUGUUUUUUUUUUUUUUUAUUGUCUUUUCGUUCGUUUCGCGUUUUACGGUGUACGUUCGUGUACGCUAAUAAACGCGCGCGACGGGACCCGGCGCGCGGAAAAUGUGCGCCGGCACCGUUCGCGGUUACACACACGCCGCGCGGCGCACGAUAUUAUAAUUUUAUCGAUCGUUUCACGUGGUUCGUGAAAACGAAACGAGAGAAAAAAAGUACGCCGCCGCCGCGGCACACGAUUUAUGUAAAUGAACGGGGGAGGGAGGGGGGGGGGCCUCGAUGAUUUAUCGCGUUUAAUCCUCGUUUAAUCGUCCCCGGGACGAUUGCACAAAGACCGAAUAUUACUGUGCGCGUAUACGUGUGUAUGGUAUACGCAUCGCGCGUGCUCGUGAAAAACGAAACAUAAAAAAAAAAAAACAAAACCGUUCGCCUAAUUGAUUGUUAAAUUAUAACAUCGGGAGGAGGGGUUCGAGUAUGGUAUUUCGCGAAAGGCGCACCGCGCCGCGUGUACGAUGUUUGAAAAUACGCGCGACGGUGUCCGCCCGCUUCGGCUGCGCCCGCGACGCGCGCCGGCUCGGGCCGUCGGCCGCAGGCGGCGGGCGCGACCGUAUCGCGCGGAGGGACUGACGGGGCCGUGGCCCCGCCGAAAUCUCCUCCAAACCCCUCGACGUUUCCCGCGGCUUCUCUGAAAACGGGCGCGCAGUAAAAUGUUUUCCGGUUUCACUUUUCUUAUUUGUGCACGUUUACACGGAGUGUCGCCCUCGGACGCGCCACUCGGACUCCGGGAUCGCGUCCCCGGGCAGACGAGUACCGUAUCCCUCCGGACCGGAGCGGGAGUCGCGCGUUUCGGCGCGGUCCGGACUCACGGAUCAGGGCGUGCAAAACACGCGCCCCGCGCGUACGGGCCGGCAUACUCGGACCGUUUAUUCUAUACCGUCUCGGGGGUGGGGGAGGGGAGGGGACGAGAAAAAAAAAACCAUUAGCGAUAGUUUUCGUUUUUUUUUUCCCGUUCGGUCCGCGCCGUGCAAUUAUUUACGUAUUAUUGUUCGUGCGUAAUAUCCGCGUGCGAACGAAAAUAAAAAAAACCACCAUAAUGUUAUCGAACCCAAUAUAAUAACCGGCAAUCUCCGCAAUCUGCGGACGCGGCACACGGCGACCGCGGGGAUAAUGCACUCCGCGAAUAUCGGGACGCGACAUCAAUACGCGCGUCGUUUGACGCCCUCUCGUUACGCGCUGUGCGUUGCGUUUCGCACGGCGGGUGGGGGGGGGAAAGGGGCGCCGCGCUCCUCGUAUCGCGAACGUUACACUCGAGGACGCGUCGCCGGUGCGCGCUAAUGAACGACAAGCGCCCGCCGGUUCUUCCGGGUCGUACGGUUUUUUGGUCCGGGCGGGCGUGUUGCGCGCGGAACGAUAACAAUAAUAAUACGCGCGAGCGUGUUGUACGAAAUGCGACGAAACAACGCGCGGUUGUAUUGCAGAGUCGCGCCGGGUUUUUUUUUUUUUUACGUUUUUUUCAGCCGUCUCGCAGUGGCCGCCGCGGCGGCCCGUCGGCUUUUAUAAUGCGUUUUGCACACGCGCGAUCACGCGUCAUUACAUACAGGCGUUACCAUUGCCAUUGUUUACGUCAUUUUUUUUUUUUUUUUCUUUUACUAUACGAUGUCUUCGUCAACAUUCUCGGUCAAUUCGGGCUGUAAUGCGCCGCGGUUGCCGGCGUUUUACCGAACAAAAACGUAUACGUGCACACAGCCGCCGUGUUUCGCUCAGACGGGUACGCGAAACACGGACCUAUCGAUUUGGCCGGCGACCCGGGGUGUGAAAAAAUGUAAACUCCGGCCGGACAGCGGACUCACGGGGAAUUUGAAAUCGGUAAAAUUCCGGCCGGUAAAUGCGGACAUCGCGUUGUGGUUAUCGGUUGAAAAAAAAAAAAACGUAUUUAGUAGGACGGUACACGUGCGCUUGUUUGUUUCCGUCAUUUUCCGCGAUUUUUUCGGGCGGCACGGUUUCUGCGGCACACCGACCACGCCGUGUACGCUUUAAACGUUUACUCCCGGGGCGCGGGAGUUUCCCACGUCGUUUCGCCCGACUCGAUAAUACGCGCGCGUUCGCGUUCGCCCCGGCACGGCACCCCCUACGCCCGACCCGGCCCCGCAGCGCAGUCGCAAACAACACGCAUUUCGACUGCGUUCCUCCUCCUCCUCUUCCUCCUCCCCCCCCGCUAUCCCGUAAACAAAACCGAUUGUUGAACGCGGUUACCGGGUACGCGCGGCGGCGAGCGCAACACCCGCGCGGACAAUGGAACACAAUACGAAAAGGUCGGGUCAACCGCGGACGCUAGACGGGAAAAAAAAAUAACCUACAAUAAUAACACGCGCGUUGCCGGAAGUCGUUUUUUUGUUUUUAGUUUUCCGUGCGCGUUCGACUCGAACGAUUUCCGAACGUUUUUCUUAAUAAAACGUACCUAUAACCGUUAAUUAAUAUAUAGAUGCGUGUGCGUGUGUAUGUUGUACAGGAUAUCCGUCGACACUGCGUACCCGCGUGUUAUCUCACGUUACGAGCGGUGUGAACCUCACGCCCCUGACGUAUCCGUCGAACGGCCGGUGUCCGCGUGUGUUUACAUUAAUUGUUAUUUAUUCGAACGGGCGGGCGCCGCGGGACGGAAAUAACAAUAACGAUAAUAACGGGAAAGACGGCCGGGGAGACGAAUUAAAAUUUAAAAAAAAAAAAAAAAACGGCAGGCGGAUUCGCGUCUACGCGACAUGCGCGUGUAUCAUAAUGGUUCGUUUCGCAAACGCGGCCGCGCGUAGUUUUUAUUUUUCUCACCGAGUGCCCGUCAUCUUUGCUCGUCCGCACGAACUCGAAAACCUCCGGCGCCGACUUGCGUAACGCGAUGCCGGGGCGACGUUGUCUGCCGGCCGAACGGGACGCGGAGCUGGCGAAUAAACCGUUAAUUUCUGUACUCGCCGGAGAACCCAGACUACUUAUAAACAACGCAAUUACGUUGUUAACGCGUCUGUUCAAUACGCCGACCGCGAGCGAUUGCUGUUGGAAUCGAUUUCGACAUUUUCCCGCGGGAGUCAAUGUUCUCUCUGGGCUUCGGACGCGUCUGCGGGCCCCCCUCCCCUCCGAAUGCAGUCGAACGGAAUUGUGUACGCGCAUAAAGUGCCGAUUGAGAUAACAGGAUGAGACUUCGGGGGCGAGGCGGGGGGGGGGGUUAUAACUUUCCGCCCUCGUCCCUAUGCUAUUUGUACGGUUCAAUCUCAACGUUGCAUUUCAUAUAUUGAAACACGACAGUUGGCGGUGAAGUUUAAUUUCGCAUUAACAGUAAUAAUAUCCGGUUGUUCGUAUGGUUUUACAAAGUUUUAGACUCGGUCGUACGCGUUCCGACCGUGUAUAACUCGAACCUGAAACCAGGACCCGGCAGAGAUUUUCUUUUGAAAACUCACGAUCGGCUUAUUCUCGUUGUAUUAUAUCGUCUCAUUCGAGCCGAAUUGUACGAUACGCUCGUAUUGUAUUUCCGUUGUACACUUGCACGAUUCGGAUCAAAGACGUCUGUACAUUUAUAUUUUAUACUCCUCGGCCAUUCCGCGUGCGUGUUAACUGCCGUGCUACCUCCUCAAUCGUGUGCCCAUACGUCAACUACACAAAACACAAUCGCGGUUUCGAAACGUGCGGUGUAUUCUCGGUCUUCGCUUUUAUCUCGCAUCCAAACCGGGUCAGCUGUAUACUCUCGCCCUCCACAUCGCCGCGAUUUUCCACCUAUACUCCACACCUUAUUAUAUGCGCGCUCGUAUCUCCCCUAAACAACCUCUAGGACGUCACUUCCCUGCGGUAUUCUAACCGGCCGCACCUUUGGUUAUAUUACGCGUAUCUGCCAUCCGCAUCUACAACUCCGCCGUAGUGUGCACCCGUACUAAAUACACACUCGAACGGUACGACUCGAUUUAUAAUGUUUACUUUCGAGCCUUACACCGCGCGGUGACCUCUAUUUAUUUAUUUUUUCUUCUCGCUGCCAAACCCGAACCAUACACUACUUAUUAUAGUGUGUUAAUUCGAUAACACCGCCGUAUCAUUUUAUCGAGACGGCGGCGGCGGAGAACCGUGUAAAAUUUCGGCGGUCCGGUACGUCACGCGUUCCCGUGGCACACAUAUAAUUUAUCGCAGGUAUAUGCGAUACGAUAAAAUGAUAUUAUAACCUUAUUGUUGUUGUGUACGGGCGUUAUGAAAAAAAAACAAAGCGAAACAAAACAAUACGGUCCAAACACGUCGAUAACACGUAUAACUCGCGAUAUAUCACACAUUAUUAUUAUCAUAUCGUAUAAUAACAUUAUAAUGCCCGGCGGUCCAGAACAAUGAUGGCCGAAACGGGGUCGAUCCCGUGUGUAAACACCGUCGUCCGUCCGUCCGCCGAAUUAUCUCCGGUCGAACUCCCGCGAUCUGUUCAACUCCGUACUAAAUCGCGCACUUAAUAUCGUAUACUGCGUGCCACUAUUACCCCGCCGCGUCUCUCGCGUUUAACGGUAUUUUAAAUUCCACUAUUAUAAUGUUAUGCGCACGUCGUUAUAUUAUUAUAACGACGCCGGUCGUCAAUACGACACCGCAGCGUACAUUUUACGACAGUCUGCAAUAUGACGGCCGAAUCUAAAACGGCCGGAUGGAAAAAAUUCGAUUUCAAUUGUGAUGUAAAAUCGGGUAUUGCGGUUUUCGGGCCGAGAUUUGCGAGACGCUGUAACGCGAUAGACGCGACGCCGUUGAAUCGUCUCCGCAGUAAUGACAACAGUAAAAACAAAUGAAAAUGCCCGGCACGAUGGGUGAGCCACUGUUUGAGGCGAGCCGUUCGAUAAGGAAGAGGGGAAAUUUAACGAUUUGAAAAUAAUACAUUUUGUACAUUUACCUGUUUUCCCUACGUUUUUUUCCGGCUUUUCCCAUUUAUUAUGAAAACUUUGGAGAAAACAAAAAAAAAAAAAACGACCUCCUUAAAGUACCACCCCAUACGAAUUUUCUUUCAGAAAAAGUGCUACACCUGAAAAUCGAAGCAAAAUUUCUGGUAGAAAAGUUGUUCACAGAAAAAAAAUAAAUAAACAUUGUAAAACUUAUACAUUCCUCGCUCUGCUCACGUUCUAAAAUUAAUAUACGACGUGAUUUAAAUUGUCGAGCGAGAUAACAGACAUUACAAAAUUGUGAUAUUUUCAUAAAAGUAUUCAAAUUUCUCUUGAAAAUUAAAAUAUCGAAAAAAUAGUGCCCCACCGUUGCAUUAAAAAUAACGUUUUUAUCUUUAAAAUUGACAACAGAUCGGUUCACCGUAAUAUUAAAAUUAACAGCACAAUGUUAUGUCUCAGCCGAACGCAAAUUGUCUGUGUCAUAACGCACGCACAAAUAUCACGCACUCUUACACACAAAACAUAUCAAUUUUUUUUUUUUUUUGCAGUAUAGCGGAGAAAAUAAAUUUCUUUUAAAUUUUUUCCAUGUCCACUCUUAAUCUGGCCAUUAAUAUCCAUAUAAUCAACUAUUUAUGUAUGGCGUCUUAAUCGCUUCAUACAACAAUCGGUCGUUUUUUAUGAUAUUUUCGAUCCCCGAUCGUUUCUGUACUGACUCAUCGCGUUAAACCAACACAAUAUCACAAUGUAUUUCGUCGAUGUGAUUAAUCGAUCCAAUCGGCGCAGUAUAUAAUAUAUUAGAUAAUAAUAUUAUAUUGGGCGCGUCGUUACGAUACUCGCGUGAUCAACGGUUUUGAAAAGAAACGAACAGAAUAAAAGGCUUUUAAACGGUUUUCGAUUAAAUCUCCCGCGCGAUGACCUUAAACGGUUUGCCCUCUUCUGUUCAAAUAUUAUAGGACACCGCGGGCGAUACUGCAGCAGCAGCAGCAGCAGCAGCAGCAGUACGACGUGAUCGGUAAAUUAAACUGCGGCGUGCAUCACUAUAGGGAGUCUAUCGACUUGUGUGUACGGCCAUAUAAUAGCAAUAUGUGUGGAAAAUGUUACGAAAUUGCGCCGAAAAGUACUUGGGCAAUAAAAAUUACGUAUCGAAACCGAGCAGAGUAUUGUGCUAGCCGUAUUUUCAGCCCGCCGCGGUUUUGCUUUCUUUUGAUUACGCGUCUAAAAUAUCAUUAUCUUCAAACUUCGUCUACGUCGGCUCUCUCUAUUGCGCUCGUGCACGCAUCACAGUAUAGCAGCGCGGGUCCAUGGUGUUACGCACUCGUACGCGAACGUACGCUCUUCUGUCUACCGCCGUAGACAGCUACAUGCUUUCCGAGACUUUUUUUUUUUCCUCUUCUGUACUCUCAACGGCGCCUUUUAAUCGCGGACGCGCUUCGAAGUAUGCCCGUACGUGGUCGGAGUGCAGCGUUCCGGACAAUAUAUGUAUACACACACACACACACACACACACACACACACGAAUGCGUUAUUACGACGUCGCGGCGCGCCGAUCGAUACGCGCCCUUGCUUGGCGGCGGCGGUCUUGUCCGAAUAACCGCAUGACGUUUUACGUAAACGGGUCGCACGGAGCGUCCGUUAGUAAAAAUAAUAACGACGCGAUGGCGCGCGCACGGAAAACAAUGGCCACUAUAUUAUACAGCGGUGACGCGUAGCAGGCAACCGGGCCGGGUACGCGUUAUACACAACAACAACAACAACAAUAAUAAUAAUAAUAAUAAUAAUAACACGGCGACCGGGACGUGCGUCGUCUUCUUACGCCGGGGCCGCGAGUAUCACAGGAAUCCGACCGGCCGCGACCUCUCUGGCGGCGGCGGCGGCGGCGGCUCUGUGUGAUCAAGGGGUGUCUAUAGGGUAUUGUUUUUUGACUCGCGAGCCGACAGGAUGUUUCAGACCUUGACGUGCGUACGUUCGUUCGUGUAACGUCCGAAUAGGUGUAACGUGCCCGCGGUCGUUAAUGGCCGUUGUCAGUGCUUAUGCGUUUCGUCCGGGCAACGCCGCGCGCGACGUAAUGUACACCAUGCGAUACAAUAAUGUAUAGACGUUUGAUUUUGUUUCUUUCGACAAAAAAAAAAAGUAUAUUAUAUGUACGGAAAAAAAAAAUAUAUAUAUAUAUUUAUUCCGUAUAGGUCGGUACGUGACAGUAAUAAUUUAUAUGGAUUUCGGACGAUGCGGUCGUAUACACUGUGCAUUUUCGUCGAUUAAAAUAUGCAGUUUUCAACGCGGUGUUUUACAUUCCGUAAGCGUAACACCGAAAUAAUAAUAAACUGCGAUAUAAGUAGGCACGUAAACAUAAUACCUGUAGGUACACCAAUGACGUAAUCGUAUUGCUCGCAGUAUUUUUUUAAAACGAUUCAAAACGAAAUGUGCAAUCGUUUCCGGUUGUGAAUAUUGACGAUAAAAAUACGACGGCAAACAUGCAUUUAUAAACGUUUUUUAUUUAUUUAUUUUUUUUUUUUUUUAUUGUAAAAAGCUAUUCAAUUUUAUUCUCUCGUACGUUUAUAGUUUUAUUGAUGUACUUUGUGCCCGAGCGUCGGAGUCUCUUCCGAUGAAAAUUUUCUUGUUUCUCGUCUUCGUCUUAACGCGGCUCAACGCAUUCGGUUACUUUUGGGAAGAUUUUCCGGUAUCGGGUAUGAUAUCCAUAACCAAUUUUGUCGUGACCGUGAGACGCAAGCGACUGCCACGCACAGUAUUGCUACACUCUCCCAGAAAUGCAAUACACGCUAAUUACGACAAAUUUAUUAGGUAUAGUGGCUGACGUUACGACAGAUAACAUGUUAUUGUUGUUCGGUCGAACAAUUAGAAAAAAAAAAACCAACGACGACGACUCCGCGAGUUUUUCGCAGGCCGCACCGCAAUAAUGCCGAUAUUGUAAUGUCGUUUUGCGCAAACGAGCGUAUCGCGGCGAAUCUUUCGUUGUUCAGUUCGCGCGAGAACAAUGACUUUUGUGCGCGCGGGUACAAACCGCCGCGGAGCGUACGCACGCGCGCCAUUAACGAUCGCACGAGAACGUAAAUCGAGCAUCGGCGGCGGACGCGUACCGCGGUAUCGCAUGCGUAUUGUAUACGCCGCGUGCCGUGUAUGCCUGCGUUUCAAGGGUGCGCGGUCGGAAAUUUAAAAGUAUAAUAAUGUACGGGCGUACAAAUGUAAUAUGUAAUUUUUGUUUUUUUACGUUUUCGUCGGCUAGCCGCCGCUCUUUUUUUCUUUUUUUUUUUUAUACGCGCACACACAUUAUAUAUAUCAUGCGUGCGCGGCGCACACUGCGCGUAAUAACAUACGGACGGGCGGUCUGCGCAUAAAAUAUACAUACGAUUAAGUAACGCGGCGACGGCGACGGCGGCGAAUCGUUUCGCGGGGAACGGGGUCGGCGGACACUCGCGGCGGCGAAACGAAACAGUCCCGCAGACGCCGACGUCGGCGUUAAAAGAAAAAAAAAAACCCGCGGGUCCGGUCGGCGUCCGGACGGAUUCGCCGGACGGACCGGAAACCGUUCGACGGGCGGACGGCGCGCGGCGAUUACGCGUUACCGUCGCGCGACGGCGGCCCAACCGUUUCGCGGAGAACGGGUCGGCGGACCGAUCCCGCGGGGUGACGAUACGGAUCUGCGGCGCGUACGGUUUCGCGCGCGUACGGCCGCCACGCCGCCCCUCACCGCGGUGGACGGAGACGGGAAACAAUGACGUAUUGCGUGCGGGGCGUAUUACGAGAAUCGGAUUAUCGCGAACGUGAGAUUAAGCGCACGGUGCGCUCGGUACCUAGCCGCGCACUGCCUACACGCGUGCACGCCGCCGCGUCGUGCGUGUAGCGCGCUGGCACAAAAACGUCGUGCGCGGAAUUCGAUUGUUGGAAACGAAUAGCGGUCGUGCGGACGCGAGCGUGCGGCGCGCAUAACGGCGACGCGCGCGCGUAUCGUAACCGUCGCGGCGAUUCCGCGUCCGGCCCGGGCGCGGUCCGCGGGCCCCGGUCUGCCGUCCAGCAACACCGCGGACGUAACGAAACGGCCGCGCGGACCGCCGACCGCGCCGGUUCGGACACCGGCUCCCGCGGGCCGUUCCGACGGGACGGCGUCGGACGAACCGGCCGCGGCGUCUCCCCCCGCGCGCCGAGCGGGCGAACCGUGCCGGUUGACCGGCCGCGGUGUUGUUUUUUUACCGUUCGCGCGCCGCGAGAGUUAUACCGUACGCGACGAUAACGAUUGCCUCGUCCGAGAACCGUCCGGUUCCUCGAGAAAAAAACCACUAAUAGACUGUUGAACGGGGGGAAAGAAAUCGUCUUUUUUGUUUUCGUUUUUAAGCUUACCUCGGGUGUUUCGGUCUUAAUCGGCCACCGGGAUACCGGUAGCGCGGCAACGGUUCCGAAUAGCGCGGAAACAACCGCACUUUCAAUUGUACGGACAUUAAUAGAACCUUUUCAAAGCGAAGCGAAUUCGAGAGAGACGUUAAUGAGUGCUAGUGUAAUCAAUAUUUACGUAUUCCGAAUAAAUCGAAAGGUUCCGUCUCGCGGCAGUCAUUUCGAAAAGGUCUGUAACAGCAGUGGUCACUCCGACAAUUUUAUUCGACCUGUCAGUACGAAAUUAUUGGUUUGAUGCAUACUCGUGUAUGAUCAUGGGAAACGAUUGGAAUUGAAGAGCGCGACUAUUUCGAUCCGCCCUGUUCGACAACGAAUCGAACAACAUAGCCGGUAUUCGGCGUCAAAAUAUGAAUUUUUAAUAGUUAAACCGCUUCUCCCGAACAGUUUCAAAACAGUGACCCAGAACCUUUUCGUUUUCGGGUGACGGAUCAAUGCAAUCAAAUAUUGUUUGUGAUUGAUUUCAAAAAUAUUUCACGCGGGUGAACGAAUUCGAAUUUGCCCGCGUACGAUCACUGCCGAUUAGCUUUUCGUUUACUCGCGGAGUCGGUUAUCUUGAAUUAUUAUCCGCCCGCGAAACUCUAUUCGUCGGGCGCACGAAUCUUUUAUCGCGAACUCAACUCGAACGAAAAUCUUCGUGUUUUCAUAUAGCCGACCCCAGGGCUGAACCGUGGGGAGGUUUGGGGGGGGGGCUGUAGUCCGAGGCCGCAAGUUGAAAGGAGCCGCACAAUAUGCGUUUUUGUUCACGGCUUUCCUUUUCGCUUCCAUACGAAUGUUAGCACAUCAUAAGUGCGAAUCAAUUGCUCACACUUUUUUUUCUUCUUUUUUCUUUUUGCUUAUUGGUCCCCAGGCUCCCGUAUUCCGGCCCCGGCUGACCCCAGUCGGCGGUAAUACGGCGAUCGGCCGUGUAAACGCAUGAUCUACGCCGUUUAAAAAAAAAACGAUCGAACGUACGCUCUCGGGGCACGGCUAAUAUAUUACAAUAUUAAUACCCAUAGGCGUAGCGAUCGGUUUUCUCGUAUAUCUCGCAGUACGCGGGCACAAUACUGCAGGAUCUGGGGCUUGUGAGUGAAUCGAAAAUAACGUGGCCGCGGGCAAGGACGCAUCGCGACGAAUCUUUUGUAUUAACGUGUGUACGUUUUCAUUACGGGCAUUGUUGUCUCCGAAUUAUUAUUAUUGUAGAGAAAGUACCGUAUAUUAUAAUAUAUUAUACGCAUUUAACGGAGAUAAUUAUUUAUAAUACCGCGUGCGACCGAGUAUAAUAUUAUAUAUAUAUAUAUAAAUUUUUUUGUUAAUUCAAGGACGAUGCACCGUGUGUGUGUGUGUGUGUGUGUGUGGGGCGAAAAAAGAAUAUAAUAUAUCGUAAAAAAAUACAAUGCACAUUUCACCGUCGGAACGAUAUACUGUCUAAUAAUAAUAAUAUAUUCGUAUUAUAGUUUAAAAUGUAAAUUAAACGAGACGUUACAAUGAUUUUUUUUUUUUUAUUUUAUUAUUAUUUUUUUUUUAUAUAUAUAAUACACGGUUUUAUUUCGAUAUAUACGCGUAAUACGCGUAGAAUUCCGUUUAAAAUUCUACAGGACGUGUACCGAACCGCAGACGAUAUAAUAUUUUGAUGUUUAUAACCUUCGAUUCGACUAACGCGUCCGCGAACCGCGUUUUUACCACGCGAUUUUUCAUUAAGAUGUAAUAAUAUUCUAAUAGUUUAUGUAUAUCAUAAUUUUUUUUUACCAUAUAAAUAAUUAAUUUUUUCUCUUCAGACUAAAAUAAAAAAAAAAAAAUAAAAAAAUUUACUGCAUUCGAUUAUUUAAAUAAUAACGAACACAGACGCAAUGUCAUAAUUUUGUAUGUAAAUUCCAUAAAUGACGUAUAUUAUUAUUAUAUAGGUAAGGUAUACGUACAGUAAUAUUUACGUUUUGUAAUCUGAAAUCGCGUCACGGUGAUGCAAUUAUUUAGAUCGGAUCCGAUUGACUAGGCGUGUGUGUGUGUGUGUGUGUGCGCGCGCAUAAGUAAUCAAAAAUUCAAAAAAAAAAAUAAAACCCAUUCGAUAAAUACGGCGCGGGGUCGGCCCGGGAGCGUAUUAACGUUGACUACUCGUAAACGGGCCGCAGACUCGUAUGAAAUCCUCCGAUUAUCCGGACAUAUGACGUUAUUCGUUUUAAGUAUAGGUAUCCUACACCUCAUAGCGUCAUACGGCUGAACAUCCGUUUCACAAUGGAUUAACGCAGCGCCCGUGCGAUGACCAUUGCGUAGUCGGAUCCGAAUCAGACGAACCACGUUUACGUUUUUCCCAUUUUUAUAAUUAAAUCUUUCGUGGUUUUUCAUCGAGUUGAGUUUUCGGUUUCACACUGUGCGCGCUACGGCGCUUUCGGAGCAAUAUCGGCUGUUUGAACGGACAGUGAAAAACACUUACCUGCAGUGUCGCGUUAUCCGCGAUUAAAACAUAUACCGAAUAUAUAGCACGUGUACUCCGCCCGUAGUUGUUUAGCAUCGGGAGAGGCGCUUGUUUUCAAUUUACCCACGCAUAUUUGAAACCAAGACGAAAAAAUAAAACUGGAAAUUUGUGAAAUCUAAAACGGAAAUUAGUUUAUACGUGUAGUUGGUAUAGUUAAAUGAACGUUCGAUUUCGCAUAGAUUAAAAUGUAAACAAAAAAAUAACUAACGAUAACACUUGGCCAUAAAGUCAUGUGAUAAACAUAGAGUUGUACCCGUACGCUACCCAUUAAUUUACUUUUGAUUUGAUAACACCAAAGCGUAUAAAUUGGUUUAUUUCAAUUUCGAUAUUUUCAAUGGUAUACAUUUGCGAUAAGCGAUCGAAGAGCUGAGGAGAAUUGCGUAUCGGUUUCUGCGGCUCGUUUCGAGUAGGGACUGGUAAUGCGCGGCCCGGGCAGUAUAAUGUUUUAAGAACUAUAUUAUUGGUAUUAUGCGGCGAGCGUUUGUAAAUUGUAAAUUUACAACUUUUACACGCAGGAGGGCGCAGUUUCCAUCAAUAAGUAUAGGUUUUUUUUUUAAUGCUCGGGUAGUGUUGUGUCGGCAAAUUACAUAAGGUGGCUCGUAUAAAUAUCGUUUAAAGGCUGUCAAGAGGUGUGUGUAGUUUUCGCUGUCGCCCACUUUCACGCGCGGCAUGCGAUUCCAGCAUAUUAGGUAUCUUGUAUACUAUAAACUUACUCGCCUAACAACAACAACAACAUUAAUAAACUACAAGAGAUACGAAUCCGCCGCCGACGGUUUCGGGAUCUUUAUGUGUGUUCGCGACACCGCUCUUUCGGUAGUUUAUCUAACCGCCGCCUACCACGACUGGACCGGAUGUUUUAAACGUCGAUUUUUCUACUGUAUAUAUAGCCAAGGAAAUCCGACAAAACCAAAACAAACGAAAAAAAAAAAAAAACCAACAUUUUAAAAAUUAAAACACAAACCAUCGCACGUGAAGAAAUCCGAAUUUAAAAUUCCGGCUUCGUGAUGUUCAAAAUCUCAGAGUUUUCAGAUUCCGAGAAAAUGAUAAAUUUUAAAACAUUCACUUUUCUUCCAUACCAUUAUUAUGAACGUCGUAUAUCUACUGUGCACAUCAUUUCCCUGUAGGCGUUAAACAUUACAUUUCAGAGACGGUGUAAAUCGAUAAGCAUUUGGUGAUACCCAUACCUUCGCAGUACAAAAUAAAUUAAAGGUAUAAAAGAGCUAAAUGAAGUUUAUACGUUUAUUUUUUCGUUAACAGUUCUACGUGUCGGUGAAAACGCGAAAUGUUACCGAUUUGCACGCGUUCGAAUCGCAAUGCACUUUUCUCUCUGUAUUAUUAUCGCAAUACCUAUAUCCGGACCCGAUCGCGUAUAUCGCGUCGUUCGUGUCUGUAAGUGCAAAAGUGGAAAAGAAAAAAAAAAAAAAAACAAUGUCCGUUAAAAUAAUAAUCGACCCGCGAUACCAGCCGAGCGUCAAUAAAUUGCCGACAUUCCGGCAAUCACUGUGGCCGCCGUCGUCGUCGCACACGAUACCGACCGCGAGCGGUAACACGCACGCGAGCAAUUUUUCUCACCCCGCGAAUUAUCGCGGCCCGCCUACUCCGCGUACGUCUUGGCGAACGGCCAAAUUGCGCGCCGCGGCACCACGGGUACGGCUGUUAUCAGGUCCGCACUCGGAUUUACCGCCCGCCGGACGCGGGGACGUCGUGCAGGGCGAUCGGCGUAACGUAAGACGGCCGUUAUCCCGGGGACCGUUACUUUUUGAUAUGGAAAAACGGUCACAUUUUUCGGGCGACGAGACUGCUACAAUUACUUUCGAUUUUCAAAUAGCGGCCCGACGUAUUAGAAAAUAUUCCGGAAAAAUAGACGCAGCGAAUAAACGUCGGCGUUGAAAUCCCGUCGACCCGUCGACGCGUGACGAUAUUCCGUUUUUGAGUCUGUCGCUUCGCAGGUCGGACGGCAGCAGCCGCGUAUAAACGAAACCUCGGUCCGAAUCGUUUUCUCGUCAACAACGGUUCAUCGUCGCUGUACAGAUAUAAAUUAAAUUUUCCUCCGCGUCCCGUGACUUCCCGACUGCUCACCCACAUUGCUGUUCAUUCGGUUGUACUCGUACGCGGACGAAAUCGUUUCGGAACGAACGGAAACGAUCGACGGUUUUACGCCGGGUUCCCGUCGCGAGUCGCACCAACGUUGCCGCCUACAACAGCGAUCCGCCCCGUCAGCGUGCACCGGCUAUUUUUUCGCUACGCGAUUUUCGACAUUUCCAGACGUUUCGACCUCGGGUUUGGCGAACGCACGGUACGACGAUGAAGCGUAUAAUAUGCGGUGACGUUAAAACGCGUACGGUCGUCGCUGUCGAAUUAUCUAUCGGUUGGACCGCGCGUCGUCCGUGCGACGGGGGACCACUACGUCGGCAGGUGAUCUUCGCGUCUGCGAGGAUGACGCCGACGUUUUCGGCCCGCGUUUCAGCCGGCCGUUUUCGCACAUGUUCUUUUCGUUUUCGUCCCGUCGCCGGCUCCGGCGGCGACCGUGUUGCGCGGGCCGCGCCGCAAGUAACAUCGUUUUUGUAGACGUCGAAGUCGCGCGGUUUUUUUUUUUUUUUUAAAUAUUUUCCAUACCCGCCGAAUCGCAACGUGGUCGCACGUACCUACGCGCAUACUUGCCAAAUCAUACUUUUUAAUUCGCGGCAAACGUAAUAAACGUACGUACGCACACAUUAUAUUAUUCGUUCGCCUUGAAACGAAACGGCCGCCCGGACCGCCGCCGGUUCGUGAUCCGCGAAACCGUCUUUGUGUGCACGCGCGGAUAUCGCCGCGGCGAUAGCCCCGUACGCGCGGCGACCGGGAGACGCAAUUAUUCAUGGUUCGGCGCGUCGGCCGGAUAAAAAUUUAAAAGAAAUAAUAAUAAAAAAAUAAAGGAAAAAUAUUCGUCGACCGGCCGACGGUUUACCGGUCGAAACGCCGCGAUCAGGUCGCGGCCCGUGCGGUCUCCCGGCCGGAUCCGUCCGCGGGCCGAACCCGGGACCCCGUCUCGCGGAUCCGGCGGGACGAUUGCGAUCAAUUGGAGCGGUUCAGAAAGGAAGAAAAAAAAACCGACAAAUAAAAAAAAAAUACACGUAUUAUUAAUAUCGGUACGGCUCUGUGGGGGUACGGUACUCGCGCAGGUCGUCUCGCGGCUUUUUUUUUUUUCGAUAAUCUCCCCUCCCGCCACACGCGAGUCCGGUCCGCGUUCGUCGCGUUUCACAUUUUCGACCAUCGAUCAUCCCGGGGUACGCAACAGUACGUUUACGUGUGCCCGCGGUACGUAUACGCGCUAUACGUAUACAUUAUUGUGCGUACACACACAGUGUUACGUUUUUCCGAUGCGCGGCCGCGUCUGACGGUCGUGCGUUCUCAUAAAUCACUCGGAAACGUCAUAAUUUUUUUUUUUUUUUCCUACGAGAGACGCCCCGGUACGUACGUAUACCGUAUGGGCGCGCGCGCGCUCGUUGUAAGGUAUUGUGAUGUACGUGAUUUUUUUUCUUUUCCUAUCACCGGAACCCGGCGACGGCGGCGUAAAUCAUGUAUCGUUUGUUAUUGAUAUGCCCGUAGAACACGGCUGUAUCGUUUCCUCGGUGCAGGGAAACGCCGUCCCCGAAUAAUAAUAACAACAACGACAAUAAUAAUAACGACAAACGGUCACCCUCCCUUCAUCUCCUCCUCCAACCCCACCCCGUUUCCCUUCCCCCCCUCGGACGGCGACAAGGUCUCGGUUCUCGCGGGCGCUACAAGGUCGAGGAGACGCCGUCGUCGGUGUAUUACGUAACGCGGUCGUGUGUACGCUUAAACGAAAGCGCCCGCUCGCGCAACAUAAAUAAUAAUAUUUUUUAUUGUUAUUAUUAUUUUUAAUUUUUUUUUUUUUUUUUAUUAUCAUUCGCCGCACAAGUCCCCGAAGAAUCGGAAAGGCGCGGAACGUUUCACGACGCCGACGCCGCAGAGUCCGCGGCCACGCUACACAACAAUGUAACAACCGAGUGCACCCGGGCACUCGGGGACAGCCCGGGAGGAGACCGCCCGUCGGCCUUUUCGGUUGUUGCCGCGCGGAUUUCUUGAGAUUUUUUUGUUUUUCGACCUUCCUAGUCGCACUGGCGUGGUGGCGCCGUACGAUUCGACGGACCGUCAGUCGGCCUGCAAUCCGUACGGGCGAAUUACACGUCGGUAGACGAGAUUAUACUGCACUACAGUCAUAGGCGCAACUAGGGCCUUUGGCGUUUACGCAAUUGUGCAUGUAGUCAACUCUUGCACGAAUCGUGUAAAGCGGAUUGUGUGGGCGUAGACCCAGUGGGUCUUUGAAAAGUCGGUAGUUUUAGCGGCCCCGGAGUUGGCGGUCCAGUUGCGCCUAUGAUUACAGACCGCACAGGAGCGGGGAAAAACCGUGCGAGAACGUGGAUCGCGGUGGGCGUGUGGCGGGAAGCGCGAGAGGGGAAUGAGAGCGGACGUGGGGAGUAGACGGAGAAGAAAUACCGGUGGACGCGGGAAGGCGUGGAGGGCGAGAGGUCGCACGGGCCGCACUGUAUAGUGACACCGAAACCGCGCGUAAGCAGCGGUGUUUUUUUUUACUUUUUUAAGACUUGCGUCGUUAGAUCACCAAAAAGAAAACGGGAAAAAAAAACAAUACGCGCCCGGACAUCGUCGGCCGCGCACACGGUCGUCAACAGUACGAACCGACGGACGACGGGGUAUAGUAACCGGACGCGUUGUUUUCGUCCCCGUCCGUCGCCGUUCAUAUCCCCGGACGACCCGACGAUAACGCGCGGCAUCGUACGGCCCGACGGCCCAGGAACCCGGCGCGCGGACGCGGCCCGCGUCGCGACGAAAACAAUUAAAAACGCGUUCGUCGCGGGGAGGACGGCCGAAAAACCUCGCGUGUCCCCGCGCGUUUGUUAUCGCAGGGCCACUCGCGGCGGCCGAUCGGUCCGCGCGGUUCCGCGCCGGUAGUCCCGGUGGCGUGUACGCGGCGCGCGAUUGUAACGACAAUGGACAAUGCGACAUUACAAUCGUGACGUUUCACGGUGAUAUUUACCGAGCCCGGUCUAGGGUUUUGUCCAGGGCCCGGGACAAAAAGAAAAAGCCGUCCCGUUUAUCAUCUAUUUGAUACGAAUAUUUCUCGUCGCAUACCCGUAUAUUUCGUACGAAACUGACAAAAAUUAUUUAUGUUUUUACAAGUAUUUUUGACUGUGUAAACUCUUUUUGGUAUUUUUCGGUUUUGAGGAUUAACUAAAACCAAACGAAUAAUCGAAUCCAGUAGGCGAGCCCCUGGAUCCGCACGGGCCCCGGACAAACACCCACGACGUCCUUGCGUGAAUAGGGCCCCCGGCAUAGUAAUAUACGUAUUGUUCGCGGCGGCGGCGAUCGAUUGUCACCCGGCUUCGGUUGCUGUAAAAUCGCGAUCGUCGACGGACGGUCUGCUGUUUGAAAAAAAAAAAAAUAACGAAUAUUAUGUCCGGUCAUAUUCGUACGCCGAAGCCGCGCAUUCAAUUCAAAUUAUACGGAUAAUUUUUUUUUCAAAUGAGCGCGGGCAAAUUCGUGCGAUUUUAAUCGCGCACGUUCCGAUGCCGUACGCUACGCACGCGACGUCGGCGGAAACGUUCUUGGAAUACCGUCGAAUUGAUAAUGUGGACUGCACUGCGUACACGCCGAAUCAUCAAUACCAGUUCGCAGUAGAAUAUUCGCGAAGUGGUUUUUUUUUCUCUCUAAUCAUUCGACUACGCGAAAAACAACGCGCGUAAAAAACCGGAGAGAAAAAAAAAACCGAACGCGUUCGACGGAUUUUCGAAACCCGCCGCUGUCCGCGCCUACCUACGCGGCCGCGUACAAAAAUCGCCGUCCUUUUUUCCGACCCGACCGUACGUAGUUCGCCCGCAACCGCGCGUAUACGGAGUCGCGGACGUCCGCACGACGCUAAUGUAUAUUGUACAUUGACCACGCGGCGAAAGGGAGGGGAGGGGGAGGGAGAAAUAAAUAAAAAAUCAUUCAAGGUCGAUUUUAGGCGGGCCCGAGACGUAUCGUACCGUGCGACGAUCACCGGGUACGCAAUGUACCACUACCACUGUUUUACAAUACGGCACCGUCGUCGUUAAUAUGAUUGCAACGAGAUUCCCGGGCGGUGAGACGUCCGACGCGGUCCCGACGUCGGUACACCGGCUGCGUACACGAAUAUAUUGAGAAAAAAAAAAAUAAAAAUAAAAUACUAAUAACAACGAAAAAAAAUCCGUCCGGUGUUUCAAGAUAAAACCGACGACGGUUCGACGUUCGACGAUGGUAAUUUAUUGCGGCUCGUCGGCGAACACGCUGCUAUUCUUAUGCCAUUGUUGCUUUUUAGACAUUUGAAAAUACGUACGUACCAUCCGUACCGACGUCCUAUAUAAAUUAUACCGUACUGCGACGUCCGACGGUUGUGUUGCGCGUACUCGACACGCAAAUGUAUACCGCAAUCGCUUUCGAUAUUCUAUUGUAUCGAAUUUUCUCAAUGACGCCCGUUGCGGUUUUCAAUUUUUAUCGCGUUUCGGUGGUGCUGAUGACGAAAAACUAUGGACGAACGCGUGCAUCAUGCAGUCGAACUUGACAUCGACAAAUCGGGUGUAUUGAUUAUCCCCGAACCAAAAACUCGCCGUCUUCGGCCACCGGAGGAAAAAUUGUAUUCGGCUAACAGGACGCAGAAAGGCUGCGGAAACUAUAGCGAGAAGACUCGAAACCGGCGGUGGACAAAACUGGACGACGCGAUCGAUCGUGCGAGGCGAACCCUAAGCGGAAUGUGUAGCGAAGGGCCUUCAAAACGACAAACGGGUACCGUGUCAUUUUCCAAGUCGACGAUAUCGAUAUUGCCAACAGCCGGGGCAACGUCACAGCGUGAAAACAAUUUCGCGGACGUUCAGGAUUUAUUGGCGAAAUUGCCCGAAGGACGCAGUCUUCGUUGUCGUAGGACGAAAACAGAAAGUGACUAGAAAACGGACCGGCGGGUAACGAUUAAUAUUCGAAUCACUAUGUAGGAAGGUAUCGUCGAAUUCUCUCGUACCACCCACCCACGAAAUUUGUGCGAUUUUCGAUAAAAUUCUCAUAUCCGAAAGUCAUCUGCCCACUUCGCCGUUGUCCCAUCGCGCAAUAAGAUUCACUAUAUUUUUAUUCCGCAUCUCCAAAUACCCAUCGCCAUUUCUUCAUCUACUCUACCGUCGUACGUCCGAACAAAUCUGCCGUAAUAACUCCUAUGGCCUUCUAUAGUCUUACCGUAUCCGCAGCCACAAACGAAACUGGACAUUUUCCUUAGGCCGUGCUAAAAUAUAUCAAUACCGUCCAUCACAGAAUAGUGUUCUACUAGUAACGCCGAAUUAACGCGCAUGUUAAAAAUAUUAUCAGGUUAAGAACUCGUAUUUUAACUGUGGGUUAUUAAAUUUCAAAUACAAAAUUGUUUACAGACAAUUUCACGUUGAAACACUACCGAGCGGUUGAACUCUUCAACGGUACCGCCGAAGUUAACAUUAUUAAUCAUAUAGUUUCGUUAGCUUCGCCGUAGAAAUGGCUGUGGCGACAUCGGAUAGUAAUAUCGGUCAGUAACAUUGGACAAUAACAGGAUGCGUUAACCGUAUCCCGAUCCGUAGUUUCGUUUGCCGCAGUCACCCCCCCCAAUAAACCAUCUCUCGUUCGGAUUCAUUUCGGAUUUCAAGGGCUUUUCCGACAGGUUAUUGUCCGUCGGAAAGACGGGACGUUCAGCAAGCGCGACGGUAACGCGGCCUCUUGAAAAAUCGAUCACAAUGUUAUUACGAGUAGAUACCGUAGGCGCUAGGCGAUCCGUCCGCAUGAUGAAAUAUUAUAAUAUCGAUCGACCGCGACUUACGCACGACGACUGUCGGCGGGCUCGCGAACCGCGCGAACAAAUCGUACCGGGGGGGGGAAAUGUUAUAACACUUAAAGUGAAAAAAAAAAAAAAACCCGAAGAAACGUUUAACCCGAUCGUUGAUCCGUAUCGCUACUAUUUAGGUAGGUAUUACCUGUGAUAAAACCUGUUUUCGUUUUCGCUUUUGCCGUUUUUCGAACGCCGUGCGAGCUCUGCAGCAACGGCAACGGCAGCGGCUGGCGGUCGGUGUUUUGACAAGUCGGCCGUUUAACACCGCCGCCGCCCGAAUAAAUCAAACGCCGCGGCCGCUUUUUCGCACGUACGCGUACGCGUAUUGAAAUGUCCGUCGAUCUAUAGUGUGUUACGAGAAAAAAAAAAUAAAAAAAUACAAAUACCGUGCGAACGGACAGCCGCGCAGACGUGUCUACGCACGAUAUUAUAAUAUCCGUACAUCGACGGGCGUGUGUCGAUAGUAAUAAUAAUAAUAAUAUUGUAAUCGGACGAGUUUUGUGCGUCCUACUGACCGGAAACCACAUAAUAAAAAUAAUAAUAUAUUAUAAUUAUUAUUUCCACUUUGGUAGAAAAAAAAAACGUCAGAUCGCUAUAUUAUAAUAUUCGACGCCGAAUAAUAUUAUAACAACACACUGCGCGACCGGGGGUUAUGAUGUAACAAUUACUUUAGUUCGUACCUUUCGAAAAAAUGUUAACUGUAAAUCUCAAUAGGGACGCGUAAGUCGUAAUAAUAAUUAUAUUGUAUUAUGUUCCGCGAGUAACUUUUUUUUUUUUUUUUCUCCGGAACACCGUACAGUUAAGUGGAUAUGUACGAUUUUCGGUACCUAUACAUGUAUUAUAAUAGGUCGCGGACGAAUCGACGCGUUAAUGCGAAUCGAAAUCGUUUUCUUUAAACGACUUUAAUGCGCUCGAUUUCGGUAAAAAUACGAAAAAUAAUAAUAAAUAAAACGUUAUUUUCGAACAUCAAACUGUGUCUUUUUGCCGAAUUUCCUCCUCCUCCCCCCACCUGUAAAAUUAGAAACUGUAUGCGUACAAUAAUAUACGUGUAUAUUUUUUUUUUUCCGUUACUUUUGGACAAUUUUUGCGACUCUCUCUGGACCAAUCGAGCGAAAAUUCGACAGUGAGAGAUGUUCAACAGAGAGAUUCGGUGGUGUUUUUACGGGGGAGACGGGAGGGGGGCUACUGGACUCAGAGGUACUAGGCUCUCUCAAAACUAAACAAAUUUAAUUUGAAUUAAAUCAGACAAAUUUACCUGCGCGCAGCAUAGUUAAGUAAUUAAUAUUGAAAUUAUACAUUGUAGUCGCCUCGGUGUGCUAUUGCAAAUGCGAAUGACAAAUACAAGGCGUCUUUAUGACGAGGACUUUAUCCAUCAGAAAUGUUGAUUAUUGAUGAAUACUUAUAGUUCGGUACAGUCGGGAGAUUUACGAUUGAAAUUUACGUACACAUUUAAUAUUGACCCCCCCCCCACCUGAAAAAAGCCUCAUACGUAAUUUUAUGAACUACGCACCUCUCAUUAGAAAAAAUUGAAAAUACGCUACUAAGCGGAUCUGAGUAAUAACAUUUUGGUUGAAUUUCACGAUAUUAUUGCGGGAUGGUAUUUUUUAAUUUUUACGCCUACAGGCCUCAAAGCUUAAACCAGAGUUGUGUGAUUUUGCGUGUGCGCGAUGUGAGUAUCGAAGAUGUUCCUUUUAGGGGUUUCAACGUUGAACACCUAACCCUACCGGUUUUAUGAUGACAUUUCCCCAUUUGUUUGUAAUUAGUAUGAUAAAUUAUAUCAGUGUUAUAAUAUUAUACAAUCAUAUCGGAUCGUUACAACGUACGCGGGUUAUUUAUUGUUUUGCAUAUUACAUUUGUAUGAUACAAAAUAUAAACGGGGGAAAUUCGGCUCUAGCGACAGGGCUCGGUUGUUCGCGUCGUUUCACUUUUAUCACCUGUCGCCAAGAACGAAAAAUCGGCACUUGUAGAUUAAUACUGGAAGACGAUGGCGGCCAGGUCAUAGACACGGUGCGAGUUAAUCGCGUGUAUACUUUCGCGUUAUUUAAAUCGAGACGACGAAGUAAUAGUGUUCAACGGUCUUUGGGAAAUCGCCGGUCCGUUAGGGAGUUUAUUUUCUUGUCGGGCGAGCGCAACCUCGAAGCCGAAAAAAAAACACUGAUAACCAUUUAACGGAACCAUCGAAUCGAAAUAUUAUGUUAAAUUAACGCCAGCGCGUUUUUACGUUCACCGAAAUCAUAAUAAUAUAAUAUUACGUGUACGGUGCUCUCCGCGAUAAAAUUAUGAAAUUUUUUUUUUUUUUUACGUAUAUUAUCCACAACGUUCUAGACGAAAAAUCGCAAUCAUUUACGAGCGAGUCCUUGUAGCGCAUUUCGAAUAUUAUUUGUUUUGCACGAUCGCGAAAACAGCCGUGCGUCAGAAACAAAAUGUACGUUCAAAGCCAUCUAAUUACCUAGGUUUUUUUUUUUUUUUUAUGAAAACAUUUAUAAAAACGUUAAAACUGUUCGCGAGUAGGCCACUUUUGCGGGCGGGUAUUCGGGAACUUGCGAAGGCGGGAUGUACAGGAGGAGGAUUUAAUUUACAUACUGUGUAUACAAUGAUUAAUUUUCGCAAACGAAAAAUCCCACUCUGAGCGGACACUAGUAUUAGUCGUGUUUUUAAAGCGUGUACCUCUAUUACCCGCUGUGCGAAAAAACCUUUUUCCGAGAAAAGAAACGAAAAGUACACGUCUUCGAAAAACGAAUAGAUUUUACGCGUAACACUCGGAACCUACAAAAAUACAACGAUUUUAUGAAAAUGUUCAACGUACCGAUCAUAAUAUACUACACCGGUAAAAGUAUCCGUACGGACACCCGCGCAAGUUUAAACGUUUAAACAAAUAUUAUCAUCUUUUAGAAAUCGACCUUUUCAAAUCUACACGCCCGAGUAUAUUUUUUACGCACCGUUGCGUUACGGGUGUACAGUCACGUGAAAAUAUUACACUUUAAUUUCAUAAUAUUAUGUUGUAACGUCAAGACGUUCGCUUAACGAUCGCUCAAAGUCGAAAUUUUCUAUUCGACCGUAUUUUUUUUUUUUUGUUUUAUUUUUUUUACCUUCGACUUAAUAACAUAUUAUUAUAGUUGUCUCCGCGGUUAUAAUACAUAAUAUUAUUUUGACGACGUCGUCGGUACCUAUAUUAGUCACGGUGUUUACGAUGACGUUGGUUUUUCAAAGAACCGUCUAUGAAAUAUUAUACAUGUAGGUACACACGCAAGCGUUAUGCGCCUCCGCGUUUUUUAUGGAUUUAGAAACAUGUUGUACGUCCGCAUAGUCUCGUCUCGUAAUAUUUUAAUAUUUACUGUGCGUACAUACACGAAUAUUAUACAGAAAUUGAUACGAAAUCCCGUCGUUCGUAUAAUAUCAGUUCAGUAAACACGGUAUAUUUAUAUAUUAUAAGCGGGUAAAUUUCAUAAAACGCCCAAGUCCACUGACUUCGUGGCAUAAAACCGUGAUUUUGAAUAGUAGUUUGAGGAUAAAUACGUUUUUGCUUGAGAAAACAAGGUGGGUGGGGGGGAAUAAGGAGGAUAUUAUAAUACUAUCCGUGAAUAAUCGUCGUAUACCAGUAUCGCAAAAUAAUAUCGUGAACCCAACUUCUGCGAGCAGUAGUAGCGUAGCCAGCGGUAAGGUCUGGUAGGCCCGGGCCUCCCCGUUUUUCUCCAAAAAUUAACACAAUUUUAAAAUAAAAAAAAAAAAAUCUGUAUUAGUAAUCUUUCCCAUUCAAACAUUCGUAUUGUCUUACGUGGCCUACCUAGAAAACCACGUCUAGCUACGUCUCCGACGAGGAGCGCGGGCGAAAAGUCGAAAACAGUAUUGAAAUAAAACCGAAAUGGCUCCGUAACGAUCGUGGAAAACAGAAAUCGAAUUAUUUUCAAGUCCUACGAGAAAAUCGCCGGUUGGUUCGCGCGUAAGUGGAUCGUUCUGUACAAGCGUCCGAACGCGCUGCGCAGCGUUGUGCCGGGCUUUAUGCGCGCAGUGCGUACGUCCGCGGAAAUAAAUUCCCGGUUUAACGGCAGGCGGAAUAAUACGCGUUUAUCGCGUAUUGUAACAAUGCGAAACGGGUAAUGUUACGUAGAACCGCGCAUCUGCGCGUGUGGCGUCGGUACACGGGAUUUUAUCGCGGCGCAUUCUGCAACGCAGAAUCCGGUACGCGCACGCGUAACAUAUAAGACGAUAGGACGACAAGGGUUUUCAUUGCGGUCUCGCGUUACAGCCGUUUCGCGGCCGUUACAGAGUAAUCCGAAUACGUCGGCGGGAGUCGCGGUUCAUUUCAAUAUCUUCCGCCGACAGCCGCAGCCGGCCGGCAUGCGCGGUUAGGUUUAUAAUUACUCGCGGACGGAGUGCAAUAUUAUUAUAUUACGGUCGCUAUCGGUAUGUGCCGUCUCAUCGGAAACUCCGCCGUGUCGUGACGCUCGCCCGGCCGCGGUCGAACGGCGGUAAUGGUAAUUGUGCGCUCCGAACGGGGGACACGAAAAUCUAUGCCGGGACGGCCGAUCCGUUUAUUCCGGCGACGGGACGACAGCGCGCAACGCGUCCGAAUCGAAAACCAUACGUAGUUUUCUACACGCGGCCGCGCGCUCGCCCGGAUGCUCACUCGCUCCGCGGGAGGGUGCUUUUCGACGAUAUACGACCGAAAGAGUCCGUUGUGUACAUAUUAUUAUUAUUAUUAUUAUAAAAUUACCUGUUUUUCGUAUUUUAUCACGUCGUCGUCGUCGGCCACACGACCGCCGUAGACGCGAAAUAAUAUUGUUAAUUGUAUAACGGAACCCUAUGAAGAACGUAAUAACAUUUCCCACUGCUAUUCGAAAAACACAUUCCGGAACGUAUAUUAUUACGGUCGUAUUUGUCGGCCGUGAGAGGACGGUGGGAAGAAGACCAAAAAGUGACGGUUGGAUGUUUACAGUUUAAGAAUGACACGAGAAGUACCGGAGUGCGUGUUAACGUUCCUUUCUAGAAACGAGCCGCACGGAAGCGAAUGAAAUCCUCCAGUCGGUUUUUUUGAUUGUUUAUCGUAAAUUCAUAACGCAAAUAACUUGGUUUUCACCGAUAAAAUUAAUAGAAAAGCUAAUUUAUCGAAUGAUUUUCACUGUCAAUUUAAACCUAUAUACUGCUCUAAGAGAGUUGUACCUAGAGAAAAUCUAAAAUCUGCCAUCGCUUAAUCAAUAAAAAGACCAUCACGGGCGUAACUGAAGAAAAAUGGGAAAAACUAACAUGCCUGGUCCGAACCUAUUGUUUUUCCUAUAAGGAAGUUAGCGUCUUAAGUUUAAACACAAAGCCCUGCCAGUCAAUGCUGUCGGAGCAUUCUAUGUUUGUCUGUGUCAUCGUUUCAAAUUGAGACCGUUAAUACGCUAUCGGGGUGUGGAAAUCGACGAUUCAGGAGACAAUGUACGGUACAGUAACCUUACCUUACCUUACCUUACCCUGAUGACAAUUCCAAUUUGGAUUCGACUGGCCAGGUAAGAAAAUGAGGUUUUAUUGUAUAUAAUUUUUUUUUUUUUUUUUGUUAUUUCAUUAUCACUCAGCCAGUAAAUACCCUGUGCGCUCAAUUCCUAAUCUAAUACCGGAGUCACGGUUUUUAUCAUCCGCAACCCGUUCCAUUAUAUACGGUUUAGUUUAUAAUUAACGACCGCGGAGUACUAGUCGGUUACACACGAGCGCGAAAACUCAUUAUCAUACCCCCCCCCCUCUCUCCCCGGUAAACGUAUUAUGUAUCUACAGUCUCGGCAAUUGAAGUUCAGUAAUAUUGUUUUACCAUUAAAAUACAUAAUAAUAUUUAAUAUAUAGUUCUGGUAUAAAUGUAAAAAAAAAAGAACUAGCUAGAAAAGCUCACUCUAAACGAGAACGUGCACAUUUUCCGGAUUGUUGUACAUUUUACAGAAUAGGUUUUUUACUGCGUGCAUUAUUAAUUAUUAUAUUAUACAUAAUGUGCAAUUUAACGGAAAAGUGGGUUUUAACGAACACAUAUCCGAAAGAUGAUGGCAUUUUGAAAAAUAAGAAAAUAUGAGACGACGGACAAGAUGGCAGGUGAAUCGUGUGUACAGAGAUGAUAGUCAGGUAAUUUAAAAACUAUGAGAGAUAUGAGGGAAUGUGGAGUAGAUGAGAGAAUCGUAGUGGACAUAAGGAGAUAUAUACGUAUGGAGGGCAUCAAUACGAGUCAGUUGAUUCUUUUUGCGCGAGAUAAAGACUAAGGGGAAAAUGAUAAUUAAAAUUAAUUUAAAACGUGUUAUUUUGCAUUAAUUAAUGUAAAUAAUAAGUUACCGUGGCAAUAAAUUAUAACAGGACAACAUUACGCACGUAAAAAAACACUGUUGUUAUACGGUAUUGUUGUACAGUAAUAUACAUUUGUUUGGUUUUCCUACAAUCUUACUUGCCAGUAAUUUUCAUCACAGUAUUUACAAAAUGAGUAAAAUCACAAAUAAAUUAGCUCAUAUUAGCUCAAUUUGCAUUAAAACGGCUAAGCCAAACUUGAAAGUAUUUAUGAAGUACGCCAAAGUAGAGUUGACUCCACCCGCGCCAUGGGAAUGGCCCGUGAUCAAAAAUGAAAUUUCGGAAAUAAUUCAAACCGCCAAAUGCGGAUACUGGAAGGAUAUCACCGUUGUGGACGCCACCGUCAGGUCACUGGUCGCCAUUGAAGUAGGAACGUGGUUCUUUUUCGGCGAAUGUAUUGGAAAGAAGCAUUUAAUUGGUUAUAAUAUCAAAUUAUAAAAUGUGCUUUUAUUCUUGACUCGAAAUACAUUUCGCAUACUUCAGAUUGUAUACAAAAUGUUUUGUGAAUUUAUAUUAUUAUUCUAGCGUACGUACAUUUAACGAAAUACAACUUCGUCCAAGUACGUAUUUUAUAGGUUAAACGUACUUUCGAAAUUCGGUUUUUGAGCGGUACUGUGACAAUAUCAAUAUGAUUUCGCCCCGUCCGUACACAUAAAAAACGAUAAUUUCGGUGAAAUUAAACGUAAGCACCCACAAUUCCGUUUCGAACCGUUCUUCUCGACAACGUCUUUUCGGUUCGUAUCGGUACGGUUUCCAGGACGUCGACCCGGGAAAUGUGAAAAAUGACCUCUCCAUAGCAUAGCGUGUCUCGAUUAUUAUAUUAAUCUGAAAUACAGUCGCCGCACGAAAUUCACCCUGUACCAAAUAUCGUUAUACGCUCGGCUCGAGUACAGAGAUCUGAAUAUCGGAGUCACGGUUUUUUAUCUUAUUCCACUACAGUUAGUUUAUAAUUACCGGCGUAUACACUCGUCGGCAGCUACCACCACUGUGUGCACUGCACACGGGCACACGACCGUAGAAACCCGUCGUCGUGACCUCCCGGUGUACUUGCGCAAGCGAAUAAUAAUAAUAAUAAUAAUAUCUGCACAUAACGCACUCUAAUAUCGCAUUAUGUUCCGUCGUGUUUGACCGCAACUUACAAAAAAAAAUCAAAAACAAGACAAUGGCCAGGAAAACGAAUCUAAACGCUUAUGUAGGUGCAUAACAUUAACAGUGACGGGUUUGGGGAUAUUGCGGCGCGCAUACGGUUUCUUUGUAAAUUGUAUUUUAUGCGCGUGCCUAUUGCCGCGUAUGUAUCGGACACUUUUAUAUGUAACGGCCGGUAGUCGUUUCGGAUGAAAAUCGCGUCGGGACAAUGCUAUCGGGCGACACAACGAUAAAAUAUUGCGGUGCCCCGCGCUGCGGAAACCAAUUACUAUUAUCAUUAUUAUUAUCGCCGUUGUUGUUGUUGUUGGUACCGCGCGUCCGAUCACGGAAAACGCUCUGUGUGGGAAUUUUAAUAAUCCCUUUUGCGCUAGAACGAAUCACGAUUUCAUGACCGCUAAAAUCGAUUUUUUUUUUUUUUUCUUUUCGUUUCAUCUCCCCGCGUUGACGAAAACAUACCUGCGUACCUGCCGUACAUUUAUGUAUAACAGUAAUAACGGAAUAUCACUCUAGAAAUAACGUCCGGCUGUUGAUUAAUAAAAAAUAGCCAAUUGAAAAGAAAUCAAUGAUUACCGUCUGUGGAAAAACAUGACGGAAUAUUGUAAAAAAAAAGAAAAAAAAAAAAAAAGAAACCCCGAGUAAAUUAGUUAAUUAUUAUAGAAAUUUUUAGAAACUCGCAAAAACAAAACCCGUCAAAAAUGAACUGCGUGAACGCCGAUGUAAUUGUUCUGCAAUUUGUUCAUUUUUGAAAUGUUUAUAUUCGAAUGGGAAAAAAAUGAAUGUUAUUUUUUUUAUUAUUCUUUAGACAUACCUAUCUCUUAAGAGUUUUUGAAGUCGUAACUACAAUUUGCCGUCUGUAUUUAUUUUGAACUAGCUCCCUCCGAUUUUCAAAUCCCUAUCUUUUUUCAAAUAUCCUUCUACCACGCCCGAUCCAUCUUUUUCAUCUUGGUCUUCAUCGAGGUCUUUUCAAAAAAGGCUCGGGCACUGGGGGUUUCAUUCAGUUACUGUCCUAAAUAUUUCGGUUUUUUCUUUCGUCAUUAAAUGUGACCUUUAACCGCCGUAUCCUUUGUCCCUUAAAAAAGCUCAUCUUAUGAAGGAAAAAAAUUUUGAUCAACAGGGAUAGUUAGGUUUGGUUAUUGGGUCACAUAAACCACACUUGUCUUUAGGUUCAAUAAGAAUCAAAAAAGUUUUUACGAAUAUUAUCUUAGAGCAGGGGGUCGUGAACCCCUAAAUGAGGGGUCUCAUCGGUCAAAAAUAAUUAAACGUUGACGUAGAAAACGACCUUUUUAACCUUUUUAAUCAGUUUUUUUAAUAGGGAGUUGUGAGAUGAUUGACGUUAAUUUUUACCUAUUUUAAGGGACGCCACAUUAAAAAGGUUGUGAAACACUGACUUUUAAGGUUUUUUCUGGGUUUCUCUGAAACUAUGUAUGUACAUUUAAAUAAAAACACGUGUAAAAAAAAAAAAAAAACAUAAUAAUUAUAAAAUAAAUAUGUCAAAACGAAAUUAUAAAAAAAAUAUUCGGGAACCAGUUUUUACUAUUCAAGUAACAAUAUAAAUAUGUUUAUUAUGCUAAUAGGACUACAAUGCAAUACUAUUAAAAACAAACAAAUAAUAAGCGAUAUUUUUUUUUAUUACCCGGUUGUUUUUAAAUAGGUAGGCAGAUCUAAUGCAAUUUAUUCUGUUAAAUUUCACCUGAACGCCGUAUUUGGUAACGCGAUGGGAUAUUUAUUAUCAUAUCAUUAUAAGUAUACAGUAUUAUGCUACCGUAAAAAAAAAUUUAAAAAAAUACGUGACACCGGAGAGAGGAGUAAUUUAUUGUUAAACGAAAAAUAAUAAUAUAUAGCUAAUGUAAAUAUUAAGUAAUAUAUAAUAGGUAUACAUCGGUACAUAAUAUGUAAUUGGUAACAAUUUAAUAAUUCAAUUUGUUAUACCACAAUGAGAACACUCGUAUCGUUUUUUUUUUUUUUUUUUUAGUAUAAUAUCGCUUGUUAUAAAAUUAAAAAAAUAAUUUUAUUAUUGUUAUUCGGUCGAAAAUAUCGUCGAUUUAAAAUUGAAACAGUACAAUAGUCACGCGUUUCACCUACUAUUGCAUUAACAACGCGCGUAUAAUAGAGCGUUAUUAUUAUGUACGUUUUUUUUUUUUUCGCUUUCAGAACAUUUUUUUUCGGUCAAAUACUUCGAGUCACCCGAUACGCUUUAGACGUUUUUUUACCCGUAAAGAUCGGAGCUCUCUGCGUUCAGUGUGGACGUGUGCACACAGCACCUAUAUAGGUGCCGUAUUCUGGGUUGGUUCUAAACCCUAAUUAGGCGAACGCGAAUCGGAGUAAACAGUCAAGUUACACAAUGAGACGAGACGUUAUAGUUAGGUCCGAUCAUCGUGUUACGUAGUCCAACGAGAGCGUCCGGAGCACGCUGAUCUCGUGUACCAUUACUUUUUAAUCGAUGUUUCCAAACCGUAUUUCCGCGGCGGUCAUUUCGCGGGACGUAGACACAAAACAUUCAAUGAAUUAAUAGAAAACUUUUUGAAUUAUAUUUCGAACUGUGUAAUUGCCGAACAAGCGGAGCUAUAGGUGAAACGUAAGACAGUUACACUAUCGUCGUUGGCGCCAGACGAAUAGCGAAUUGAGAAAAAUAACGAGCGCGGAGCGGGUUCCGACGAUGCCGUAAAAAGUUCUACGACAAAUUAGCUCUGUACGCUUCGCGCUAUCUACGGCGAAUUUCUUCGUAGUUUGCACCGCUAAUGUAGUCUGGUUGGAAAAUAUACGCAGCGCCUCCAGUCCCAAAGGCCAUCGAUAUCCCGUAUCGCUACUCCACAUCGCCUCGUCGUCUAUUCUUCUCUACUGUUAGUCAUUUCACUCGGACUGCCGGUACUCUAACAACAGGUAUUCGGAGAUCUCGAUUUAGUCGUCUAUACCUUAUGGUUUUCGUUAUAGCGCGUCUUUCCCUAUUAUUUCCCUCGCACGCGCCCUAAGUCCUAAGUUCGUUGUAUACGUGUCCGGGGAGCGCGUCCACUUUUUCGAAAUGUCCACCAUCACGUCGCCUCUAUACAGUACAUACAAUACAUUCCACAUGAAACAUACGUUUCUAACACAACUGCGUAUUUUAAUGCACCUGUAUGUGGUUCGCGUGUACACAUUUUAGCAGACAACAUUCGUGACGUCGGCUUUUUAAAUCGGGUACGACGUUGUUUGUUUCGCACGCGAGAACACAAUCGUAUUUUAUACGAAAGCGAGAAAACACCGCGUUGUACUCGCGCGUUAAUUUUAUUGUUUGUUAUAUCUAAUAUAAUAUACAUUCAUGACAAUAUCUCCCGAGUAGUAAAAUAUUGAAAAAAAAAAAAAACAAUAUUAAUAUAUAUAUAUCCGCGAAAGCAUAAUAUUAUUGUCACGCGCGUGCGCCACGGACCGUAUUGAUUUACGGCCGCGCGGCUGUUGAUUAAUUUCGAAAACGUUUUUUUAACGCACCUUUAUACCCGACAUCGCGAGCGCAAUAUUCGUGCGCACAUUAGCCGGUUUAUAAUAUAGAGUAUUAUUAUUAUUAUUAUUUUUUUUUUUUUAUUAUUCAUUCCAAAAGUAUCGCGCGGUACGAAACAUUGUUAUUAUUAUAAUUACAAGUCAUAAUACAUAGGUACCGCGCCUCGAAAGAUGUAAACACGCGUUGCAGAGGUACACAUAAAUAAUUUAUCAACCGAUUAUUGUUGAUUUUACUGUUAGACGAGCGCGUCCCUUGUAAAAUACACUUAUAGGUUCACGUAUUAUACGUUACGAACACACAACCUCGGCGAUCUAAAACCGUAAUUACGCACGUAUAUACAUGUGUGUGCAUGUGCAUGUGUGUAUGUGUGUGUGUGUGUGUGUGUGUGUGUGUGUGUGUGUGUAUUAUAGUCGAGGAAUGUGUAAAUCGACGGACUGCGCGAAUGACACGUCCAUCACGUCGAACGCUAAACCCGACACGACUUAAAACCCGAGCACCGGUAAUAACAUUACGAUCAGCGGUCGACAAAAAUUACGACCAAACGCUGUAUGUAGGUAUUAAAUAUGGCGUAUAUCCUCGUGAGCGAAUUUUUCCUUUUUUCCUUUUUUUUUUUUUUAUAAAUUUGGUGUUUUGUGUUGUUCGCGAAAUUCGCACAAAUUACGACGGCUUCAGAUAGAUUCUGCUUGCUUAUAUGUGGAUAAAGACUUGUCUGUACUUUCAAAUAGAUAAAGCGCGCGGUUGGCGUAAUCCCGAUUCUCCGUACGUAUUAUCACGAAGACACGCGCAGUUUUUUUUUUCUCUGCAGGCGUAUUUGAUCGCGUAUAAUACGUAUAUAUCUGUAUAAGUAUAGGCGCUAUAAGCGUUCGAGCAGCUGUCUUUUUCACGACCAUUACGGCGCUAUAGAUUCUGAACGGAAUGACAAUGUAUUGAUAACUAUGAUGCAUUUUUUUUUUUUUUGUUUCUAAAAGACACUUUUUCCAUCAGAACUCUCGAUUUUCUUAAUAAAUGGGAAAACUGAGAAAUUUUGUUUGUAAUUUAUGUCAAUUGAACCUAGGCAACAAGAAAAAAAAAUACAACCAAUCUCUGCUCAGAAUCGGUUUUCGUUAGCAACAGUUUAUAGUCGCGCAUAGAUUAAAAUAUAAUUAUUCUAUAUCUCUUGUCUCCCAACUUCCAAUCUAAAACCGUGGAACACCCAUCGACAGUAUCAGCCUUUUUAUAUUGUGGGAUCACGAGAUUAUCUAUAAUAUACAACGUUUACUCAUCUAGCUAUUUCAAACAAGAUAAUUUUUUCCCGUGUGUAAAUACAAUUUUUACCAAAACUUUUGCUCCGAUCAUCGACUAUAGGGUUACUUUCUGGUUACAAACUCAGUUUAGUCGUUGCAUUGAGGAUAUCGUUUUUUUUAUUGUCCUUGUAAUUUUCUUAAUAAUGAAGGAAAAGGUCGGAAAAACGGGAAUAUUUAUUCAAUAAAAGUUUAUGUUAUUAUCGAUUUUGUUUUUUCGUUUGAAAUUCUAUUCGAAAUAAUUGUUGAGAUCUGAUACUUUCUCCGGACACUCAUAUUUAUCACUUUCUAGAUCGCUGUGCGAUUUUUGUUUUUUUGAGCUAUUUAUACAGAUAUUUGGAAUUGUUGAGAUAUUGUUUUUUUCAUUAUUUAUGGGGAUACAAAUUUUGUUGCAAUCCGUUUUAAGUUCAAUGUUGACGUUUAAAUCAUAAAAAGACGAACAAUUGUAAUAUAUUAUUUGCAGUUGCAAAUUGACACUAUUUUAAAUUGAAAUUUAUCAAUUACACGCGUUCGACCGAAUUUCGCUCUGAAUCGUUAUUCGUUCGUAAUGAUACAUAUUUGCGCAUAUAUUAUACAAAUUAAAAUAUCCUACCUUCGACCUUCUCGAAUUCUCGUUUGUGGCUACUGCGGCCCACCUGUGGUGCGAGUAUGUCACUUUUUUUUUUUUUGUUAACCUAUUUAAUCACAACUCAAUAUUUGAAUUGGUUUUAUUAUUAUUAUGUUGCUCAACAAUGUUUAAAUAUUUCGAAGUUCCUAUUGCGUAGGAAUACCGUGAUUUGAGUAGACUUCAUUAUGUCAUCUCCACAAUAUUUCGUUCUCGUUGCGUAUUUUUUUCUUCGAUCGCACGGUGUGUACACGGACUGUGUACCUACGAGUACAUCGUUUAUUCGUUUAUGUAUACGAAUCAAUGGACUAGUAUAGGAUUUUAUCCCCAAACCGGUAACAUAUAAUCCAUUGAAAACGUUUUGAAGUGAAUUGUUGAUAGUAUUUCUCGCACGUGCGAGUCUCCGACUAUCUGUCGCGUCGCUCAUGCUUUCCAGAUCUAUAGACACAACUACCGACGGCAUUUCAAUUUCCGUACAUGUAAGGCUGCUUACACUUUCGGCAAUUUCGAUUUAGAUUUUCGCUUCCAUUCGCCCAGGGCCACUGAUUGUUACUCGGCCGACGCAUCUGCGCUACGUGGCAAUAACACGACCGCAUAACCGCGUACCCGUGCACACCCAAAACGCCCGUCGUCGCGUAUAUAUGUGUACGUUUUGGAGUUGUGAAAACGUCCAAUUGAAACGCGUUAAAAAUAGCGCAUUCCACAAAUAUUUACGGUAUUGUUAUGCUGUAUGUUAAUGACUCUCGCUCACCCAGACCGUCACGAAGACGUGUUUUCACACCAUGAUGGUGCGACACACGUUUCGUUUAUUGUGGCCGGGACAGUGACGGCGAAGAAAAAAAAUAAAAAUAAAAAUAUGUCAGAAAUAUGGAAAAUAACCCGUGAAAUCGGAUAUCCGUCUAUGUAUAUAUACACGCGUAUAAUAUAAUAUGUAGUGCAGUGUUGUACACCGCCGACGCGCCGUCGGACGUGCCAUUGAAACGUCUGACAGAAACGACAAUAGCAUACGCGUAGUACGGAGUCGCGUAUCAGUAUUGGUGUAAAUUAAAAAAUCUAGUUCAGACCGACCGUACAUGAAAAAAAAAAAUAACAACUGAUGCCGCUGAUGGCUGUGCCGCUGUUUUAGGAGGAAAGUUGAAUGGGAGGAUAUCAUAUAAUAUAAUAUAUAUUGAAUUACUAUAUUACAGUAGGUCGAUUCAAAUCUGUACUCAAUGAUAAACUAUUACUAAAAUAUCGAUUAUGGACAUAGUGUUUUAUCAGUCGUAUUUUCAUUCCUGUUGCCAAGGUAACUCAUAAAUCGACAAAAACUAUAGAAACGAUUUCCAAUUUUCCCGUUUAUUAAGAAAUCGCACGGAAAAUCAAAAAAUUAUCUUCUCAACACACCAUCAAGAUCAAAAUUCUUACGAAAACCUUUCUAUAAAGUUUUUGAUCGGAGCAACAUUUUUCGGUAUACAAAUUACAUUUACGGACGCGAACGAAAAACUAAACUAGUUGGAAAGUUGAGACAUUAGAAUACCUCAUUAUUUAGGGAAAGUAUAGUGUAUUUUUUCGAAAUUUGUUUUGUAGAACAUUUAAGAGACAAACCGUUCUAAAAUAUUAUAUUGAUUCUAUUUUUUUAUCACCCUUUUAUUUUUUAUUUUUUUUAGUGAAAUCAACCACUAAAAAAAAACAUACUUUUGGGUUUUAUAUAAGUAACCUAUCAAGGUCCGGUAUCUACAAAUCUACACGAAACCCAAUUGAAUGACUAUAAAUAACUUCGUAAACCGCCAGGAUGUUUUAAAAAUUGUACUGCGCACGCAGAAUAUACUAAUAUAUUUAUAUUAUUCGGGGAUAUUCGGGGAAAAGUUCGCUUAGGAAAAGUACGUUUUCGCUUCUGUAACCGGACUGCAACAAAAAAACCCGAUUCGGAUAAAAACCACAGACCGCUGCGGCGUACAGUUGUUUUCCCGCUUUUCUCGCGCGAUUUCUCAACAUCGUUAAGAAAACGCUGUGAGGGAAAUCAAACGGCGCACAGCCUCCGCGGCGCGCCGACCAGACGGGAUUUCGCCGCGAGAGACCACUCCUACACCGCAGCUGACGUUCGGACCAAGACCGCCGGCAGGCGUAAAGCGCGUACCGUGCAAUAUGGUAAAACCGACACCGCUCCGCCCGGAAUCUACGGUAAAAACAAUAAAAAUAUUUAACCGCGCGCAAUCUUAAACGCGUUUGUCGAAACGUUGGCCGAUUGAAAACGGAUAUUAAUAAACGCGUCGCGGUCGUAUUACCGUUGGACACCGACGCCGUUUUAUGCGUUGUAAUACAGUUUUCGUUGCGCAAGAAGCCCCCGUCUCGGCUGCUCGGCUCUUUCGCUUGCGAUACGCGCGCGCUCAUUUCGCGUUUGACGUACGCAAUUAACUGUCGGCGACAAUGUCUCGAACGAGUCCCAAUAAGGAACCAACGCGUUAAUUUAAGCAUUUCAACGCGGCCGCCGCGCUCAUUGAAAGUUCGUAAUCGUUAUUAUUAUUCGUCAAGGACGUGUUUUUUUUUUUUUUUUAUAUACACACGAAACGUACCCGUACCUAAUAGCGUGGUUAUAGACAAAGAUAUAUCGCGUAGAUAAUGUCUUUAAUACAGUGUCGUCGUAGGUAGGUGCGUUUUUAAAACGAGACGGAAAGACCAACAACACCCGACUAUUUCGAUAAAAAUCAACCGAAUGUGUGUUUGUUUUUUUUUGUUUACGAACGGUGAAAUACACGCGUCGAAUACGCAACGUCGUCUCGCCGUCGUCCGUGAUGAUAAUCGGGUUUUUCGUUUUUUAUGUAUAGACUUUAAACAAACAUCCUAAUAUCGUUACCGUCGCCGCCGAUGAUCUUUGAUUGUCGAGUCGGCGGCACGUCCUUUGGCGACCGUACAGUGUAUAUAUUUUUUUAUUUACGCCGGCGAUUUUAUUCUCACGCGAUUGCAUCGCACUAUUAGGCGCCGCGACGAUACGCAAUAAUGCGCAGCGACUCCGCAAAAGUCGGAAGGGACUACGACAAAUCGAGUUGUUGUUGUUGUUUAACAAUAACUAUUGUGACGCGCGUGGCGUCAUUCGUCGAAAUCACCAACAUCCGAUAGGUUCCCACCCACCACCCACAGUAUAUUGCGCGCCGUAGUAUUCAUUUUUCCGUCACUCGAAUUCCCCGCGUGCAGGGUGUUCAGUCCGACGAACACGUUCGUUAACUCGGAGAGGAUUACAUUUUACGUGCAGGCGAUUCGUGAAACGGUCGACUCUAAAACGUUACAUUUCCGUUACAUUUUCCCAUCGCUCUUAUUUACGGGGUCGGAAACGCUACUUACUUUUGGUUUUCGAAUAGCGACUUGCAUGCCGUACAUUGAUGGAGUAUUGGUUUAAACGCGUUUUCAGGUUGACAUUUUCAGUUUCCGUCAACCGUUGACGAGAUAUUCCGUUUUCAAGUUCGGGCUACGACAUUGUAUAGGGAAGCAUCGGUUACACUAUCAAAAUGUAAUGGUAUCUUUUCUCCGUUUUGUCGCAUAUCCUAAUGUCUCCUCGUGUUCUCCGUGUAGUUCGUAUCCGAUUCGGAGCGUUUCGCUGAUACUAUAAUAUUCACCGCACGAGUCAGAAAUCCGACUCGAAGGACCCGAGUUCGGGCGUCUGUCGCGGCGUCGGUUUUGAUAGCGUUAAUCGAUUUGCCCGGAAACGGCCGUUUAGCGUGCGGGGUGCUGGCCGAGGCGUGUUUUAGGCAGUCGGCCGUAUGUUAUCGCAAUAUAACAUGGGCUGUACACCAGCUUUUGACGCGUUCCGCGCUUUCGUGUCCGACCGCAAUACGUAAUCGCGCGUCCCGCACUCGGAGAAUAAUAUACGCGUCUAUCGCGUGCGUAAAAUGAGCGGCAAAAACGCGAAAAAAAAAAAAGUAAAAAAAAAAAAAAACUAGUGCUACGGCUCGCGCUCGCGACCGUAAGUACAGCGCGAGAACAGGUCGUUCCCGUUAUGUCCUUGUCGGGCGCGCGUUCGCUCGCACGCAGUACAUAAUAUACAGCCCGGUUAAUCGGUUUUAAUGGCUUAACUGUAUACGACUGUAAUCUCUCUCUCGGCCGGGAUAGAUCUUUUCAUUGUACAAUUAUUAUUAUUAUUAUUAUUAUUAUUAUAUAUUUUUUUUUUCCAUUUGGUUUUUUUACGCCGCAUCGGCGGCGGCGAUGACGGCGACGAUACGGCGAAAACAAUAACAAACGGAGUGCGCAAAGUGCGGCACCGACGAUCUCGUUCGCGCGCGAAUACUUCGCGGAUAACAUACGUAUACGCGCCCGCACUGGUAUCGUCUAUGACGACGGUGACUCCGGAAUAAAACGCGAAAAAUCGGCACGGCAUCGUGUUUUUCUCGACAUAUUUUUCGAAAUUUUAGAUUCCGUGGCGCGCGAGAGACGCAUUGGUUUUACUAUGAUUUUACGCUCCGCAAACGCCUGGUUUCCGAGACCGUUUUUGUUGAUUUUCGGACAUUUCGAAAGUCGUUCUUUUCGUUUUCCAAGCGGUUUUCGGUUAAUAAUUGUGAAAAACCCGAUCAAAUAUAUUUGGAAAAAUCGACAUGAGCUUUUGUACCGCGGUCGUGUUCAACGCUCGAACAUCAAACGCGAGGUUCGUUAUAACAGUUGUGCUUAAUAGCCCCCCUCCCUCCCCCGUAAAGCACGAGUCGAGUGUGUAGUUUGUGUAUUUUUUUCGUCAAAGAUCAAAUUUCGACGAACGCCGUACAAAUAACGGUAUACCGAAACACGUACGACGGAACUUCGCUCAGAAUCGUUUUACGCCGCGUAUACAAAUAUAAGAAAAAAAAAAAAAAAACAAACCCCAAACACCGUGGACCCUAUAUAUACCUGGCCAACUCGCCGCAAUACGGUGCCCCGCCCGUCCCCGGUCUUGUUUUUUUUUGUUUUUUCCUCUUCCUCUUUUUACUAUCGCGACUGUGCAGGCGACAACCGUCACGGCGCUUAAUUGGGCGUAACGCGACUGCGGGGCGCCCGUGUUGGCGGUCGACGACGGCGUGAAAUCAAAGUCACGGAAACGGUACAGAAUGCGUCUCUCGCGUACACAACACGGUUAGCGCGAAAUAAUAACACGACGACGGCCGCCAUUCGAUUCGCGAGUCCGAUAAAAGCAAAUAAAUACUACGCGUUCUCCGAUUGUCCGCGACCGCGUAAUUGUAUUAUUGUUAUCAUUAUCGUUAUCGGUCGGUCCGCGGCCAACGGCCGGUGGACGGUACAGGACGGGCGUGUUUUCUAAGCGUUCGACGACGUCCGUUCGCCAACGGCCGUUAGUCAGCAGUCCGCGCGGGUCGGUUCUCGAUCGGAUUUCGUUUACACUCGUUAUUUUGAAAGCCGUACCGGAAAGAAAAAAAAAAAUAAAUAACCAAUCCGCAGAUCGGUUAGGUUAUAUAAAACGAUAAUACGAUUACGGACAACGGACGUAACCGAUCGGGAAAACGCGACACGUCUCGUUGUUCGCGCGUCGAAAUCUCUAACGUACGUAAAUGUUAUGCGACCGCGACGUUCGUUUUCCGCCGCCGCAAUAACAAUAAAGCUGCCGGCGCCGGUUUCCGUUUUCGUUUUCGUUUUUUUUUUUUUUUCAUAUCGAGGUGUGUUCGCGACAAUAAUAGCGGUAGCGCACGGUAUUAUAUUAUCCGGGUUAACCCAGAAAUCCUCGCGGGUAUCCGAGACGUCGCCGUCACCGAAUUCACUCUCGCGGUCCAGAGUUGUUUUCCGUCGACGUCUCGUUACGCGGUAUCUUAAAAACACGCAUUUCGGAUACGAUUGUCCAGCGUAGUGGGCGAUACACGGUUCUGGUAAUUACCGCGAGUGCAGUCGCAUUGUGUCGCGAUACUGAAAUCAAUGCGUUUACAGUGUAUCGAUUUUCUAGUCAUCACCAAGGGGGAGAGCCGAGUAAUUUCCGACGACUUUUAAAAAAAAAAAACACGUAACAAAUUGAAAGUACCGAAACGGGCGGAAAUUCGAAAAAUGUUUCGAAUAAAUAACCACUUUCACGUUCGUGAAAAAUCGAAUCGAUAUUUAUUAAUUUUUGUACGUCCAGUGUCGAGUAUUUAAACACGUACACCAUAUUGUAAAUAUCGAGUAUAUUAAUUAUUGUGUAUUGUAUUGAAUUGUCCAGAAUGUAGAUGAGUAUUCGCGUUUAGAGGGUAUCUCACGUUCUUGUCAAUCCCAGAGUCUGUUUCGCGUUUCGUAAAAUGGAAAACUGCAAACAAAUAAAAAAACGUCGUCGACGAGCUGUCCUAUCGUGAUACGUUUUUGUAGUUUUUUUUCAUCUCGUUCUCAUAAUAUAAAUUCCGACACAAACUUAAAUAUGUAGGAAAUUGAAUUAUUAUUUUUAUUCAACCGUGUAUAGAUGAUAAUAUUUAUUGCAAUUUAUUUGAUCGACGCGUCGUCAACGGGCGAGAACGACGACCGUUCGUAGAUGAGCUGCGGAACGUGACAAAAUAUUGUUACGAUCGAAACGCGUUAUUAUUAAACGAUUAUUUAAACUGACGUCGAAAUACAAUCGGAAUGGAGGAAAAAUUCGAUUCCGUCGACAAUGCAACGGAUAUCGUGUGUUUUCUCAGUUUUUAGAUUCCGAGCGAAGCGAGGGGUCUAUUCGUUUUACGGUUUUGUUAUCGACUCUUCUUUUUUUUAUUUAUGUAUACAAUAUACAGUUUGGAUCAUAUUUCAUUCGUAUAUCCGAAAUGUUAUAAUUUAUUAUACUCGCGGUGGCGUUACAAAUGCCAUUAGUUGAACUGAAAAACAAUAUGCGGACGAUUUUUGUAUUGUUAUCCUAAAACUGGUACAUCAGAUUUAAUUCGAAUACACACAAUUCAAGACCGUUGUAAUCGAACUCGUUGCGGCGAAAUUAUCCAAGCGGCAAAUUCACGCGGUCGUUAAAAUAUUACCCAGCGCCGAUUAUAUGAUCGUUGCAGAAACAAUACGCAAAACUAUUCUGAACAGAGUAUUAUAUUAAUAGUAUUUUUUUCGCUCGUUGUCAAAGUAACCCGGAAAUCCAUAAAAAUUCAACCGAGACUUACCAGGUGUACCCAUUUAUUAAGAAAACUACGGGGCGAAUCGACAAUCGACCGUCUCGAUGCACCGGCUAGACGAAAAACGCUACAAGAAGGUUCCUGUAAAGUUUCUGAUCGGAAACCAGAUUUCUGGUAGAAAAGUUGUUUACAGGUGCGCAAAAAAAAAAAAUUAAAAACACACCACAUAGUAAAACCAAUACAUUUCUCGCUUCGCUCUGUAUCCGAUAGAUACGUAUCGAUUUUGGGGAUACCGUGUCCGUUCAUGGCUUAGCACGUAAUAUUAUUCAAUUAUGAUUAUGCGUUCUCUGCUCGCGACCCGGCGUAAACUCGAUAAAAAAAAAAAAAAAUAAAUAAAAAACCGCCAUCAACGACGGAAAAUCACAUUAUUUUUGACAUUGUUAUACUCGUGCGAUAAACCGCAUACGGUGUUGCGUAAACUGCAUUAAACACCCACAGACAUUGACCCGAUUUUCGUAUACACAUACGGUUAAUAUUUUUUCGAGUAUGUGUUUCGCAACAAUAAAACGUGACUUUAAGCUCGUCUUUAAGACGAGUAUGUACGCAUCAGUUUUGAUUUCAAGAGACCGUCUCCGAUAAAACUCAAUAAGCUCGUUCGAACGGAAUAAAAUUAAAAAAAAUAAAUAAUAGCCUGAUUUCUGCCAACUUCAAAAGCCAGUUGGUUCACACCCCACUAUUUUCAAUGUUUCGAUUACGACAUUUUUUUUUAAGAAUAUUUUCGUUACACGCUUACGCACCUCGUCGUAGAAGACGGUCGAAAACGGAACGAUAUUAUAUAUUCUUUUAUGCAACGUUAUUAUAUUUUGUUGAACGAGAAAAAUUAUGAGAUGGAUUAAAAUUUGAAUUUUUACAGUUAGUGUACAAUGUAAAUUAUGUUUGUAGACAAAUUUAAAAUUUAAAUUGCCCCCUCCCUUUUUUUACAAAAAUGACCUCGGUAGUUGAUGUUUCUUCAAAGCUAAAGGAUUGUUCGAUAAACCGUGGAAAAAAAAAACAAUAAUAUUUUUUUAUUAUAAAAAAAUAAUAAACGACAAUGUUUUAAAACCACGGUAAUCGUAAAUAUUGAAUUUUAAUUUGCGAUCGUUUUAUUGCUUGUCAUGUGUAUGUUGUCCAUAAUUCGAAUUAAAGACGAUUCUACAUUACACAAUCGAAGCGAACAAAUAAAAACGCAAAGAUUUAAAAGCGUUUCGUCGUUUUUUUUUUUUUUUUUUAUUUAAUCUUUAUCAUUUAUGAUAUUUAACACCCGACAAUGGUUAAUAAUCUAUAAAAAAAUAUUAUUAUAUGAUUUUCAAACGUUUUAAAUUAUGUAUUCGAUCGUAUAUUUUAAUGCAUUAUGAAUUCGUAUAGUGCAGACGUCGUGCUAACGAAUGAAUCAGUCGUAGACGUGUUUCGAAUCGUUUUUAGAAUUUAAAAUACAAUACAAUUUUAAACAAUCCGGACAUACUUAUCAACAUGGGCAGAUCACCGUUGUUGGGUUUCAGUUCGCCGAAGAACGUUAUUGGAUACAGAGUAAUAAUUUAAUUUAUACAUUGCAAAAAGCAACGAUAAAUCAUCGCAAUCGAAAAACAAACCUAAACGGACCUCGGUCAACUACAAUUAUGGUUGUAUAUUUUAUCUGUCUGUACCGACUCCCCCCCUCCACCCCCCGAUUGUAGCUAAAAGGUAACACAAGAAUCGACGAAAAUAAAACGGAUUUUCCGUCGUUUGUUGUGAGUUUUUUGACAUUUUUCCGGAAAAACUGUUGGAAAUCUAACGUUGUAAACGGUUCGGAUAAUUUUUUAGUAACGAAAAAAAACCACGCAUCUUAAUGAAGCUAAUAGAUUUCAUUGCUACGUCGACAAAAAAAAAAAAAAAAAAAACUCGUCUACUUAUUGAAUUCCGCGUGUGUUUAUCGUACACGACGACCAGAUACACUCGAGUGACACGGCGACAAUAGUGUACGAAUAUUGUUAUUGUUGUUGUCCGCGAUCGGAAUGUAUACGCAGAAAAAAAUAACAAUAAUAAAAAAACCGAAAUGAAAAACGCGGGACGACGAGAUAAACGAACAAUAUUUUCCGCCUCUCUACCGCGCUCUCCCGGAGCUCGCGUGAAUACCGUACGGGUCCGCCGCCGCACACGAGGAUGCGUCGUCGCCGUUUCGCGCGAAAAUACCGCCGCGGCGAGCCGAUCGGGUUAUUCUCCGUCCGCCGUACUCUGCCGUCCCGCGCGGUUUAAUCGCCUCGGACGCGUGCGAAACGAAUAUUUUUCGUCGCCGUCGUUUGCGCGCGCGCGCGUAUAACGAACGUAUAGGCGCGCGGGAUUUCGCGUUUCGCGUUUUGUAUUUAUUUAUUUAUUAUUAUUUUUUUUUUUUUUUCGUCAUUAUUAUUAUCGUUAUCGUCGAGUCCGAUCGGUCGCGGAGAGAAAUCGCCCGCGGCGGCGUCUGCGGCGAGUCGCCGGGAAAACGGCGGAAACAACGGAACGAAAACCGGUGCCCGGCGGCUAUUACGUUUGUCGUAUACGGCGGGACGGGUUUCGGGAGGCGAAGGAACGACAAGAGUCGCGGACGGGCGGGAGACGGCUGUUACAGGCGUUAUUAUGUAGCGGUGACGUUCUAAAUAUAAUAAUAACAAUAACAAUAAUAACGACGGUAACAACAACGACGGCGGCGGCGGAACAAUAACGACGGCGGCGGCGGCGGUCGACGACGAUACUGUACAGUGUGCGAUCGGGUCGGCGUCGGUGGCGGAUGUGCGGCUACGGGAACAGGAUUCCGUCACGCGGUGUCGUCGUCAUUGUCGUACGGUUUCCGUUUUACCGCGCAGUACCGCCGCCGCCGUGUCGUUCGCGCGACGUUUCCGACGGUUUUCGCGGCGUUCCCUCGAGCACAUCGCGAUUUCGCGGCUCUCGUACCCCGACGUCGGUCGGACCGGCCGGUUUAACGCCGUGAUCGCCGCGGGUCCCAACCGUAUUGCUCACCCCCACAACCCCCCCGAGACUUUGUGCGCGAACGUACCGACGGAAUCGCAACGAUAUCACCCGAUGGUCCGCACCUCGUUCAGACCGCACGUCAUCGUGGUGGCCGGCCGACGACUCCACCAGCACCGCGCGCAGAUGACGGCAACGGCCGACGACGCGCCGGACGCCGUCGCGGACGUCGACGUUAACGGAACGGAUUGCGAUUAUUAUUUUUACAAACAGGUAACCUAUACGACAGUCGUCGAACCGUUCGGAGUGCACGCCAUUCAAUUGGUCGUCAUCCCCGUCGGCCGUCCUCGGUCUUUAUAAUCCCGCGGAAGUGUCGGCAACGCCGGUCUCUGUCGUCCAUCCCUGUCGCUUCGUCCGUGUACUGUCCCCGUAUCGCUCUCCUCUUGCGGUAACCCGUGUAAACGGAGACGCGACUGGGCGACACUCGGGGGGGGGGAUUCGGCACCGGGUGUGCGAAUAAGCUCCCCCCCUCCCCCACCACCCGAACGUUUCAAACAGAUAUCGUUUUAUGACUACUAAUGUAAUUAGUUUAAUACAAUACAAUAUCGGUACAGUUGUGUGCCCGUCAUACAGACGGAAUUAAAUAUUAUUCGAUUAUUAAAACGUCGAAACGCGAUCAUUUAUCGCGCGUACGAAAACUGCGCGUUUGCCUUCGACGGACCGAAACGUAAACGAUACUAAACGGUCAGAGAUCCGCGCCGGCAAUGUCCGUCACGCGAAUUCAAUCCUAACCGCGCCCGCGCGCAAACGCUUUUGCUCGGGCACGAACACCGGCUGUUCCGCGGCCGUUCCGUAAAUAUUGUCGUUCGUUGAAAAAUACGAGACCGAAAACUCGUACGGUCAUCGCGGCGGUACUCGGCCGCGAUUAUUCGUCGGAAAUAUUAUCGUUUUAUGUUGUCCGCGGCGAAUCGGCUCCGGGGCACCUACUUGCCGGUAUGAAUGACGCUGCAGGUAGUCGCGCGUAUACUUAAUGUAUACACACACACACACACACAUAUAUAGUAUAUAGUAUAAUAUUAUAGAAUCGUAGAAUACGUACACGACGUGUGUAUUAUAUAUACGAGCGUUUACGACGGUUCGUCCUCAUGUUCUCCGAAUCGGUUUGCCCUAAUAAAGGCGAGAGGCGGGUAAUAAAAAUUACAUAAAAAAAAAACCGCCGUCGCCCGUUUACCUUACUCAAAAACGCCUUAACCGCGACAGUCGACGGCCCGUUGGAUAAUUUUAUCUCACUCGUUUUACCGCUACCUAUAUAUAUAUAUAUAUCUGAUAUUUGUACAGGGUGAUUCGUUUCUGCCAGCGCCAACUGUCGGGCUAUGCAAUACUAUUACAACCGUUUGAUAUUUGUUUUUUCUCUCCUGUACACAUAUAUGUACGAGUAUGUAUAUAAUUUAUAGUUUUCGUACGUUCGACCGAUUGUUAUUCAGGUCAAACACCGUGUUGGAAUCCGUAUUUUUAGAUUAAUACAUAAUAUAUGUUAUUAUUGUUAGUGCCAAAGUAAAAAAAAUAAAAAAUGUCUUUAUAAGUACUUAAACGCUCUCUUUCUCUAACUCUCAAAAAGUUCUUUCGAUCAACUCCAUGUCGCAUGAUAAUAAUGUUACACGGACGCCUCAUUAGCCCGGGUAAUCGAUUUAUGCAGUUGCGUCACGAAAAUACCUUCGUACCUAACGAAGUUAAUUCGCGCGGCACUGGCUUUAAUAUAAAUAGAAUUUCUUUUUUUUUUUUUUCUAGAAAACUAGGUUGAUAUUCGCAAUAGUAAAUGGCAAUAAUUUGACUUGUCGUCGUGUUUCGCGCGGAGAAUUCACACUUAUUAUUCACACAAUAAAAUAUAUAUUUAUAGAGAGAGAGAGAGAGAGAGAGAGAGAGAGAGAGAGAGGGAAUUUAUUCGACUCCGUGCGAACUGCGAUGUUAUUAUUGCACUGCUGCUUCGGCAGUUAUUGUGGUAUAGGCGUGCAAUUAUUAUACUUAACUCGCUGCGCGCUGCGACUCUCAAUAGAAAUAUAAUAUAAUUUUGAUAGUUCGGUAGGAAUAAUUUCAAAAUUGUUUCGCGCACAAUUAUAUUGUCUGAAGCAUAAUAAUUAACUGUCUGUUCACUGUGCCUAUAUGUGCGUAUAUAAUUAAACCCACAGUGAUCGAAAAGUGUAAUUUCUCGUUGAAUAAUUUAAAAAAAUAAAAAUAGUCUGGAGAAAAUCAGAUAUCCCUUAGUAGGUAAUUUAAUGUGCAUUAUUUUCAAUUAUGUCUAUUGUUAGUUUCUAUAAAAACCGUACCGUGGGUAUUUUGAAAUUUGAAAACCGUUCGCCAUUAAACAUAGAAUCGCAUAAAUCGAAUAAAACGUAGAUACAACAAACAACGUUGAUUUCGUGUCAUCAAAUGAGUAUUUUUACGGGGCAUUCGGCGCCUAGCUGGACGAUACCGGUAAGAACUGAACAGUACCGCAUGCAUGUCAAUUUAUGGCGUGCAUCGAAAAAUCGUCAGUAUUCCGAGUUAUCGAAGACGAUGGUAUUUUUCGUAGACAUAAUAUAAUAACAACGAUAACGAUUAAAACCGGACAACACAGUAUACCCAGAACAUCUGCUGUUUUCCCGAUUGCGUCUCGUUAGUUUUGUUUUUAACGUUUAUCCAAAGUUUACGUCUAUUGUGACGCGGCCCAACUGUGGCGGCUGCUGUUGCCCGCGUCCAUACGUCCAAACGAUAUAAUGUAACAUGGCGAUGUCGUGUUAUUCGACAUUUCGACGCGUUCCGUUUCCUUGUCUACCGUGUACUAUGAUAAAAUGACGUCACGACAGGCGACUAUGUAACGGGAACAACCGUCUUGUAUACAACAGAAAUGUAUGGAUACGGAUAUAGAAACGCCGUCGUUGAAAUUUUCGUCAGCGAUAGCAGCACAAUAAUAUAUUAUGACGCGUGGACACGAGCCACCCAUCGUGCCGGUCACAACAGUGAAUCGGUUUUUUUUUUCCCGCUCGGUGUCGAAACCCUCACAAACCCCGCGACAAUCGAUGUUUAUUCGCGAUCCGAUAUAUUAUAAUAAAAUAAACAUAAUACUAUAAUACGGUUCAUUAUAAAAUUAUAAUUCUACAUUGCGUAUACAAUAUUAUGAUUAUGCAAACUGGAGUCGCUAUGCGCGCACUGCAAAAUGCGAACGAUAACAAUUACAUCUGAAUAAUAUAUUAUUAUCAUGUUUAUAGAAUAUCGAUUCAAUUCAUAAUAAUAGUCUCGUCGAGUUCACGCCCAUUCGAUUUUUACUUUGGAGACUUUAACGCGCGCGCACCGGUUAUUGAAUAGGAAAUAAUAAUAAUAACAAUAAUAAUAAUAAUAAUAUCUCAUAACGGAGCAGAGCAAACAAGAAAUAGUGUAUCAUUAUAAUAUUAUUAUUAUUAUUCGUCUAUCAAUAGAUACCUACGAGUUGUUGCGCGUUUUCAUGUUCGGAUCGUCAAAAUUCAAAACCGGGAAUAAAUUAUAAUGACGUACAGUAUAAUACUAUAAUUUAUACGUAGUCCGUGUACAGAUACCGUAAUAUUAUGCUUCUUUUUCUUCCCCGGUGUUGUAGGCCUCUGACCUCUGUAGACGAUGUUUAUAGUCCGUAAGAACAAUUCCACCGUACUCAUAAUCCUCUACGCUGGGCCGUAGAUAUAUAGGCGCCAAACGACCGUUGCAUAGUUUUCUAGACACAGCGGAAACGAUUUUGUUUUAAUAUUUUUAAAACAGGAAAAUGUCAUCUUAAACGGUUUUCUUAUAUAUAUAUAUAAAAAAAAAAAGUAUUAGCUACAUUAAACGAAAAAAAAAUACUUUCUUCUCUACCGUAUAUAUUAAAUAAAAACUACCUAAUAAUUAUUUGCGCACCGGCAAUUUACACCGAAGUAAUUUGCUAACCAUUGUAUUUUAUUGUCUCUCGGAUUAUAAAUUCGCAAUCAAUUAUGAUAAGAGUUAUUAUAAUAGUUAGGCGUCAACAGUAGAAAAAACGUGAUUAUUAUUUCGGGCACAAUAUUCUAAAAAAGUGAAACAGCGACCGCGCGCAAUUGCAGAACCAUCAGGUUUAUUAUAACCGGCCGGUAUGGUUAAUGUACACUGUACAGUAUUAUGUUACGUAAAAAAUGGCCGACUCUAUGGGUGAACCUGAAGCUCGGCGGCCGUACGGCCGCGAGUGGGUAAAUUAUAUACACACAUAUAUGUAUAUAUCGGAUUAACCCGUAAAAUAUGUCGUUUUCGCCGUGAAAUAUGUGUUUGUGUACGAAGAAAUAUUUAAAUCGUUUCCGAAUAAUAAUAUUUAUCCUCUCACAUACAAAUAUUUCGCGGGACGAUCGAUACAGUUUUCCCUAUCGGUGAACGGUUGCGGACUCGUGCGUACACAGAGUCAGUCAUUUAGUCAGCCGUCUAGUCGUUUUGUACGUUUAUUAUCUAGGUACGAUUAGGCGGUUAUACGAACGAAUAUUUUGAAUAGACAGACCGCGUUGUUUUUGUUUUUUUUUUUUUUUUUUUCCGGUGCGCUCGGCGUAACGCAAUGCAUCACUUUCGGUUUCGUUUAUUUCAACGUGUUACCGUCCGAUGGACGGAAAAGAAAAUACCUCGGAAACGUAUGUAUCAAUAGACCAAUAAGAGGGCCCGUAUGUUUUUCAUAUAGUGUACAUUCUUUUCUAAAACAUAUUUUCAAUCCGAUAAUAUUAUGUGAUGAUGUCGACGAAGCGCCACGGAAAUGUUAUUCGCUUUAGUCUGACGCGAGAGUACGAUAUAUACACUUGUGUAGUACAUUUGAAGUGUGUAUCACUUAAAACUAACGGAACGACCGAAAAAUGCUGAAAAAACGCCGCAAAUAUGAAAAAACAGCGAAAAAUGCAGAGUGAAAUUUUCGCUUUCGAAGUACAAUAUCUGUUACCCGGAUCGAACUCGGAAUGCAUUGUCUCUUAUGACCCGCCAGAAGUAUGAAUUUUCCAUUUGAUCCGGGCUUUGUAUAAUUACUCACAUAUAUAGUUACUGUGGUUUAUUUUUUAACCGCGUAGCACGUCGUGACGUUGAUUGCAAUAGUAGUAAUAAUUUAAUCGACAAUGUUAAUGCGCAGUUAACGGCAUAAUAAAACAAAAUAUUAUUAUUUUUUUUUUUUUACAACAUCCUGAAUUAUUUUUAUUUGCAGUUCGUGCGGUUUUGCUGUAGGUUCGCGCGCAGGAAUUCGAAAUGCGUAUCGAAAGAAUUUUUUUUUUUAAUUUUUCUCGUAACGGUGCAAACUUUUUACGACGCGUCCGCCGCGCCGAUACGAUAUUUUUAUAAAUUAAAAUAUCGCGCGUAAUACCCUCCUCCGUUUUAACGAUGACGACGACGACGCCGAGACGGUUUCUCUGCGGGCGACUCGUCGACCGGAGAGCAAAGGUGAAACUUGACCGACGCGACGUGCUGUGUGUCACAACGAGUUUCCCCGUUAUCGUACACACACAUAUAUAUAUAGGUAUAUGUUUUCAAGACGCGUUAGGAACGUAAUGACGAUAAUUGCGAUUGGAAAAGAAAGAAAGAAAGAAAAGAAAAAACUGAAAAAUACCGUAUAGAAAGUAAUUUGUUGUUGUUAUUUUUUCGAGUUAUUUCGUAUGGACCAUAAUGGCCGGGCAGGUAGCGUUUCGAAUCCGAGAUCUAGUUUACUCGCCUCUAUAGCCUCCGUUUUCGUCGGUGUCGUGUCGACGGCGCGUAAAUGUCUGCCGCGGUGUUUACGGUGUUUACGCUAUAGCGUUUCGGACGGGAAAAAACCGUCCGGUACACUCCCCCCCCUCCACCUCCUGUUUUCGUCUGCUGCAGAUUAUCGUUUUUCUGCGAUAGGUUCAGCGGCGGGAAAUCCAAGUUCGAUAAUCCGGAUUUUCGAAAUCCAAAACGAACAAAAAAAAAAAAAAAAUCAAAUAUGUUAUAAAUACCGAACAGCAUACACGGGAUAUCGCAUACAUUUUAUAGAUUAAAAAAUAAUAAAAACUCGAAUUUCGAAAUCCGGAUUUAUGUGACAUCACUGCAGUUACUAUUAACUGUAUCCAAUUUUAUACUCGUGGCCGGCCGGCCCGAGGCCCGGAAGUGCGUCGGGCUUUCGUUGCUGUUUCGGUACCGCGAGAAAGCGUUAAAAAUACGCAACAAUAUUGUGUAGUACGAUAAUUUAAAUUAAUAAUACGCGUACGGUCGUUUAAAUACGGUUAUCAACCGAAAUUAACUCGCGUAGGUGUGUUAGACCUCGAGGUGUUGUAUUAUUAUAUUGUUGCUCGUCCGCGGACCGAAUCGCAAUAAUUCCACGAGCUUUUUAUACCGACAUGUCUGCGAGCGAAUACCAGAAUCGCAUUUAUCUCAUCUUGUUUAACCCUUUCUAAAUUUCUCGGUAACUUUUUAGUUUUUUUCGUUUUUUCUAGCUUUCUCGAGCCCGUUUCAGUACCGUUAUUAUAGGUAAUGUAACUGUAAAUAAGUACGCCAAUUUGUAAAAGCGCGAUAUGGUUAACGGUGGUCACAAUUCAAAGGAGCUAGAACCCAACGAUGUAGUUCUAAUAUUUUACGGAAUACGUGGAAAAAUAAUUCACUGCAGAUAGGUCACUAUGAUAGUAGGUGGGAAGUUUGAAAUGUUUAAGCGUUUACGUACAUAAGGUAUAGACAACAAUUUCGCCUCUGUUAUUUAAAAAAAAAAAAAAAAAAACCAGAAAGAGCAAUUUGAGCAGUUUUUCGAUAAAAAUAUUAUGGAAAACGACCACCGGAUACGCGAAUCCGUGUAUUUCGAUGUAUUUCGCGAAAAGCUGAGAUGGUUUUUUAUUAACCGAAAAAGUGUUUUUCGAGAAAAAUAAUAGAUCCUUCACGCAACACGCGGAAUUUAAAACACAGAUAUUAUGGACAUUGUGGAGAUCCCUCAAACGUGGUUUUACCUGACAAAUUCGACGAAUUAUCCAUAACGUUUCGCCGCCGGCCCGCGUAUCAGGCCUUGACCGUACACGGCCACCGUCGUUCCCGCACACCCGCCGUCUUGUUCCACCACGGGAGAAAUACGUUUCGUCCGCGUUCGCCCUUAUAACAACAACAGUACGAUAGUGUAUCGUUAACGGUUGUUGUUUUUUUUUUUUUACCUUCCCGUUCUCUCCGCAAAGGUCAUCGAAUCGGCCGGUCGCUGCCCUCCCCCGCCGUAUUGCGAUACGUUUUUUUUUACCGUCCCCCGGGGGACGAUAAAACCACGAAAACGCCACCGGCGCGCGCGUUUCAAUUGAGUUGCGUCACACGCGAUUUAGCGAGUCCGCGUGUGCUGCGCGUGUAAGCGCGCCGGUUAAUUAAUCGCGGUGGCGGGCGUUUCGAAACGCGCGCCGUUUCGGCGGCGGCGUAAUUCAACAUCGCGUAAUAACCCGGGCGCACACUAUAAACGGUCGCGUAUUGUGCCCGUUCGGAAACGGCUUUUUCUCUCUCUCUCUCUCUCUCCGGUUCUCUACGCGCGCACACACCUAUUACGAUCGCCGUGCAUGACACGAGCGCAAUUAUCGUUUGCCCGCCGCGCGGUUCACGUAACCGCCGCGGCCCGAAAACGGAAACGGUAACGGUCGCCGUCCGAUCCGAACCCGCUCGCGCGCUGCGCCGCGUCGCGCCACCCGCACGGCGCGCGCGCGUAUCCGUGAGCCGUCGACCCGCGCGACCGUUCGACCAUUGGCGGCGCCGCCGAAUCCGUCGUGCGCGCGCGCGUUCGAACCGCCCGCGUACGAGUAACGAGUACGACGCAACGACGCGCGUAUUGCGCCGAGAAAAAAAAAAAGAUAAAUGAAUAAAAAAACAAAAACAAAAACAAACCGCACUGUUGUGUGGGCCGACGAAGCGAACGAGUUGAGGCACCGCAGUGACGGGUCAAAUGCGGGUAUUCGAUCGAGGCGCGUACGUGUGUAUCGUUUCCGGGGGAUUCCGUAUUCCGCUACGUUUCGUAUUUGAUUCUGAUAAAGAAGUAUUGUUUGCUACUGCGAAACAUCGUUUAUUUUCAGUGGCCACAAUGCGUAGCCUUAUCCCGAGUCUGGUAUGUAACCGAUUCGUUUAUGGCCGUUGUAGACGACACGGUCCAAAAGAGUGAAGUAGACCCACGCACGUUUCGAGGACGGAUUCCGUAACCGGUUAAUUUACGGUCGUUUGAGUUCUCAAAAUCUGCUAGAGGCGUGCAAUCGAAAGGUAGUGACCGCGGCGCCCGACGUGGGGCUCGAACCACACAUACAUUUUACAGGAACUUUCUGGUAGCGUUUUCGAUCCAGUCAGCGGAUUUUUGAUUUUCGUAAUAUAAUGGAAAAAAGUAAAAAUUGUUUGCAUCAUUUUUGUCGAUUUCCACGUUAUCUUGCACGCGACAAGAGGCGAAAUACGACUAAUAACAUACUGCUCAAAAUCGAUUUUCGUUAACGACGGUUUAUCGUUUCGUACAGAUAUAACUUAAAUUACUCUUUGUACAUACUCGCCUUUUUUCGAAUUUUCCUUCCAAAACGUCGCCACGUCCAUUAGAGGUAUCAGAUUUUUUUUUUUUUUUGAUUAUGGCGUAUUCGUAUUUAAAACCGUUCAGCUCGUUAAAAAACUUCGGAAAGUUAAAAAUGCGUGAGUAAAAUCGAUUGCUGUAUCGAAAAAGUAACAUUUUUUUCGGAAACGGUCUCAAAUAAAUGAUGAUAAUAUCGUUCCGAGCAGGUAAGAAAUUACUUUAAAACGGUGAAUUUUCAAGUGUGCCGAGUGUUUUUUUCGUCACUCCCGUAAAAACGUGUAAAAUCGGCUCGGCGGAGGGUUCGCCACGUGGCCACGACGUUGAUGUGUACACAUAAAUCGCACGGUCUUCGGUUCGGGCAGACGUUCGGACGAUGCAUUGCGCUCCCCGCGAAAUAUUAUUGAGUACCCGUGUAAUAAUAUCGUUACGUCAAUGAUUACGGGUCUGAUGCUCGUGGGUGCGGAGAGCCGUUAAUGUUUUUUACCAUGAUUUUUGGAAAGCGCCUCGGUCCUAGGGAAAACGAUGCUGUGUCGGGAAAAUAGCCGAUACGGGUUUUCAUUAGUUUCGCGAAAAUGUACGCCGGCAAUUAUGACGGUUAUUUUGACGCCGUUCUCGAUAUUGAAAAAUGGAAAUUUCCCGCGCAAACGGUCACGACGUAUUAGGUGUUAUUAUUAAUACGGAAUUCGCAUUACGUUACGGACGACCGAAUAAUAAUGUAUCAUAAUUUACGUAUUUAUUAUUAUUUUUUUUACGCUCUAUAUUCCGCGUUGUUAUCGGAUUAUCGGUAUAGGCACGUUUUUUACGCGUCUCAACAAAUUGUCCGAAUCGCGUUACCUACACGCAUAACCGUCGUAAAACGUAUACAGACGCGUAGGAAUACCUAUUAUAAUAUUCCUGUACGUUUUCGUUCAGAACCGGCAUUUACAAUAGUCCCGUGUGAAUUCGACUCGCUUUUAGCAUUUUUGUUCUGCAUGAUAUACGCAUUAAGCGCGCCUAUUGGAUUUUAAGAUUGUGAUCGAAGCGAGGAAUGUAUUGGUUUCGCUAAGGUGUGUUUGUAAACUCUUAUAAACAUCUAUUUCUAUUGGCAAUCUCAUUUCAAUCAAAAACUCUAUUGGAAUUACUUUCUUGUAGAAUUUUCCAUCUAAUUGAUGCAAUGGGGGCGUAGAUUUUCGGUUUUCCUUGUAGUUUUUCUUAAUGAACGGAAAAUACCGACAAUUUCCGUUGAUUUUCGUGUUACCUUGGCAACAAGAGGAAAACUUUUACCAAUAAUACUCUUCUCGUUUUUAGUUUACAACGGUUUGUCGUUUCGUACAUAUAUAAAUUUAACUAACGUAUAAAUCCUGCUUUCAAACUUCCCUUUAAAAACAGCGGCACAUUCAUCAGUACAGGCUUUUUUUUUUUUUUUGUAUAAUUCCAUAGUAUUAUACAGGUAUUAAGGUCUUUUGUCCGACGAUAAAACGUCAUUAUCGCGUACGAAAAGCGAACAAAAAAAAAAAAAAAAUUAUUUCAAAUAAAAAAAAUACAUAUAUAUAUAAAACCCACGAAUUCUGUUUAUUAUUCUGAAAGUAAAUUGAGCGUUACCUCGUUAAUAAAACGUGCAUGCGGUUUUCGGAGCACGUUGUAUAACGACGAUGAGGGACGUAAACAUAACGACGGAUCGAUUAUAAUAUACUCGAGUAUUAUAAAAAAAAAAAAAAAAAUAUAAUAUUAUUAUGUAUGUAUCUACUCGCUAGUAUAUUUCGUGCGUGUCUCUCGCAUAUCGUAUUAAAAUAACGUACUCACACGCACGCAAACACUCAGCUGGUACCCGAGAUUUUUUUUUCACUUUCGUUCGAUACCGACGACGCUUUUAACAAUAACACAUUUACUAACUAUUAUGACGUGCCUAUCUGCUUCGUUCUAACGGCCGAGUGCAGUGGUAAGUGGCAAUCAUAUAAUACACACGUGUAUACAAACGCCCAACUGCAUUGUGGUUUUGCUACACUCGGCCGCCUCCGUGAGCAACGGUGCAGCACGAAAAUAUUGACGAUUUCGUGCAAUGUUUACUAGGACGUUUUGAUUUUUAACUUUUUUAAUUUUUAUUCGAAUUAAGACUGGAAAUUGCUUUCUUGCGGUCUCAAAUGUACCCAAAACAAUUUGAGCCCAAACAAAAAAUGUUUAGAACUUGCUCAUCACAUAUUUAGUUUUUCCAUUUAAAUAACAUAGGGAAGUAAUAGCGAUACUUUCAACUAAAUCACAUUUACUCAUAAGUUCAAAAGUUAUAAGAUUGAGCGUGUAUACUGUGUAUACUCCAUAUUCGGACUUAUCGUUGAAUAAUAAUAAUAAUGUCGUAUCGAACACGAGUUGUGGCUGAAUUCCCGAGGUUACUGUAGUUUGUAAUUUAUUCGUUUUAUACGGUGCAAGAAAGUUGUAGAAUUUCAGAGGAUCCGGAAUUAGGUGUGACGACGUGGACGAAAACCCAAGGAGUAUAAGAGCGUGGCCGUCACGAAGAAGUAUCUACGUGUACUUUUGUUAUCCCAUAAAUCGGUUUGCGGUGCCUAAUGUAUCAUUUUCAUAGCACCCGAAAAAAUAUUUAAAUUUUUGAAAUAUAUUAAAUUAUAUUCGAUUUAUCUUUUCAUUCAAGUCUUGAUGAAAAUGAUUCAUCUUCAUAGUUGUAAGUUGUGACUUGCAAUAUGAAGUCAAAUAUCACGAAACUUUUGAUUAUUGAUGUAUGCCAUACAAUAUACCUAACCUGACCAAACCUCACCUAAUCUAACCUAUACUGUGUUUAAAGUGCUAUUGACCCGAAAAAUUUUAAUAAUAAAUAAUAAAUAUACUCUGUAACAGUGCGAUAACAUUAUACGAUAUUAUAUCGAUACAAGGUGUACAGGUUUUUUUUUCUAGAAAAACAACUUCUUUGAUAGUUUGUUAUUAUAAUUCAAAAUACGAAAAUCUAAUUAAAUAGAAUUGAAAAAAUUGGGCAAGUUACAAACAAUAAAAUCGGUAUUUAGUUACUAUAGUAAAAGUUUGCAUUAAUUUUUUUUUUAUUAUUAUGAAUGCAACAAGCCAAUAAGUAUAAAAGAAUACUUUAAACCAGUAAUUUCCCUUACGCGUAGUUCUACACAAAAUGUCGAGAUUUUAUUUAAAUUUAAAUAUUGACAAUAAUUUUUGCAUUGGCAUAAAAUUAUCUGUAGUUUUAAAUAAACAUUUUUAAGUAUAAAAUUUUGGAUGUUCACGAGCGAUGCGAUCGACAAUGAUUUCUUUCACUUUCGAAAAAUUAACAGAACGAAAAUUCCUUGAAUGUAAUUUUUUUUUGCAACCUCAGAAUUUUGACUGUAGUGACGCCCAUGUGUAAGACGAUAUAAAAAUAAUAUUUGAGAAAACUGUUGUGGGAUCUGCAGCGAUAAUGACGUGUUUUGCAAAAUGUUUAACAUUGAAUAAAAAAUAUAAAAUUAAAAUUAAAAUAUAGCGAAAAUGAGAAUACUUAAGCUGGGUAGGUAUGUAUUCGUCAUCAUACAAAAUCGUAUGAUAUAGGAGUAAGCAGGAAAAAUAAGAGGUAGAAUAUAUUUAAGAUCCGAGUAAUUGUUAUGUGAAUUAAGUUCGCACUGUAGAUGGAAACCAUGUAAUAGAUAGGCCUAGAGAAGUGUCUAGGGAUUAUUGUAAUGGUUAAGAUUCGAGGACGUGGUAUCGUAGGAGUAGAUGAAGAAUAAUGGUGGCGGAUGUAUUAGAGAGAUGUGAAAAUACGUGGACAAGAUGGCGUAGAGCAAGGAAGUGGGGGAAAAUUUAGUUUAAAAUUGACUUUGGUAUUCUUAUUGUAUCAAAACUGUUAUUGUUGUAGUGACAAUCGCAUUAACGAAUCGGUAUAUAGGACGGACACAAUGAGUACGACAACAUGCCCAGGUACAGCAAAAAAAAAAUUAAAAAAAAAAAUCGAAUAACUUUUCUAGGGACGUCGAAUAAAUUCUGGAAACUAUACCGAAGAACUAACGUGACAGAAUAUACUUACGCGCUCCGUAACACCGAACGCGGAAACGGCAGCCGGCGGAACACACGUGAUAGAAGAGAAUUUAAAUGUAAUAUAUUAUAAUCAUAAUAUACACGUACGCAAAACGGAAACACUAUAGGCGAAAAAUAAAAAUAAAAAAUCACCGUCGAUGGCGAAAUGCAUGUGCGAAAUACGGUGUCGUCGCCGGGUAUCCCACGGUCGGGUUUAAGCGCUAAAACCAGUCGGGGUUCCAUACAGACGUCUAUUUAGGUUAAUCAAUAUUAUUAUGAUUAUUUCGCGGUCAAACGGGUAAAGAAAAAAAAAAAAAAGCAUAAUAAUUUUAAACGGUACCCGCGCGUGUAUCGGUACGCGUAAAAUAUUACGCCGAGUACCGUUCUCCGGAGAUUAUUAAUAUUGCCACGACGAGGAGUCUGUAACGUUGUUACAUAAAUUGCCCGAGGCCCGUGCGUAAUAACAAACGGAAAUUGUGCCAAAUCGCGAAUAUUUUAUUCGCCGCCCCGACGCGGAUUGCACGCAAUUAAAACGGAUUCUCCGCGCCGAGACCGGGUCGCGGAUAAUCGUAAAACUAUAACGCGACGGCCGAACACUGGUCGAAAACCAAAAAAAAAGGCGGCUAAAAAUAUAUAAUUGAAACAAUGAUACUUAUAAAUAUACAAUUAUCGUCGAAAAACAUUUUUUAUUGAUAUUGAACACAUUACAAUGGUUUUUUUUAUUAUUAAUUAUUACUCAUUCUGAUUCUUCAUCACUGCAAUAAUUAGUGUCCAGCGACAAAUCUUCGUCUUCUGGAAGCAGCUUAUUUAGAUAUUUAUCGACUUUUCUGAGACCGCUUACAAGAGGAUCCGAAGAUAAUAAUAGUCUUUGAAAAAUAUCAGUACUAAUAUUAAUUCUUGAAGACUUUCGGCUGUAAAACUCUCUGUGCCUCUUAGUAUCUUUAUUCUUGAGCUUCCUCACUUAAAAUUCCAAUCGGCAAACUAAACGAUUUCACUAUUGAUGAGCUGUGUAUUAAAAUCUUAUGAACACUUGGUGGCGUGUAAUACCAACUGUAUAAAUUUGUAUUAUAUUGGAAUUUUGACAACGAACAUGAAAUAAUUAAAGACAGAGCGACUUCUGGACUCAUCACAGACGGCUUUAAUUUAUUUUUAUUUUUAAUCCAAACACCACGAAUUUUGCUUCCUCUUGUCGGAGUAAUGUUUGUUGCUUCUUUUACUGAUUUCGCUGUAUCUUUAUUUCCUUUUUUUCCUUAACGCAUAUGCAGUUGUCUCAGUAAGUUCAUUUAAACUUGAUUUAUUAUAUACGAGACGUUCACGUUUUCGUCGUUUUGAACGCUCACUACUUCCGCCAAACGUUAUAGUCGGACGACCGCGACCACGACCUCGAGGUUCAGAACUAUCUGUAUCUCUUAUAUUAGUAUAUCUGUAUACAGACAUCGGGGAAUUUACAGUAGAACACAGCCACUCCUCGUUUUCUUUACAAUAUCUUUCGUUUUUUCUGUUACUUCUAUUCCAUUUUAUAAUGUAUCUGUAAUUUUAUUACAAGUUCAAACCAAAUGUACGGUCCACACUGCACACAUACCUUUAUCUUUAUGUAUUAUGUAAGUAUCGACGACAAUGACUCAAUUCAAUACCAUAUCUAUCAGUGAAUAUUAUGACUAUUCCGAAUGAACCGGAGUUUUAUCCCCAUUAGAGUUAUGCUGUAAACGGCAUUUGGCGUACUUAAAAUCGGCGUUUUGUCAAACGAAAAAAAACAUUUUUAAAUACCGUAGGAUGUGCGCGAAUGAAAAUUAAAUCUUUUAAAUAUUUAAAUUACCGAUUUUUCGGCCGCCUUUCUUUCGUUUCUCGACCAGCGUGCGGCGGCGGCGGCGGCGGCAACAGAACCCGAGCGUUCGUCGCGGCGGCACAGCGUCGUGUAACAUUAUAGGCGCGUGAACCGAUAUCGCAAAAGCGAUGCGCGAUAGGGACCGCCCGAACGUGCCGCGUCACACGUACGGGGAUGUCUCCACCGCCAGACGUCUCCAGUUUCCGACGGGAUUCCGCGAGCACUGAAAUAAAAAAUGUUAUCCGCGAAACACGUUGCGUGGUUUCCGGGGCGGCGGUUUCGUGCGUUGCGGUUUUUCGCCCGACGCGAAACGCCACGACGGUGUUUAUAACGACGUCGCGUAGUGCCGACGAAAUCGAUAUCGAAACCGAUCGGUUUUUUCUCGCCGCCGUGUUCCGUCGGAUGCGCGCUCUCCGGUACGACUCGCGUUCACAUACGCGCGAUGAAAAACGAAACCGAAUUUUCCGUCGAAAAAAAUAUUAUUUCGUCUCACUGAAAGUCGUCUAGGUACCCGGACAACCGCAACCGUCACCGUACUGUAAGUUAAUUGGAUGGUUAGUCUAUAGCUCUGGUUCGAAAUACAAUGCGGAUGAAUUGCAGUUUAGUUUUGUUUUCGUUGUAUAUAAUUUAAUACACGGCUAAUAGCUAAAACUAUUACUAAAUUCGAAAAUACCUAUUUUCUAGUUAUUUAUUUACAGUACGAAGAAAAAAACAAUUUCGAUAGCAGGCGAAUUCACGUAAGAAUUUAUACAGCGGUUCUUGAUUUUUUUUUUUUUAUUUUAGACCAUUAUAAAAGGGAGGCUAUUAUAGUCAUGUAUUACAUUAAAAAAAAAAAAACUAUACUACAAUAUCCACGUUGUAUUUCGAAUUACAGCUACUGACUUUCCAAUUAAUUUACAAACUGUAUAAUAAGGAGGCGUGCAGAUGAAUAUAAUUGUUUAAAUACAAUUCGUAAAUUGAAUACGAGCGCUUGUUAACAUAAAACAAUUGUAACAAAUCUCGACGAGUAGCAAUUGAAAAACAUAACGUGAAAUCUAAAACUCAAGUUUGAGCUCGCAUAAACUUAAUAGAAAUUUAACGUAAAAAAUCCUUCUUUUUGCUGUCGGGCAAUACGUCUAUUUACUGUGCGCAGUUGUAUAGCUGGUCCGAAACCGACGAGCCUCUAUAUAUAAUAUUCUCGUAAUAUUAUCAAAAAAAAAAAGUACCGGGAAUUUCGAGAAAAAAUGCACCGUAAAGUUUAAAAAAAAAAAUUCUUUCAGAAUUCUUCCUCGUGAUGCUUUUCGAUAAAUUCUUGUCGAAAUCUUUCAUUACAAAAAAAAAAAAAAAAAACACACAUCAUAGUAAAACUAUAUUCUAUAUACAUUUCUCGUUCCGAAUCUAAAACUAUUCGUCGACAUAUCAUAAAAUGAUAUAAAUAAAAAAAAAAAAAAAAAUUACUGGAUGCCAUUUCGUGCGUUUAGUAUAUUAUACCGUCUCCUCGUGUAUUAGAUUCCGAACGAUGCGAGGAAUGUAUUGAUUCUUCUAUGAUGUGUGUGCACUAUUUGUGCUUGUAAAAAAGAUUUGCAAGACAUAUACCAGAAGUCUCGACCCCCUGUCCAAAACUUUAUAGAAACAUUCUUAUAGAAUUUAGAUCUAGUUGGUGAAUUGAGAAGGUUAUUUUUUUAUUUUCCUUGUGGUUUUCUUAAUAAAUUGGAAAAACUUGACAUUUGUUGCGUGGUUUUUAUCAAUUUUUAACGUAAACCCUUGGCGUCAAAAGAUCAUAGGAUUCUGAUCUGAAUCGUUUUUUGCUAUCGACAGUUAGUAAUCGCGUACAGAUAUAAAUCGAAGUACUCUAUCCUCCCUUCUGACUUGCUUCCUUCCAAAAACACCCAGCAGACCCAUCGGCAGUAUAAAUCUUUUUUUCUUAAUUUUUCUCCGGCGGAACGCGUACCGUAAUAUUAUUACACUUGGUGCGUAGGUAUUUUUUUCGGCGCAAAUUGUGUAACGACGAUGCUUUUCGAGAUUGGGGUUUAUUACCAUGUUGUACCGCUAUAAUAUAAUAGUACUAUAAUAAACUGCAGCAGAGCAGUGUUUGUCGAAUAACGGGUUUACGAAAACGCGCAAAAGUCACCGAUGUUAUUUACGCGAAAGAAAAAAUCGAACCGUUCCCGAACGGGAGGAAAGGAAUAAAAAAAAUAAAUAUUUGGUGAUAAACUGCAGCGGCCGACGACUAAACGCUCGCGAAGAAAGUGUAAAAAAAAAAGUGUAUUAUAAGUGUAGUAAUUAGAUACGUGUCGAAUGGUUUAUUUGUUUUAUGUUUUGGUCCACCGCACCGGGACGGUGUUUGCGUGAAAAAAAAAAACAAUAAUACCUAUUAUACAUGUAUGUACAGUUCGGCGGUGUAAUAAUAUCCGGAACGCGUUAUCACGUCGUCGUCGUCGUCGUCGUCAUCGUCGGAAUACCUACUUUUUUUUUUUUUUCCUAUCGCCGUCCAAAACUGGUUUUCGGUUUAGGUACCUAUAUGCGGAGAGACUAAUCCAAAUUUUUUUUUUUUUUACUGCUCACCUCAUUAUUUCGUUCAUUUUUUUUUUUUUAUUCGGUAGGAUGUUGACCCUCAUAAUAUUAUUACUACUAAUAAAUUUACAUAUACACACACACACACACUCACACACACGCGCGCGCGCGCGGUUUAAUGGAACGCAAUGUAUAUAAUAGUAAUAAGAAUAUUAUACGCGCUCAUUCGGGCGUACGACUACGGUCGUGUUUAUGUACACACGUAAAUUAUAGUUUCGCGGGGAUUUUUUUUUUGUUUUUUUUGUUCCAUAGGUAAUAUUAUUAUGUGCAGCAAAUCGAAAUGAUAAUGACAUUUACGCGCGUAGUCGUAAAUAAAUUGCAAUAAUUUUGAGAUCGCUCGAUUUGAGCGGUGUACCUAACCUGUAGUUGCAAUUUCUUAAUCAAUUGUAUUGUUACAUUAUUAUACAUGCAUACAUUGACUAACCGCCUAUGUGAGUAUUAUGAACGUGAGGUGUGACUGACCACCAAAGAAAAAAAAAAAAAAUUGAAAGAACAAGAUUAUUAAUCAUUGUCUGUGAACAAAAUUGGUAUAACGCGAUCAAUAUGCGCUACGGUCAUUUAUGUUGAUAAGUGACUAUGGCGUGGGCGGUAGACACUAUAAGGAGUCGUGUGACGAAAUUGUCUAACAUAAAGAAUUUUAUCAAAGAACAGUGGUUCGGACACGCGAUAGAUAGACGAAAUCGGAGCAUUACAUUUAUAACGGAGACCAACGGAUAAAAGGCCAAGCAUGAGACCGGGAUAGCGUUGGUUGGUCGGAAUUAAAGAACGCGCGUAGAAAAUGGGAAAUAUUGAAUGGCAAAAAUGUACCGUAAUAAUGGUAACGACAGACGGAAUGGAGGUGUGUUGACCGCUAAGGCUGUUGAAGAGAUGUUAAAUUUGAGAAGGAAGAGGAAUCGUAUAGAUUAACUAAAAUAUUUCGUUUUUAUUGUGUUGGACGGUAUUUAUGGUGUGUUUCUUCUCUCUACAUUACGUCGCGGUAUUAUUGUCUUGUAGUAUAUUUGAGUUUAAAUUCUAUUUCAUUCUCUUGCGAUCUAAAUCAUAUAAUAUGCUGCCUGUUACUACGAACUCGCUCUAAUCCCAGCCACAGGAUCCGCUCCUCGGAAUACCGUCGUCGUCGGUUUCAAUUUGGAUAUUAUUUUUUAUACCGAUCGGCGAUUAAUGUUGGUCAUUGAAUUUUAUUCGAUAAAAGAAAUACAGUCGCUUUUAUUUUUUAACGUCAAAGUUUAUUAGCCGCGUGCGUAUUAUUGAUGAUUGUUUUUCUUUUCGCAGAUAUCGACCAAAUCCGGCAACAAGACCAAUAACGAUCACGUGGCCCGGUUGCGGGUGGUACAAGAGGUGUCGUCCCGGAACAGUUCGGCCAGUUGGAACAGUUCCUGCACGUUUUCCACGGAACAGAGUCUACAGGUAAGCGAAUACACCUGUAUAGAAACCUCGGGGGUCAUUGUCAAUAAGAAACGUUUGACUUUUGCAUUCCAUUUGCAGUUUUGAAAACGUUUACUAUAGAAAUUCGUCCCGCGGUGCAUCGUUAACGCGGUAGAUUGGGCCCGACAGAUUUCUUAAAUGUACGAAACCACGAAAAACGACAGUGCAAUUGUAAUCGCAUAUUAUAACGUCCCGGUAGUAGGCCUGCACAUCAGGAGGCCGUUUCCCGGACGUCGUAAAGUCUUCCCCCCCCACACACACACACAUUGUGCGGGCGAAUUAUCGAUCCUUCAGUCAUGACAGUGAUAACCGCAUAGGUCCACGCGAACACCCGGACUGAACCGAAUGCCCACACAAUGUCCGGUCUGCAAAUAACCAUCACCGGGGCGGCACGGUGUAUGCGGGAACGCGUGUGGCCGGCUCUAGCGAAAAUCGUUUUGACCGUCGCGGUGAAAACAUUACACUCGCGGGUGUAUGCAAAACGACACACGUUUUAUAUUUUUUUUGUUUGUUGUUUAUUUUCGUUCGGGGGAGAUGGCGACGUGAUGAUUAUUCGUGCAGUUAUUCGGUGUUCCUCGAGUCCGUCCGUUUUAUCGGUUCGCUGCUGUUUUACAGGUUAUCAACGUCGGAAAUUCGAUUUCACAGUUUUAUCGCACUAGGGGAUUUAGCGUACGCGCGCGCUGUGGGAUUUCUUCACUUGUUUUGUUUUAUGUUUUUUUGCCGCGCGAUUGCAAUGUAACAAUACGACGCAAUGCGAAUAAUUAUCGUCGGAGACCACGUCACAGUCCGCGGGACUUUUGCAACGCGCGAACAAUGGUUAAAAAAAAAAUAAAAUAAAUAGUAAUAAUAUCAGCUCGUUUGAUAGGAAUCGGCGCGUGGGCGGCACACUCGAAUAGACUCGCACGCGUUAACCCGUUCGGGGGCCUCGUGAUUUUUUUUUUUUUUUUUGUCGACAUUGAAAUUGGACAAUGUAAUUUAGGAAAUACGAAACGAGCGCGGCUACUCUUUUGGUCUAUAAUCGCCGGCCGCGUAAUAUUUUACGUACCUAUAUUAUAUGUUAGGUACCUACGACCGCCCACAGGGAUCCUGUGGGUGUUUUCGGUUUUUUUUAAAUAUUUUUUAUUAAUAGGUUUCUUUUCCUACCUCGUGCAGAUGUCGAGGUAAACCGCCGCCCGUAGUUAAAAACCGCCAAUAAAACAUAACGUAAACGGGCGAAAAUGUGCGGAUCGCUCGCGGAUACAUCCGAUAUCAUAUCAUUAUUUUAAGUAAGGUAUAUAGUAUAUUAUAGUUUUCUGCGUAUCGAAAAAUGUCUAGAAAAAAUAAUCUCUUUUCGAAACGGAGUUUAAAAGUAUGCGGUUUAAAACCCGAUUGCUAUUGCUAAAAAAUCACAAGUCGAUAUACAUUCACGUUUGCGGUACACGGCUUUUAUAAAGGUAACAUUUUAAAAAUCAAAUUUACUCAAAGUCUAACAGGAAAAUCCAUUGAACGUUGGUUGGACAGAAUUAAACAAGACCCAUAGAAAAUUGAAAACGUUGACUGGCGAAAAUGCGUAUCAGUGAUUGAGGCGACAGCUGCGUGUUCUCGGAGAGCGGUUACCAUAGAAGUGUAUUUGGAGGGGAGGUGCUGUAAAGAGUAUUUAACGGAAGGGCAUUUUUUAACAUAUUUCUGUACUCAAUGCUAACACUAUUCAAAUACGUGCACUCGUCUCUCAAUAUUCCGAUCGAUGAUAAUAUUUGAAUUAUCACUUAUAUUUGUUUGUUAUCUCAUUAUUAUACUAGAACUAUAGUCGAAAUAAUGAACUGUGAAAAAGGAAAAAUGUUCGAUUUUGAAAUUAUAUCACGGCCUUAGAUAGAUAAUAUGAAUUAUAAAUGAAGUCAAUUAAAGGUGAUUCAGUCAUUUUCGUAUAAAUAAAACAUUUAUAUAAUACACAGUUCAAUAAAUUACUUAAAUAAAAAUAAAAAAAAAACUAAAAGCGUAUUGAUAUUUACUCCGCCAACGGUUGAAUAUGUGUAACGUAAUAUUAUGCAUAAAAUAAAAUACAAAAAAAAAAGAUUUUCCGUCAAAAGUCGAUAUUUAUUGUGUGUGUGUGUGUGUGUGUGUGUGUGGGUGGGUGUAGGGUGGGGGCAAAGACUCGAAUACGACUCCGGUUGUUAAACUAUAGAAGACGAACGGAUAUCAAAAGUCAAAAUAAUAAUUUAUGGAAAAACAAUUAAGAGUACGGUUUUUUUUCCUAUAACCCGCGAGUACUUGCAUGCAUACUCGUUUUACGAAAAAACAGCGCUCGGUGUAUAGCACAGAUUUACAGCCGACGAGUAUAUAAUAUACAAAAGCGCUUGUGUAAUACGCUUUUGGCGUUUCGUCAACGGGUAUUUUUAUUGUUUUUUGGUCUGGUUUCCCCUCCCCCUCCCCCCGUUGUAUCUCCCGUUUACACGCGCGGUCUCCGUCCGCAGAGACAAUAAUAAUUAAUUUAAUAUCGUUCCAAAGUGAAAAUAAAUGUAUUCCGGACGAUACGACGACUACGGCGGCGGCGGCGGACGUCUAUAAAACAUCGGACGAUAAUAUUACAUAUGCACGUAGGCGUAUAUAUACAUAUAUUCCGAGUCGAUGUUUCGUUUUGCCGACCGUCGUCGUCGACGUCGUAAUAAUAUAUAAGAAAGAAUGAAAAAAAAAAAAAAAAACACCCUGCUUUUUACGUCCGACCGUGUUUUACACGGUCCUCCCGGACGGCUCGCGCGGAUAUACGUGUAUUGUAUUUUACGGAAAUAUUAUGAUACACGAACGACACGGUAUAUUAUGUGCAAGGAUAAAACGUGCUUGCGGAAAAAUAAAAAAAAAACAAAACAAAACAAAAGGUUCGAUGUUAUAUUUUAUAGGGUAAUUUAGUUUAUUUGUAUUUUUCAUUUUGUUGUGAACACGGACGGAAACCCUUCAAAAACGAAUUUAUACGAAUUGUCUGCAUUUAAAUCUAUAACAUGGACCGAUACUGUUGGCGGGCGUACCGCUGUUUUAGGAUAGGAGAAUAGGAUAGAAGGACGAACGUGUCAGGUUAGGUUCUGGUGGAAAAGCUGUUCGUGGAAAAAAAACACAAAACACUAUUGCAAUACUGCAAUGAAUUCCUCGCUCCGAUCAGAAUCUAAAAUUUCUGAAAAACUUCUAAAACGGAUACAGCUAAUAUAUAGGCGAAUGCCGUCGAAAGAGGCGAAAUAUAUUUCGGGUAUAAUAAUGUCCAGAAAAUUCAACAAUACUUCCGUUUUUCCGGUUUCCUCUUCCCCCUCCGUUUUGCGCCGUUAUUGAGACGGCAAAGGAAAAUCCUCCCAAAACACCGAUCUAACAGAUCCAGAAUAGUAUUUACCGCGAGAUUAUUCUCGCGAUACAUUACUAUGAAGAUGGCGUCUUUGUUAUGAUAUUAUUUAUUACGUCUUCUAGUCGAAACCGGGUUCACGAAGUCAGGGAGGAAAAAUAAAUGCCGAAAACGAACACGCAUCACGAAUAUAAUGGAAACCAAUUCCUCAUCGUUGCGCUCAGAAUCUAAAACCAACGGUUAGACCGUGCGCCGCGCCGCGCGAUGUUGUUUAAUAAUAUAGUAUUAUAUUUUAUUUUUAUAACAAUAUAACGGAGAAAAAAAAAAAAAAACUAAAAAAUUAUACAUGCCCUCGAAGGUGUGCUCGCGGUGCACAAGCGGCGCACUUAACGAAGAUUGAUGGCCCUUAAUAGGGUAUUGUGUUCCGAUCCCUCUCUUUUAGGCACAGGUACACAGGUAGGCAAACGCAUCGCCCGAAACUCGGCACGUAUAUUUUCGAUACAGGGUGUGUCACGUUUCUGUUGCGUUUAUUUUAUAACCGCGGGGCGCACGUAUUCGACCGCGCGCGACCGUCGAAACAUGCGCGAUCAUAAUGUUGCCGGCACAUUUUCAACGGCCGUUUUUCAAUAAUUUCGCCAAAUCUAAUCCGACGGCGGUAUUCAAUACAUUUAACAUUUUUUUUUCUCCGAAAGCGCGAGGUGUUUGGACGCGAUCACAUUUGUAUCCUCUCCGCCAUUAGGAUAUAGGUACCUAUACAAUAAUGUAUAUUUUUUUAUUUUUUUUGAAGAGGGGAAAAUAAAAACAACUUCCUACGUACCAGUUAAUAAACGAAUACGUUUGUUAAUGAUAAUUCACGGUUUUAGCGUAGGUAUUAUACUUCGAUAAAUUGUAAAAAAUAAAUACAUUUUACACCACAGAGUGUUUAAAAAAAGAACUAUUCGCACUGCGAUCGCGGAAAAUUGUCUACAAUGAGCGGUAUCUCGUGCGUUAUCUGGAUACGAAUAUUUGUCUUUUUAUCUUAUCUAUGUGUCUAACUAAUUUGAUUUUUUGUUUAUGUACACGCAUCAUUUGUUAUAGUUACGAAAAACAAAAUCGAUUCGUAAUGCGCAGUGCAUUUUAUGCGCGUAUCGUCUGGGGAACCGAUAUCAUCGCGCGUAAACAAUUGUAAUUAUUAACGAAGCGGAUGUUUUUCGACGCGAACAUCUUGCACAUUCCACUUUUCACGAAAAUAACUGUUUUGCUGUAAACGGAUAAUGUGCCAUGUGUAUGCGAUAUGUAUUCAAUACUGCCAGCAUAUUAUGACUUGUUUUCGAUUUUAAAACUUUGAAAAAAAAAAAAAAAACCUCCGCAUGAAAACGCAAUAAUUCGCUAUGAUUCACUGUGUUGUAGUGCGUUUAAUUUAAAACCUGUAUAUAUAAGUGCACGAUAUUAGUACUUGUACAGAGUGAUUCUUUUAUCACGAACUAGCAAUUUUCUGGGAGGAUUUUAAGUGGAUUUAAUUUCUGUUUCUUUUUUUUUUUCUAAUCGUUACGGAAUCGCUUUGUUUUAACGCUAUUUUCGAUUUAUCGUUUAAAAAUAGAUACGCAGUUCAUUAUACCCUUCUCUAAUCUUCCGUUAAAACGUUAAACUUGUCUAACUCAUAAACGGUAAAUCCGUUAUUGGUGUUAUGCAUUGGUGUCAUGGUGUGUGCGAAUUUCCAGAAAAAUAUCCUCUAUUUAUUUGAAUCUGCGAUUGAAAGGAGGGGGCGUGGUUGUUCUGAUCUAAAAAUCCAAAGUGGAUACUCAUUUCGGGUGUAAACAAUUGUAAAUUGUGUUGAAAUAAGGCUUAAAUGAUUUCAUAAAAGUCAAAAAAAAAAAUCACAAAACACAAACACAAAAAAAUCAAAUUCGCAUAAAAUCCUCCGAGAAAAUAUUGCUAGGUUCGUGGUCAAAGAAUCACCAUGUAUAUACUCACAAUUGUUUUCGACACAGGUGUAUAAUAUUGUAUAAAUACGUGCAAAGACCCGGCGGAGGGUUGAGAUUGUAAUAUCGUCGUAUACGUUGUACGUGUGUCGUUCAUUAUCAAGUGCAUCACGUAUUUACCGACACCAUUGUCUGACAAGACGAAAACAGAGUAACCGACCGUGUGUGUAUGUGUGUGUGUGUGUGUGUGUGUGCGCGCGGGAAAAAUACGUCUAUAAAAUGUCGUCGAGUUUUUAUCGCUUGUACCAAAGUGGCAUUUGUUUUACAAUGGCAUUGUACUCGAUUGACACGUCGUACACGUACUUUUACUGUCGAGGGAAUAAAACCGAUAGCGGCCUGGCGACGUGUUGCGCACGACGCGCGCGAUACGACUGUGGACUUUCAAACCCGAAAUCGAGUAGUUUGUUAUUAUUAUCGUGUUUUUUUUUUUUUUCCAUAUCCCACAAAAACAUUAUAAUAAACAUCGUCUUACGCUGCUUACGUGUUUCGCGUCCUUACACACCAAUGCCGUCGCCGACCACAGGACGGCCGUACCGAAAAUUAUUAUCGUAUUCGACGACCCGGCAUUAUACAAAAGGUAUUUAUCGGGGCACCCACCUAACGUUUAUCCGUUCUCGAAAAAUAAGGCGCGUAAAUCAACGAAAUAUUUUUUUUCCCGCCGAAGGUUUUACUAUCGCGUUUACAAGCGUAAGUGGCCGUAAUUUAUAUAAACGAAAAAAAAAAAUAAAAAGACAAGCGGAAUCGGGGCUUUAUAUUACGUGUAAAAGUACGACGCGCGUGUAAUAUAAUAAUAUAUAGCGUCCGAGAUAAUAAUCGUUAAUACGGAUCACGACUGGAGCGGAUUAUUUUUAUUUUUUCCAUACACUUCUUCUUCUUCAUUCUCCUUUUUAUCCCGAACCGAGUGAUUGAUGAUAAUUUUAUGAUAAGAUAUUUCAACCAUAUACGCGGUUCGUGAGCUCUUUAUUUACAUUGUGUGUAAGAAAUGCGUCCCGCAGGUACGACGACGACGUAAUCGUCGCGCGCACACUCGUAAUAUUAUAAAUAUAUAAAUAUAGGCCCACAAUCGUCUACGGCUAUUUCUCCGCCGCUCUUUCUUCGUUUGCCUUAAUUCCAAGCAACAAGUGACCCUGUAUACUCAUUACUGUCUCUAUAUAUUUACACUAUUAUUCUCGCCCUUCAUUUCACCCUGUAGCCAUCACCUCAUUACUUCAUCUAUUCAAUAUAACCUCCAGUCACUUUUUCUCUGGCCGUCUACUCCCCCGGCUGCCAUAUGCCCCGGUCAGGUCGUUUCUCGUUCUCUCAACGUAUGCCUCAUUUAAACGUCUCAAUCAAUUUUCUCUCGUCAGUUUUCCGACUAUAUCAUCUUUUGCAUUUAUACACUUUCCAAUUUUCCGUACUUCUUUAUUUGCUGUCGGUCUUCCUCGUCGUUUCUUGAUACGAGUUCUAUUCGCGGCCUUCAUCUAAAAUGUUUCUCCCCUCAUAUAAGUAACUACUAAUUAUCUAACUUAUUCAAAAUCUCGUUGUCCUACAUCCCGAGUAUUUAUCCCCGUUACUCUUAAUCUCGCAUUCCACAAUUCCAUAUAUCACCCCUUAUACGAACGUGUAACCUCUAAUUCACAGUGUGUGCUCUUUUUAAGGCAUGACACUAUGCCUCCCAAUAAUCGCAAUCGAUUAACACGCAUUUACAGUUUUCCUGCUAUACAGACGUAUUAUUUUACAGGUUUCGCUCUGCCGUCCGCAGUAACGCCGCAUUUCGAACGCCAAUCCGACCCGGUCACGUAAUCUCAUUUUGUCACUUGCAUUUUAUUUAUUUAUUUAUUGAUUAUUAUUCAAUACCCGACACCGUGGACCGCACGAAUAAUACCAACGAUAAUACGGCGUGUACCUCGGUCGUCGGUGGGAAGCGGUGGCCGAGAGUCGUCGCCGUAAUAAUAUUAUUGCGGCGUUCACACGCGCGUAUAAUGUUAUAAUGUAUGCGUAUAACGUUGUGCUGUUGUGAUAUGUAAAACCGAUACUUUCGAUGUUAUCUCGUUCGACCGAUCGCACGGCCGACGACGGCGGAAAAACGAAGGAGGGGGGGUGGUGGGGAAAAAAAACCGACCGCCGUUUAAUUAGUGUCGGUUCGCGCGUAUAUACGCGAGGUGGUCCAGACACAAUGAGCCGGAAAUCUCCGGAGACGCGCCGCGAGUACGCAGCCGCGCCGCCGGACCGCUGCAGAUAAAUGGCUCCGGGAAAAAUAAUAAAUAUUAUCGCGCGACAUUUUUUUUUUUUUUUUUUUUUACAUCGCGUUUAUCCCGCCGACUCGACCGCACUGUAUAACAAUAAUAUCGCGUGUAAUAUACAUUUUAAUUAUUUACCGGCCGUGGAGUGUUCUCUUUUUUUUUUUUCAAUUUUUUUCUACAGUCCGAGUACGCGUUUUCGCGCCUCCUAUAAAUAACGUAACGAGAGAAAAGACGCAAUUAUAAUAAUGCGUUUUUAUUCUUCUGAAAACUCGUAUAAAAAAGUAAAAAAAACACACACACACACAUACCUACAUAUCGGAUGAGAUUAUCAAUCCGUCGCGUAUACGUUUUAUGUGUCCGUACAUGUUCUUUAAUAUUCACCUGCGACGGCAUCGGCGGUGGGCGUCACUGAUAACAAGCACAUCUGGUCCGUCACGUUUCGUCGACCGGCUUUGUGCACAAGGUGAGCGACAAAACCGUUUUAGACGAUCGCGGAUGAAUUAAGGAACAUACUUAGGGCAUACGGUUCUCGCAUUUGUACUCCGUAACUAACGCGUCGAUUCGGACAUUUUUUUUCUGUUCAUUUUAAAAUGUACCGCAUGUAUUAUUAUUCGCUUCCGAGAUACGUUCGUUUAUAUAUUCGUAUAAAUUCGAUCGUAAAUCCCGAAUAUAGACUUAUAUUAAUGCAAUAUCAUCAUAAACUGUGCGAAAUCGAAUGGACGAAAUGGGAUAACCGGGAGUGUUGUCGGCGUAUUGCGGACAGUGCCGUGCCUGACGAGAUCGGCACCUGGUAUCAGAAAAAUUAAAAAAAAAAAAUAAAACCUGUCUGUCGGGCGUUACUACUCGUACGUUUGUUGAAAAAAUAUUCAAUUACAGAACUGUAAAAAAAAAUAUAAUGUCGCUGCUGCAGUAAUCAUAGCGCCCGGUGCGUGGGCACCUCUCACAGCCCCCUAGGCACGGUCCCGAUUGCGGGUAGCCCGAGAUCGUAAAAUGGUUUUAAAUGUCAACACUGGGUAACGCCGAAACGUGUGUUGCGGAUUGGCUAAGGAGAAUAAUACUUACUAUGUACGAUAUGUUAUUGCAGAAAUAACGAUUUUAAUUUACGUGUUGUUUUUCGUGUUUAACUAAUUGUAUAAUUCAACGAUUCAAUUAAAAACCGUUUUAAACAGAAACCGUGACCUUGCCUUCCGAAAUUAAAAUUCAUCUGAACGGCCGAAUGGUUGAGAAACGUUGGUGGAUGCUAAAAACAUUUAGAUUGCCUUGGAUAAUUGAACAUGACCAUAGAGUUGCAACAUUAUUCUCGUGUUAUCAAAUAUAUACGAUGCGAGACGCACCUUAUCCCUGGCGCGUAUUAAAAUCACGGCCGAAAAACUGUUAAGAACAAACACAAUAACUGAUUAAAAAUGUCAAUCGGACAAAUCGGUAAAAUAAACGUUAGAUCCGAUGAAAAUGUAUUCGAUAACGUUGAAUUCGGGAACGAGACUCAGCGAACAAAACGUUUUAAAACCGUUGAGUUUUGAAAUGUAUAUUAUCAUUUUGAUAAAACAUCGCUGAAUUUCGGAAGUCAGCUGUUACGGCACGUGUAAUCAGUGACGCCGAAGUUAGUGAAAUAGAAAAAAAUAAAAUAAAAUUAGCCUUGUAAAAAUAGUCCGACUUUUAAAGACGCGGGUUUUAUGAUUGCUGGUACUUUUUUUGAAAAAUUGUUCUAAUACUUUGUCUAUAAUUUUUGCUUCUUAUGUUUUUUUUUAAAUUUUAAAUACUUUUUCGGUUACGGAAAUGCUCCAAUCUUUUCACAGAGUACCCCAAAAGACGCGGAAAUUCUUCCCGGUGGUACUUUAUUCGAAACGUUUAUCGACAUUUUUCAUAGUUCAUACCACAGGCGUUUUUUGUUUCUGUCGAUUUUCGGAUUUCCUCGGCAACAUAAUAGGAAAUCGAACGAAAUGUUAUUACUAAGCUGAAAAUCGUUUUUCGUUAACAAAUGAUUUAUCGUCGCGUAUAGAUAUAAAUUAAAUUAAUUUAUAUCUUGAUUUCCGACUUUUUUUUGUUAAACAUUUUUUUUUUUUUUUUUUUAAAAAUUUUUUUUUUUUUUUUUUUUUUAAUAAGCGAUAGGUAUUAUUUCAUCGGCCGUAGGCGCAUCAAGUGUUUUUUUUCUUCUCUUCACGUCUCUCGUGAAUUCAAUUAAACGCACAUUACGCAUUUUAUCAUUUUACCUAAUCAUAUUUCCGUCGUGUCCGAUUAUGUACUCUAAUAUUAUGCCGAGUAAUUAUUAAUAUACGUAUAUAUAUUUUCGGCCUUCGGGUGAUGUGUUUUUUUUUUAUUUUUUUUUCACCGAACCCUACCAAACGUUCGGUUACGUCCAGAUACCUGUACAUACCUGAUAUUAAUAUUAUUAUAAUAAUCUCUAAACGUGAUAUUAUUAUCGGCCGUUCCGAGGGCGUAUUUUGUUUUAAUUUACGCUCUUGUCGUACCUAAUGACGAUAAUGAUAAUAAUAUUUUAAUAACGUGUUACGCGGCUAGUUGUACGUACCCGCGGAAGAAAAAAACAAAAAAAAAAAAUUAAAAUUAUCGGUAGGUUGGAACAAUCGAUUAAAUUUAACCGCGCGCGAUGAUAUCGAUUACGUGCAAACAUUAACGCGUGCAGGUUCGGUAACGUACCGGCGCGAGCGCGCGCGUUACUUUCUCCGCGGCUAAAAUACAUAAAUUACGUGUUAGGAGGCACCCAUAUUGUCCGCGGAGUGCCGCCACAGGAUUUUCCUCCGGUCCCCAGUCGAUUAUCGCGAUAUUUUAUACGUUACAGUUUUUUUCGGUUUGUUUGUGGGCGUUAAAACAACAGGAUUUCACACGGGAGUGGAUUGAAAAAUAACGAUACACUAUCGUAUACCCGGUUGUAUUUAUUUUUUUUGUUUUUUAUUAAACGGCGGGGCAAACUCUCAGGUCUCGAAAAAUAAUAAGACACGGAAAUUCCAGACAAAAAAAAAAAGAAAAAACGAUCGUAUUGUUAUUACGGUGGUCCGCGGUCUUUGCGGACACUAUACGAACGUUUACGUAAUUCCGGGGGGGGGAAGGGGUAAAUGAUCGUUUUGAACCGUAUGAUAUUGUGGGUACGACGCGUACAGGCACCCGGUCGUCGGAAAAAAAACGAUAACGGAAUAGUGCGCGUAGCCGAGACGGCGCGCGCGGCUGUCCGCAACGACGCCGUCGCCGGGAAACAAAGCCAGCCACGUCCGAACACGACGCCGCUCCGGUGAAAUCGGUGUGUUCCGAGCGAGAAGACCCGUAAAACCUUCGUGGAAAAACCGCCACGCGUACAGAAAUAAAGGGGGCGAGAAACGGGGAAUGGCGCGUCCGAAGGUUAGGUCGCUGUUCGAAGUGGAAUAGUCGCGUCGGGCCGGCGUCCCGACAAUGGUCAAGCGCGGCAAUAGAACAUCGAAGUGUUACAAUGUUUUUAAGCGGAAGCGGGUGACAACGGUGAAACGUCGUGUCCGGUCCUCGGUCAGCGUUCCGAGCACGCGUAACGUUAUGAAAUUCCGUCCGUCCGUUUCUCGCGGAGUUACGACAAACGCGCCUGACGUUUUUGUUACGGUCAGUAUUUUAAAACGAAUUUUUUUUUUUUCGCGUUAAUUCCUCUAUUUUGUAUUUUUGUAUUUUUUAUUUUAACGAACAAUUUUCAAUUCUCGAAAAUAUAAUUUUCACCGACUUCGAGACAUCAAAAUCGCGUGCACUUUUAUACACGUAUUUUGCAAUAAAACGUCGGCGUCGCGAAUCUAUUGAGCUGUUGGCGAUGUUGUUUUUUUAGUUUACGGAAAUCAUUGUCUUUCGCGGAUGAAUCGGGAAAACCGACUGACGUCAUUUGGAGCAUUUAGGCGGCGAACGAAAUUUGAACACGCUACCGCAAACAUCAAAAAGAAAAGAAAAAGAAAAUUCGCUACCGAUCGGGUACGCCAAAUUCGACCGCGAAAAUUAUCGUACUCCGUGCCGAUGUUCGUAACAGCACACGGUCGUUAUUGCGCCGGACAAUUGACCGCGGAAUAAAAAUUUCGGAAACGGGAGAGCGUGGCCGCGGCGGUAUUUGCACGAUGUCGUCGGAUAUCUAAAGGUGUUAUACAGUAUCGUCGUCGUGUUCAUUAUUCCGUCAACGAAACUCUCCGACAACCGCGGUUUCUAUGCGUUUCCCCUUAUAGUGUAAUAAUUUUAGACGGUUCGUCUCGGCUGCGGCGAAAGCGAACGAAAACGCGCGGUCCUGUGAGAUUUUCGCCGGGAAAUCGAACGAAACUACGCGUCUCGUACAGCGCGUUUAUUAUUAAUUAACGAGGCGAGUUUUUCUGCGACGCCAAAACGAGUUGUUUUUUUUUUUUUUUUGUUUUUUCCCGUAAUAAUAUGCAGAUUCGGGCCGACCGUUUUAUUUUGAUAUCGUUUUGCAUGCACGCGAACUGCAAUAACACGACGGCGAUGAUCGAUAAUUCGAAUUUUGAUCGAUUGGUAUUUUAUUCAAACAGCCAACGACCGCGAUAAGUCAUAUUGGGUAUUCAAUGUUUAUACAUUAUAUAUAGUAACGACAACUCAAUGAAUCACCGGCUUUUCGGACCGUUCGCCUGCAGUCUGUACGGCUUCUGAUCUUCCCACAUUAUCUUUUUACCGACGUGAUUUUAUUUCCUGAUCACAUUCGUCUCGCUAACCGAAUCAAUUAUAUAAAAACCGGGUACGGUUCGUGUGUACAUUGGUACCUACAUAUAUAUAUAUGACUACAGUGUCCGUCGAUAAUUUAUGUAGCUUUGCAAAAUAUAAUAUGUAUAAAAAAAAUUCUCCGCAAAUUAAUUUCGAAAAAUAGAGCGACACUAUUGUCGCUUUUACGACUUUUCAAAAGAUCCCUGUUUCGAUUUCCGUUCAAAUUUUAAAUUCGGAGCGUAACGAGAAAUGUUUUGGUUUUACAAUGAAGUUUAUUAUUAUUAUGAUUUUCUUCGUCUGUGAACAACAUGUGUACCAGAUAUCUUGCUCCGAUUUUCAAGUAUAGUACCAUUUCCGAAAGGAAAUUUUAUCCGGGUGGUACUCUUCCAGGUCAUUUUCCAAGCGGGAAAAACGGGACGAUUUACAUACGCGUAUACAAGAAACUUCGUUCCGAAUCGUUUUUCAUUACUACAACGGUUUAUCAUCGCGCACAGGUAUAAAUUUUAUUCCCAUCCAUAUCCUACCUUAUGUAUGUGCGUCUUUUUAUUUCUCUCGUUUAAAUGUCGUUCAAUAACUGAUAUUUACUGAUUUCACGUCCAUUUUGGUUCGUUUCGCCUUUUAAAGUUCCAUUAAUAGAUAUCGAAAAUAAUAUUAUGUAAAACGCGUUGGGGGGUGGCUAAAGGCCCUUCCCUUGGAUCAGCGCCCGACGAUAACGGGAAACUCUAUAAUAAUUAUGUUGUCAACGACGUGAAAUCCAUCCAUUUAAUAAAAAAAACUAAAACAAAUUAAAAACCAUUUUGUUUUCAUUUAAGUGUAUACUUGUACGAUUGAAAUGUAAUAUUAUGCAUAGACGGUAUUAUACGGCAUAUAUAAAAAAAAUAGCGCGUUGGCGAUUGAUUUUUUUUUUUUUUUUCAAAUGAAUAAAUUAGGUAAUCGUGAAAUCAAAUCGCGGUGAAAACUACUUGCCGAGAUAUUUAUAUUCAAUUAUGUAUAUAAAUUAUUCAACUUAACCGAUUUAAUUUAGUGUGUAACAAGGCUGUGUUUUAGCGGUGGAGAGGAGUGAUGAAUGGGUUCUAGGGGUCUCGAUAUUUUUGCUUAACGUUUUGGAGGACAGAUGCUUUAGGUAUCUUGCCUAAAACCUUCCCCGUCCUACGGUGGCACGUAUGUAUUCGUUACGUCUUAUCGGGUGUCCGAAUAGUUUUGUUGUCCUCAAAUUUACGGUUUAUACGAUUUCCCCAUUUUUUUUUUUUUUUUAUUUACUUCAACUCCCGCACUCCGUAAAACGUAUUUCGCGAGAAUAUUUAAAAAGACGUGUCGACACGCGUUCAGACCCCGAUUUUCUGCGAAACGUCAAAGACGCUCCCAAUGAAGCCCGUCUCUAAUUAUCGUAACCUUUAUCUGUAUAACGGUGUUGUAAAUGCCGUCGUUCGUGGCGCGCGCAGAAGAAUCACCAUUGAACCAUUCGUUAAAUUAAAAACGUAAAAAAAACAAAACACAUAUAUAUAUAUAUAUUCCGACAACCGAAUACACCUAAGUUCCGACAGAAAAUAUCUGUCAACGAAAUCAUAUCCAAUCAUACGGUAGUCGUUCGGUGGCCGAAUAACAUCGAGAGAGAGAGAAAAAAAAAAAAAAACAAAAAAACCCCCCUCGUAAAAACGUGAUCACGAUUGUAUAUUAUUAUUUCGAAAGCGUUGACGUUCCAAGAUCGCCGUACGCGAUAUUUUCGGACGCGGCGUACGUUCGGAAAUGUAUUUUACGUUAUUGCAUUAUCCACCGUUCGAGUCUUCUUUAAUAACAUCGUUGUUAUAAUAAUUCCGUCGCGGUCGAAAAUCCGUAAACACGAAACGACUGCGGAUGCACUACGGUAACGGCAACACGAUAAUACGGGUUUAUAAACGCCGCGGUAAAAAAUAUGUGCCGUAGGUGUCGAAUUUAGAGAGAGCGAGAGAGAGAGAGGGAGGGGGGAAUUAUAAGAAGAAGAAGCGGAACGAGAAGAAAUACUUUUGGAGAUUAUUACCGUUUUCACGGCCGAGCGUAAUGGUACGACGGCCCGGACGUACCUGACGGUCUGCCGUCGCCGCGUCGCCUCGCUCGGAACGUUAUUACGGCCCGAGACGGGUCCGGGGAGUUUUGAAAAAUUCACUACAGGCGUACGGGUAGUACUCGCUGUGUAGGAAUACUUGGGCGUACCGGCGCCCGGCUCUCGUGUGCCCGGUACACCGUGCGGGUGCCCGACCGACGCUCGUCCCGCUUGUCGCCGCCGUAUUUAUUUAUUGGCGCGCGCGGUCGGACCGCGCGCACGCAGCGUUUCGGACGGCGUUUAAACCGUUGCGAGCGGACGCGCGACGACGCAACAAUUGAAUUCGCUUCGAAUCGUCGCUGCGCUGCACUGACUUUCCAUUUAAAAAUCAACGUGCACCGAGCGUACGAAUGCCCGUCGUCCGUUGACGGCGUGAUAGUAUCGCACGGAACGACGUCCCGUAGUCCGUACGACGAUAUUACCGUUGUCUGCGUUACGAGCGCGUUUUUUGUUUUUUUUUUUUUUCCGUCUAAACACACCGAGAACAAUAAAUAUAAGCGCACAAUGUCGUCGUGUACACGCUGUACGGCCGGUAACCGGGAAAUCGUUCGUUAGUGGUCGAACCGUACGUGGUUGGUUCCACAGCAUUCAUCCACGGUCCCUCAGCGCCCUCCACUGCCACUGACCGGCCUCUUCACAGCCCGGCAUCUUUAACAUGACUUUAUUGAUUAUUGUUGAUCUUGAACGUAUUUCGCCUCUUUCGGCUUCAAUUCGUCCUUCUCAGAUCACGCGGCGCACUUCCUCGCGUCUUAAAGCGCGUCCGAUUAGUCUCCGUUUUCUUUCUUCAGUCGACCUUAAUAAUCCUCCGGGUCCAUCAAUUUUAUCGAGUACAUUGUCAUUAGUACGGGACUCCGUCCGGCACACUCUUAGUAGCCUCCGUCAGCAUCAAGCAUUUUGAAAUUUUCGAAAUACCUCUUUUCUGCUUGGUUUAUCACCCCCAAUUUCUGAAACCGUAUAAAGCCACGCUCCAUACAAGAACGUUAACAAAUCGUUCCCUCAUAUUCAUACUUAUCAGACUCAUUUUCUUAGAGCAAAGCCGUUUCAUAUGGAUCAUAAAUGCGGUUUUCGCCUGCGCUUAAUUUCCUUAGUACUCUGGCCAUCAUCGGUAAUUAGACUGUCCAGAUAUUUAUAGCUGUUAGCUUUCUCUGUAUGGUUGUUUUCCACUUGAAUUGUGUUUGUCGGCAUAACAUAUUUUAGAGCUAACUAGGAAAAAUUAAAAAAAAAAAAAAAAUUAAAAUCGAGCACUAGAGUCAAAUAUUCUCCCGGCUGUCUUGUUGCCAAUAGAAUAUUUCAUGGUGUUUUUUUUUAUCGUAUUUUGAUCAUAUCGGAUUUCGAAAUACGUAAUGUAGUUCUCGAGAUUUUCGGCAACUCACAAACAGACGGUAAGCUCUGGGGUUAAAUGUUGAAACCUUCUGAAGGCACGUUCACGGUACGUACGCUAUGCAUACACAAAAUAUUAUCCCCCCCUGGCUUCAUUUUGGGAGGGGUCUUAAAGAAUGUACAAAGCUAAAAAAAAAAACACCAUCAGUCUUCUCUCAAUAAAAUGGUAAUAAUAAAAUUCAAUCAAAAUUGGUUAUCGAAAGAAUAUUGAAAUGUUGACAGAUGUGUUAUAUUUGCCUUUUCUAGACGUAGUCGAAUUUCUAAAAUAAUAUGUGAUUUUCCGAGCUAUUUUUAGUCAUUUAACAUUUUCGAGUUUUUUUUUCAAAGUAUUCAUUUGGUAGAGUACGCACGCAAUUAUUUUACCAAACAUGCUUGACAAUUGCUCGACAAACAUGCUUAACUUGGUUAGUGAAAAAUUAAUGUAUUAAAGUACUAUUAACGUAGCAGAGAUGAGAGUGCUGAAAUGGAUAAGUGUAGGUAGUCACUAAAGAGGAUUUAUGAGAAAUAGUAUUUUAUUGACGUUGUUUUGAUAGGCCGCUAAGACAAUAGAGAAUAGAUUUAUAUGGUUCGGGUGUGUAAUAAAUAGAGACGAGUCGGAAGCUGUAAUAUCAGCUAUGUGAAUAAAUGAGUGUGGGAAAGGGGGAAAACAUAACCGUUACACCUUUUAUAUUAUAUUUAUGACAAAAUAAUGGAUAAUACACUUUGAAAUAGUUUUAAUUUUUUACAGUAGUUAGGUAUGUGCAAUCGUACAUUAUUCAUAUGGAUUUCAUAGAAGGGACAGAAGUGCACAGUUAUUAUCAACUAAUUGCAUAAAACAACUUUAGAUGUCCACAAGUUUUCUUCAUAUAUUUCGUUAGACAACCGUUUUACCUGUAAUCGUGAUGGUAAGAUACGGUUGAGGGCGCUGAGAGGACUGUUAGCCGGAGCGCAUGCAGAUGACGUGGAAGACCGAGUCAAGGGGAAUGUUACCGACGCCCGAAUAUAUUUGAGGAGUAGUUAGGGGAGAAGAACAACAACACUGUCCAUGCGGUAGCCGACAAUUUACAAUGACUACGGUUUGAUUUUAUCCGGCGAGCGUCUUUGCCAUCCGGAUAGGAUAAAGCUAACAAAAUACGGCCGCAGAGAUUAUGAGCAGAGACGUGUCCGGGUAUGCGGAGUAACGGGGAACAGGGGUGUUGGGCUAUAACGCGGAGAUGCGGAUGGCGAGAACGUAAGCAUAUUACCGACUUCAUUUGCCUGCGACAAAAACGAAGAGGAAGCAGCAAACGUUUAUCGCCGAGUCACUGGUAAUUCGAUUUUAGUUUGGUUCAGCCGAGCUCUCGUAACAGAUUAUUACGAACUAAAAUUAUGCGAUCGAAACACGGCUGUCCUUGAGUUGAAUAAUAUUCAGCAUAUUAUAUAUCGAUCAUUAACAAUAAUAAUAUUAUACACCGAUUAAAACGAAACCGGACGCGAAACUACUUUCGCGUAGUUGUUCCUUUUCACUCGGCGCGCGCAGUGUGUAUACUCGUAUUUUAUUAAAACGCUAUUUAAGUGAACCCGUUUCAGUCGCGGACGGUCGGUACGGGUAUGGGUAAAGGUCAUACUCGUACACUUUGUCAAUGAGUCCGUACAUUUUUAAUCGUUAAAUUAUAAUCCGAGUGGCUAUACCGGUACGGACAUGGUAUUUUAGGUAUUCUAACGGCGUCAAUGUGGACGAUACUACGUUACUAAUUCGUAAUAAAGUUGAAAACCUCGGAUUAUUUUACGAAAAUCGCACGCUGUUAUAUCACUGUUUCAGUGACGGGACGAUGGAGGGGCAGGCGUGGUGUGUUGUACGUUUGGCGAAAUCCUCCCUUGACCACACGGUAUAUCUAUUGCAGUUAUACGGAAAGGAGAACUGUUUUACAGUACGGCCAUAUACGUAAUUAAAUGGACAUUUCAUAACAAUGUUCGUAAUAUAUAAAAAUAAAAAAAUUGUACGUCCGAGAUCGGUUAUCGGUAUCGUACGAUAGUUAUUUACAGUUGUUCGUUAAUCGCGGUUAUUGAGAUAAUUGAUUACAACGGCUAUCAUUUUCCCGUCGAGAUAGAUACGAAUAUUGCCAUCCUAUUCGGUGCGUUUUUUUUAAGUUUUAACGUACCGUGAUAGUGGAAAAAAUAAUUGUGCAUUUUUAUCAAAGCUUACCUUUAGGAAACUCCCGGCUACACGCACCCGCGUGACGCAGGUAAAUUAUCGGGAAUUGAUCACAGCCGAAAGUUCGCAGAGUCCGUUAACUCGUCGCUCAGAAUAUGAUUCUAUUGACUCGCGAAUCGCACGGUAUUAUUGUAUUAACGCGGGGUUUUCAACGAGUCAUAUGCUACGACACGCGUGUGCAUUUUACCCGGAUAAUAAUAAUAACAUAAUAAUCCCGUCAUUUAAUUUAACCGCGGAUAAUAACUCGGCGGUAAGUACAGUUAUAAUAAAAAUGCAUAUCCCGUUAAGGCAAAACACAAUAUCAGGAUUUUUACCGGGGACGGGCAACAACCGCGCGAGAUCUGGCGGUGGGCAGGCCGACGAUGUUCUGCCGAUUCGCCGUUGUUGUCGUUGAGUAACGCGAACGAGAAGAAAAUCGGCCGCGUGUGGGAAGUUCCCAUAACGUGUACAGGAGUUUAUUUUUAUUUUAUUUUUUUUUUUUUUUUAUAUUUUUCUGCUCAUCGCGUUUUUCGUGUUAUAUUUCGUCGUAGUUUUAUUAUUGUGUUGCACGUCUAAAAUAAUUAUAAAAAAAAAAAAAAAAACCGAAGUUUUCAGUUACAUUUACAACGUAAUACACUCGUGCACGGCGGCGACGACCGUAAUAAUAUACACAGCGAAAUCCUUUUAACGUCCGUUCGUAUACAUAUAUUAUAACCGUGGGAUCCCAUUAAUGCGCUAUAAUCACGUAAUAACAUAUAAUAAUAAUUACAAUGUCGUAUUAACAUAACAUUAAAAAAAAACCAAUUUUUUUGUUUUGUUUCUCUUCAUUAUCUCUCGGCACCGGAAAAGUGAAAUUAUUAUUAUUAUUAUUAUUAUUUUCGUUUAUGCCGUUCGCGCGGACAGAGCAAUUAUAUUACACAAAACGAAAACCGUUUCAUAUUAUAUGAGAAUUUAACUGAAACCGGGCUCGAAUGUUACGCCCGUUUAGUCUCCUCGUGCCUCGCGCGCCGGAAUCAUGAGGUCGUCGUGUCGUCUCUGUUACCGCGAAAAAACGUCAUUGUCCCGUAUAUCUCAUGCUUGGGUGUUGCGGUUUUUAAAAGUGAGGUUUUACGUAGCGUUCGUUCGGAAAAGCAAAAAAAAAAAAAAAAAAGAACCCGUCACGAUAUAUGUUAUGCUCGAUUCGACCGAAAACAUUUUUUAUUAUUUUUCCUUUUUGUUAUUUUUUUUUUUGCUAUCGCAACAUCCGCGUGCGAUUCUGUGUGCUAAUGUUAUUACUAUUGUCUCCAGGAUCAGCCCAGACCGCCGGUGUACAAUGUCGAAGACUACGCCGGAUCACUGCGCAAAUUCGGGAAACGCGGACCGCAACUGCAGACCAACGCCGACGGCCAAAACGACGAUCCGCAUCAUCCGAAACAGACCGAAAUGACGCUAAAAGAAUUCACGUCGGCAACCGAACUGCUGGACAAACUCAAAGCCGAUUUAAAACUCGCGUAUUUCAGGUAAAUAACGCAUUGCACUACUCGAUUGUUAUUCCGUGUAAAUGUGUACAUACAUUUUAAAAAUCAGUACGAUUUCGUACCGUGUGCAGGCCACAACCGUUUCGACGUAGGACGUAGGCGAGUGGUUGAAAAGAUAUAAAAGAUAGGGUAGUUCAGUUUAUACGCCGAAUGCCGCGAUCAAUAAUUUCAAUGAGAAAACCAUUCUGAGUGGAGCGUAGUAUAGUAAUCGUAUUCCCCGAGAUAAUCCAGAAAUCGACAUUAAUAAAACCGAUGUAUCGAUAUUAAUUUGUAGUCAGUUUUUUUUUUUUUUUUUAAUUUUACAGAAAUACGAGCACGGUUUUACUAAAGAAAUAAUAUUAAUUUUUCGUUUAGUUUGGUUUGAUUUUUUUUUUUUUCAUCCUUAUUACCAAGGUUGUCCUUAAGCAACAAAAAUACAAACAACACUGUUUCAGCUCAUCUUUAGAGGUUUCAUUCGGUGGAGGAGAAAACAACCUAUAUGUCAUUCCUGUGUCUUGGUCUAGAACUGCGUAUAUGCAAUUUUUUCACUCAAUCCUUUCAGUUGUUUUGACAUAAAGAGAUACCAAACAUCUAACCAUCAACAGACUUUCGCAUUUAUAAUAGAUAUUAGUAGGAUUGUUGAGAAUCUAGAAAUCUGGCGAAAAUUCCACAUUAUAGUAAAACUAAUAGGUAUUGAUUAUUUGCUACACUCGGAAUAUAAAAUAUGUGUUUAUAUCUUUUAUGUAUAAUACUUUUAAAUACUUUUAGAUUCUGAGUGGAGCGAAGAAUGUAUUGGUAUAACAAUAAUGUUUAUUUUUAUUUUUUUACCCAUGAACAACUUUUCUACGAGCGAUUUUACUCCGAUUUAUAAUGAUAGCACUUUUUCUGAAAGGGAAUCUUGCUGGGGUGGUACUUUAAGAAGACAAUUUUCUAAUUUUCCCAGGAGUUUGCCGAAUAAAUUAGAAAACUGAAAAAAAAAACGGAAGAAAAAAGGGAAAAAACGUAAAAAGGAAAAACAGAAAAAUAGGUGCAAUAUUUAACACACAUUAUAAAAGAAAAUUUUUAAUGCAUAUGUAACUAUUUUACCUUAACAUAUUAUAUAUUAUUGACGAUGCAACACUAUCAACCGAACUCCGCUCAGAAUCGGUUUUUCGUUAGCAAUGGUUAAUCGUUACUUACUGACGUACAUUAAAUUACAUAUAACCGUAGCUGCACCCGUCCCCAAUAUCUUGGACAGCUUUUAUUUAUUUAAUAUUCCUAAAUUAUAUUGUACGUCGUUGUAAUUGACGUUACUUGACAUCAUGUCACUUAAUUUGUCUAUAUACACAUUUUGGAGCUUGAAAUUAAAAAAUUAUUUUUCUUAGAUUUCGCUCAUCUCCCCGUCCCGGCACGCGAAAACUUUUUUACGUGAAAAAAGACACGAAUAACGAAUACGAGACGAGAUUUGGUUCGCCGUCUCGGCGAAUUAUACGAUCUCGACGUCGUAGAUGUUUUUGAACCGAAAUUUAAACGUGGCUACGAUACAAUACGGUAUACGUCUUAAACCACAAAAAAAAUAAUAAUAAUAAUAAUAAUAAUAAAAAAAAAAAAUAAGACUAGUCGGAAAAAUCCGGACGAAAACCGCGGCCAAUAUCGGUACCGUACCGUGCGACGGACUCGACAGACCACUGCGAACAAGCGUACAGUUCUGUCUCGGCGACGUUCGGUGCGUUGAAUAACGCGAAAUAAAUUUGAAAAAAAAAAAAAAAAAAUAAUAAUAAUAAUACACGAAUAACGUAUAGAUACGUCUGCGCGAGAGCGAAAAUACGAAAAUAUCUCGGCGGGGUUUACGACGGACGAACGGUGGUCCGGACGCGGCGACGUCGCGUCGUACGGGCCGGACACUCUGACGGGUCGGCGUGGACGAACGAUAACGACGAAUAAAUAUUAUCGCAUACGGCCGCGAGUUCGCCCGCGCGUGUUGUUAUUGGCCGUUGACACGUCGUAUCGUUUCGGCGCGCGCACGUUUGCAAUUGCGUCCCCCGUGACGGCGACAAUAUUCGAAAACUCGCGAAUUCCGAUUGGCCGUCCGUUUAGGUCACGAUAAGAAUCGACCGCACGCCCGGGCAAUAAAAAUUGCACACGCCGAAGAGAAAAAUUGUCCGAAAAAGGAUCGAUAAUAUCAAAUACGCCGUCGUUAUAAACGCGUGUUCCCGUCAGUUGCGGCACACCUCGCGCGUGUAAAAAAAAAAAAAAAAAAACCACAGAAUGGCUGCUAAUACUACGACUGGCGACGAUUCGAUGCCUCGUAAAUCCCUAAAAAUUCCCGUCACAAAAAAAAACCGCAUUUCCAAAAUGCGAAACGCAUUAAAAAAUCGUUUGAAAACCAAACAAUUGGACAGUACAAUUUCUUAUUCUAAUUGAAAACUACACGAAACGAGCAUCGCGCCGGAAGCUUUGAAAAAUAACGCAAAGCGCAUUGAACUCCCGGGCCUAGAUAUCAUCCAAAAACGGAAACGGCAUUUCCGACGUAAAUAAAACCGCGAUAAUUAGGAAGAUGACCAUCACAGAUAACAUUUUCUGUGUUAUUGUCAGUUCUUGAUCGUUAUCAUUAUAAUACUAUAGCAUUUCCGUGUUUAGUACUGGUUUUUUUUUUUUUUUUUGAGAGGGGGUUGCAUUAUCUUAAUUUAGACGAAAUAUAAAUUAUACCAAACCCGCAAUUAUCAAAAAAAAAAAUGUGUAUACGAAUAUAGGUAUAAUAUGGUUAUGCGACUGUAGAAAGUACCGCGAAUAUAUAACGCGUUAUCUUUCUAAAGGAAAAACUCAAAUUGCGAGUUCAGAAUAUAAAAAGAGGUAUGAUAAUGUGGACGGGCACAGCCACUGGUGUAGGUGGGAAGUAGGGAAAGUAUGAUAUAGACGGGAAUUUAAUGUAUAUCUGUGAGCAACAAUAAACUAUUGCUUACGAAAAAACGGUCCUGAGCGGAAUUCAGUUGACAGUGAUUUUUUUGUCAACAAUAUAUAUAUAUAUGUCAUUUCAUAGUAAAAUAAUAAAAUAAGCUUUAUAUAUUUUCUUUAAUAAAAUGUGUUUAAUGUUGUAUCGGUUUUCCCAGUUUUCCUAAGAUUCCCUCGGUUUUCCCGUGUUUUAUACCGGUUUUUCACGUUUGCUGGGAAAUACUUUUGGAAAAAAUCAAAGAAAUGACCUUCUCAAAGUAUCUCCCCGCAUCGAUUUCCUUUUCGAAAAGUGCUUAAAAAUUUAAAGAAGUCUUCUGGUAGAAAAGUUGCGGACAGAUAAAAAAAAAAAACCAACAAAUAAUCAACAUCUUUGUAAAACUAUGAGCUACUUCGCUCGCUCCACUCAGAAUCUAAUACUAUAAUGGAAAUCGCGGUUGAAAAAAGCAUAUUAUCAAUAAUUAUGAAACGGCAAAGAAAACCAUUCAGAGACCCAUGUAUGCCUGAAAUAAUAUAUUAUCUGUCAACAGUAUAAAGGUUAAAUUAUCAUAAAGAAUAAAAAAAAAAAAAGAAAAAAAAGUCUUUGUUGGAGUGUGAAGAACUUAUACAGUACCCCACUCCUGUAAAUACGUACACCACUGUACCCAGUCGAUAGAGGGUUGCGAUUAACUAUUUACCGACUCUGGUAAAAUGUUUUCGCCCAUUACGUUGUCCUUCGACGCGCAAUAUAUUUAACGUUAAAUCCAAAAAAAAAAAAACAAAACAAAAAGUAGUCGUGAGUGUUUCCACAUUUAAAACUAUAAAUUGUCUUCGAAUCGCCGACUAAGUAAUCUUGUGAAUGUCGAAGAGAAGUUACUCCACCCCCGCCCACGUACACUCCCUACCGCCGACCCCGAGUAAACCGCAGAGUAUUAUGGUCGGUAACGUUCGGAAGACGGAGACAACGGGAUUUUUUCGACGCCGGCCAUUCGGGUACGCGCCUUUUAAUGACACGGUCGGUUCUCGUAUCGGGGUCCGGGUCCAGACGAUAAUAAACCGCUCGCGGUGCACACAUAAUAUUAUCAGUUCGAAACCCCGAAAGACUACGCGCGCGUAGUGACCAAGGGACGAGUACACUGGUGGCAGCGAUAGGGGCGGGGCUUCGACUGCGGGACGAAAUCGGAGAAAAUAGACCGCGACGGUUUUCGGGCGCGUCGCGCGGAGACAACGGAAGCAACGGGAAUGGCGUCCGAAGCAACACUGGUCGCGGCCGGUAAAGACGGCGCGAGGGAUCGGGCCGAGCGGGAGUUCAAGACGAACGGAGCUCACGUCGGACAGCCGGGAACGCGCCGGAGAAGAGCAUGACGAACGCGAUGCGGACAACGGAGAUCCGCAGGAAUGUCGGUCCCGAUUGCCGUUCAAUCGAAACGGUUACGGAACGAACGGGUCUCUAAAGACGCCGUAGCCCCUUUCCCCUUCCCCCCCCCCCUCAGCGUAUUACCCAACAAAACAGGCCCCGGGACACGAGUUCGGUAUUAUCACUGUCGCGCAAUACGUUAUUCAACACAACAAUAACAGUAUACCUAAUGGUGUUCCGGAUUUAAUGACUCAAUCGUAAACGUUUUUUUUUUUUUUUUUUUCGCCUCUUAAAUCCACCCGAAUCAAAACGCGCUUAUAAUGGCCGUCGAUCUGGUCGAUAAUCGGUGUAAACACGAGCGAAUUAUAUCGUUACUGUUAUUCGCCGCCGGUCGCCGCUGCACAGUAGGUCAUUAGAAUAAAAAGAUGUUAUCGCGUCGAUCGUUUUCAUAGAUCGGAUACGUUUUUAAACGUUUAAUUAUACGGCGCGCGUUUCGCCGUAACCGUUGGCGGACACUGGCGGGGGAAAACGAUAGGGGCAAAAAAAAAGAAAAAAACGUACGCGUAACAGCGCGAGCGAGUCCCAAUGCCCUAGUGUGUGGUGCGAGUGGCGGCUGCGCGCGUUAAACGAAAAAAAAAAAACAAACCGACCAACCAACCGACCGGCUGAUCGAGUGUUAUAUCUACAGGGCGGUCUCCAUUUAUAUCCGUUGCCGAGCUGUUUCGAGCGAAUACGAUUUUCGUUUAUUAUUAUUUCUAUUUCGCAACAAUUAUUGAAUGUUCUAAACUGUUUCAACACUGUUGUUGUCAAUGUUUUUCCCCUACACCGUGUACGCGAAAUGAUUGUACAUUUUGAAUUUUCGUACGGCGACCCUCAUUUUAAACGCCGGUUCAAAUAGAGAAUGUUUUUUUUAUGGAAGAUACGCCGAUAUCGGAUUUAUCGUGUACGGGAACAUUGCAACAGUCCAGGGCUUAGACCGGAGAAAACGUUAUCGAUCCAUCAAAACGUAUACGAAAUUUAUCACACCUCCCUACUCAUCCGGCCAAAAUGGCAUACUGUUACAACUACUCAAAAACGGUAACACCGAUAAUACAUAUUAUUGUCAAUGUCAGUGUUAGGAAAAAAUAUAUUCUGUAUUCGAAUAUGUAUACAAAAAUUAUAGUGGUAGGGGGAGUUUCUAUUUUAAAAUCAAAAAUUUAUACUAACUUAAAGAAUACGAGGAGUGACGCUAACAGUUUUAAAAAGAAGCUCGAACGAUUUUGUAUAAAGAUUUUCUUGUUUUUAAAAGAAAUCAGACUCCCCCGAGAAAAUUGCUGGUCUAUAUUAAGUGGAUCGCCCUGUAUCCCAUAGAAAUAACGGUUUUAAUACAAACGCGCGCGCGCGCACACACACACACACACACACACAGACGUACACAUAGAAACACACCAACUGCCCGGUAUUUAAUUAAUCACUAAAAACCGGUAACACGGUCACUUAUUUUGACCGAGAUAAAAAAAUAUGUAUAAUAUCUAGAUACCCAACGUAAAAGGCAAUAACAAUAAUGCAUUUUUUUUUUUUUUUUUUUUAUCGUCGUAAUAACAAUAAUAAUAAUAAUAAUAAUAAUAAUAAUAUCGUUAAACGUGUUUAAAUCUGCAGCAAUACAAGUAAGUGUACGCGUUCUCAUAGUACCAGUAGGUACGCGAGAUUUCGGAAUACCGAGUAACAUAUCGAAUGCCGAUACUUAUAAUAUAUACGGAUGAUUGCAUCUAAAAAUACUUCUACGUGACCUUGGUCGACUGUAAUAGUGUCCCGUGCCCUCGACGAACGCAUAUUACUGGGUCAACUGGCGGUUUAAAACGGUUAGAAAAAAAUAAACCGAGAAAAAAUCAAUUAGAAAAACGAGUAAAACUAUGUGCGUCCCUAAUCAAUCGUUAUCGAACGGUACAAAAAAAAUGCGAAUAAUUUAAAAUCUAGUGUGAGAACCCGUAUUAUAAUUAGACACGGACGUUUUAAAAUCGUCGGUUUUAAUCGAAUUAUGUUAAUUGAAAAUCCAAACGAGAAAACAAACACCCGGGAGUUUCUGCGUGGGUAUGGCCUGAGAAUCGCAGGCGAUAACUGCAACGGCGGAUAAACCUUAAGGUGUAACAGAUGCACUAAAACAAUUACUAAAAAAUACGAUGAAAAUCAUUUCGAAAAUGUCUUAAAAUAAAUGUACGAAAAUUCUAGAAAUACGCUUUAAAAAUCCCGAAAAGGCCAUAAUACGCGGAAUACGAUUUUUUUUUUUAUUGAUUUUUUUUUUUUUUUUACACGAAAUCGUCAGGUCGUAAAACGCAUUUCGUUACGAGCUAUUGUUCGGCCGACCAACAAAGAGCACUCGCACUGUCUGUCCUGACGAUAACGCCGAUUUUACAGAAAACCCGAUAGCCCCUCGGAAUGUCACGUCCGACAGCAAAAACGAGCUUUGACGUUUUGUUAUUCUUUCAGCUUCGUACAGGAGUUCGUCGGCGACCCCAUAGACGGAGUGACGUUGUUGUUGGAGCUGCUGAAGACGAUCCAGCAGACCGGCACGCAGACCAAGUGCACGCCGGCCAACCAACGCCGCGUCACAUUGGACGAGAAUUCCUGUCUGCAGUGUCUGAAGUAUUGCCUACGCUGUCAGGACGCGGCCAGAAAAUUGGCCAUAUCGCCGGCCGGACUCUACACGCUGGCCGCGUGCAUUAUGAGCACCGUCAACCAGUCCCGUCUACUCACCCUGGAGGUCAGUACGCGUUUAUUCCGAACGUCCGAAAACACGAAACAAUAAUAAUGUAAUUUCUCCCGCGUCGACGAUCGUCCGAGACGGUCGGUUUACGUGACUGCCCGGUUUUUGUAGACGAGUAUCGUUUUUUUUUUUUUUUUUUCAUUAACCAAUGCAUUUCAAACGUGUUCGAUUUGUUUGUAGCGAAUCGCACAGUGAUUGGCCGAGUGCAGUAAUCGUUUGUACGGGUUUUCGGUCAAAACGAAUUUUUACGUAAAAACCUUCGCACAGCUCGCAUUUAUUUUGCAUUCAGAUUAUAUUUAAUAUGUGUGUGCAUAACUAGUCGUCCCGUCCGUCUUUGCCCGUGCAAAUAAAUACUUUGUGUUAGGUCACGUUACUGUAGGCAAAUAAUAGCAAAUCAUAAUCGUCGUUUUCCUUCCAAUUUGAACCCAAGCUUAGGAAUCGCAGCAAGUUUUAGCUUUUUAAUUAGCUGUACAGCGGUGGUCUAAUCGUCGUUGUGACUUAACCUGUUAAUUCUUCACGUUUUUGUUAAUUUCCCGUCGAUAUUACUGGAGUUAACUGUCAUGGCCUUUAAGGCCUCAAAUGUUUAAAAAUACCUUUUCUUUAAUUUCCAUUCCAAACUUGUAUGAAUUAGUUAUAUGGUCGCUUAUAAACAAUAAAAAAUACACUUAUAAAUUAUCAUUUUUCAUCUGGCCCGACCUACUGCGGUUUAAAUUUACCACUUCUAUUGGUCAUUUCGAGAAUUCCAAUAGUUUAAAACCUUCUCCGGACAAUACGGAUCAUUUGGCGAAAAACCGCGUAAAAACCGGUGUAGUGGUUUCGGAAAACACGCGUAACAAUAAUUUCCAUUUCACAUUCAUAUAUACAUAUAUAUAUAGAUUAAAUUUGAUUUUUUAGACUUUGUACUAACUCGUUAUACGUCACGUUUAAUUUGCAUUUUUUUAAUAUCCUAUUUUUAUUUUACUUUUACGGUCACCCUUAAUGCCUUAAUACAAUUUGUAAAUAAGAUCCUAUUUGCGAGUAAACUUUAUUACUCGAGUUUUCGUCUCGUCAACGCGGUGUUAUUUGUAACGUUUCUGAUGUCAUAUACAGCUGUUGACCAAAGCGUGCUGUGAAUCGGGCACGGCUGACGGACACAAUACGGUCUCGGACGCGAUGAGCACAAUGCGACUCCGGUUCGCCGAGCCCGUCAGGUUCAGAUUUCUGGUUGGCAUGAUGUCGGGCAGUGGCAGUUCGGGCAUGGAACUGCUGUUGGCCGGUCUGAAGUUCAUCAACGCGUUCACGGAAACGUGCCCGGAUCUUCAGACAAAGUUUUACGUGCAAGCCGAACUCAAACAGGCCGGUUUCAAGCCCGCGGCCAUAUUGAAGGUGCGUUUGACGUCCGCAAAAAACGAAUAACGUUGUUAUAGUUUGUAGUGUUUUCUUAUUAACCGUUACACGGUUUCUUCUUCCAGAAUAUUUCAAACAAGUCGCCACUGUUGAGCUCUGUUUCGGACGAGAUUUACAGGUGGCAGAAGAAUUUCAUCAAUGUGGAAUCGCUGAAAAGACAACAUGACGAGGUCAUCAGGGAGGCGAAGACUCUCAGGGAGAAAGUCAGCAUGCUGGAAAAGAAAAUUCACGUGAGCAUAAAAAUAAAAAUAAUAAUAAUAAUAAUAUUUGGCGUGUAGAACGAUGAAGGUAAUUGAUUUGGGGUAUUUUUUUUUUUUCGUCCGCCAAUAGUUUCUACAAGAAGAGAAACGUGUGAUUUCUUCGAUAAAGGACCAUCAUCUCGUGGACAGCGCACAGCUGAAAAACAAAAACGAAGGCGGCGGUAAUUCGGCCGAAGACGAGGGCAUUAGUUCGUCCGAACAAGACGACUGCGAAGAAGACUCGACGUCUAAAAAGGUGAAAACGCCGUAUAAGAUGUACAACAACAGCCUGUCGCAAGGUGACACGGCCGUCGAGGAAGUUCUCGAGGACUUUGACAAGGUGUUGAACGACGCUUCCACCACGGGGUCCGGUGGCGGCGGCGGCGGGAGCGGAAGCCGUCACGUGUCUUCGGUGAGCAGCGGCGGCGGAGGCUGUAGCGAUAACAGCAGCGCCAAGAGGUAUUACGGGUACGCGGACGACGUGGCCAUCGUGCCCACCAGGAUCGUCCCGGAACCGCCCAGAAGAUCGAGGAGCCUGUUCGUCAACAAGAAUUUCGAAGUAAAUCCGUUUUUCGAAGAGGAAGACGAAGACGAAGACGACGAGGAGAGCGCGGACUCGGAGUGCGCGUACGAAGAGGACGGCGAAGAGGACGAGGACGAGGACCGCAGCAAGACGAACAACAAGAACAAACGGACGGGCGAAACGUUCCGGUCGGUUCAGAAACAGAUCAAGAGGUUCUCGGCGCUCGCGGUACAGCGGGUCGGCGGCGACGGACGGCCCGAGGAUGCCGGCGCCGGGAAACCGCGGAAAGACGACGGCAGAAGAAAGUCGAUAUACGACGUGUUCGGGAACGGCGCCGAGAGGCCGGUGACGGUGACGGCGUCGCAAGUGACCAGGUCGGCGAGCACCAGGAACGUGGCCGACAUGAACGAUUCCCGGAUACCGGCGAUGAGGUUCGAACACUGCAAGUCCGAGCGGUCCGUGUACCUGCCCACGGGAUACGGCGGGUACGGCAGGGACGCCGACAGGGAACCGGCCAAGGUGUUCGUGACCCGGGGCCACAACAACGCGGGGCUGUAUUCUGGUUUCGCGGCGGGGUCCGGUAACCCGCAGCAACAGGCCCCGGUCAAAUGCAAGCCGAUCGCGACCAAUCCCAAUAGCGGCCUGAAAGCGUUACAGCACGUGAACGUCAUGUCCGUGCCGACGGGCAAGCUCACCGAUUUCCCGUCGGGACUCUAUUAGACUGAACUGAUAUGAUAAUAUUAUUAUUAUUAUUAUUAUUUUAUAGCGUAUUUUACGUCUUAGGUACAUUGUAAUAUUAUUAGUUUUAGUUUUAUUUGUACGGACAUGAUAUUAUUAUUAUUAUUAUUAUUAUUAUUAUUAUAGCGCCGAGUCGUUCGGACGCGCGCGCGCGCGUUAGCGUUCCACCGAGUUCGCCGUUCGGGAACCGAUCGGCUCUGUUAUCGUGGUACAGUUUCAGCAGCCCGUGUUUGGCGGCGAAAUUUGACAAUUUUAAACGGCGAAUAAAAACCGCAACGGCCGAAUAUCGUGUCGACGGUCGCCGGGAAGAAGGCACGGGUCUCGUUUUCGCGCAGUUUCCGGCAGGGGCGAAUUUGAUUUCGAAUGCCUCGGAACGGCGACGCGGUGAACCGUUCGAGUCGAUCGGGUCAAUUAUCGUGUCUGUACCUGUCGGUACCCGCCGCCCUUAUUUCGCCACCGACCGAGGAGAAAUUCCCAUACGCGUAACGGCCGGAACUAGACGGGUACCUAUAAAAUAUAAGUAACCGUUAUCCGAUAAACGUUAGACUUCAUUUCCGUUCAAAACUCAAACGGUUCGUUAUAGGAUUCGCAAAAACAGUAUUUUUUUUUUUUUUUUUUUAAAUAAAUCGCCGAGUUCGCGUAAUUAAAUAGGUCGCCGAAUCCGGAGAGCACUGUUUCCAACACUUAUAAUAGGUGUACAAUAUGUUUAUAAUCGGAAUAUUUAUUCGUUGUACGUUCUAGUAGUAAUAAACUAACAUUAUCACGUCGAAACGUAUAAUUAAAUACCACGGUUAUCUUUUUCAUUCGGCUGGAAGUCAGGACCUAUUCAACCACCGACCGACAACGCCACCAUCAACGAAUACCGUGGGCCGCGGCCUCUAAAAAAAACACAAUCGCCACGCUACUGUCUCGGAACAACAAUUACAGUAUCUCAAAUGUACACUACGCAUUGCUCGGGAAGAACAACAAAUAUUUAAAAAAAAGUUUAUUGUUCUAAACAUUUACAAAAUAUAUUUUCUUACAGAAUAUGGAAAUCGGGUUAAAAAAAAAUUGUUGAACUCGCAAAGUCGAACAAUUUAUUUAAGUUAUCUUGUUGUUACACAGUAAAUAAUAAUACACACACACACAUAUAUAUAUAUAUAUAUAUGUACUUGAUAUCAAAAAAGUUUAACUUAAAAAUAAUAAUUUAAAAACUUUCUUUUUAAAUUCUAUCUAUUCUACCGUCAUUCGGCGCAACAAUCAAACAUCUGCCUUGUUGUUGCACCGAAAACCAGACAUACUAUACGUUUUUGUGUCAUACCAUUGAUUUCAAUGCACCGAUUUGUUUGACUGUUGUAUCAAUCGACAAUCGCAAUAUUCUUCCGGAUACAUUUGAAAAAUGGAUUUCGAUCAAAUUUGGAGAUAUCCGGUUGUUGUUCCGAGGUAUUCAAUAACUAAAUGACAUAAAUAGUAUGAUUUAUGAUCUCUAAACGGCUAAAUAACUUAAUGGCCUAAACUAAAUGCAUGCGUAUGUCGUGUAAUGCUUUUUUGUCAAUCAAAAAGUACAUCACAGCGACUUAAGAUAUUUUAGUUUUUAAUACGACACGUGUGGCGCACAUACACACACGCUACCAAACGAUCAGAAAGAAGGGGCGUAUAAUUACAUUAUCAAAACACAAUAAAAAAAAAAAAAUAUGCCAAAAAUCGACUUUAGCUCUUGUUCCCCGGAACCAAAGAUAAUACAAUAAUAGUAUAGAAAAAAUAUUAACGUACAUUAACCUUGUUUUCUCUCGAAAAGUCGAUGCGUAAUCUGCAGUGAUAGAAAACACAAAUAUUAAACAGAUCGUAUUAUACUUUCGAUCGUUUUAAUUUUUAAUUAAAUAUAUUCCUAAAUUAUCCCUAAUACUUUACGCUUAAUAUUCGGAGUAUUUAAAAAAAAUACUAUUGUUGUAUUCGAAUAUUAAAGGUUUAUCGAAAUCUGUAAAAUACUUACUUAUUUUUGUUCCUGUCGCAUUUUACUCGCCGUCGACUUUAAAAAAAAAAAAAAAAAAAGGUCGAAUUAUAACGUCUCCCCCGAGGAUACCACUGUAUUAAUCUACAAGAACGGAACGCUAGGAACGAUGAUCUUUUUAAUAAAUAUGUAUAUUCUUUUUUUUUUUUUUCCCCGGUAAUAUAUUUAAAGCGUUUUCCACCGCAGAACGGCGUUCAAUUAAAUUCGUUUUAAUAAUGCGCCUCCAGUAAUCGAACCGGAUGGACGGUGUCGUUCUACAAUAUUAAUAAUUAUAUUAGAAUUUUUAUUAGUUAAUAAUAGGCUUGUUUUGGCAAGAUUGUGCAACUGUUUGAAACAUAAUGCAAUCCAAAAUAUAUGGCGCUCCGGGAUAUUACUUUUUUAACCGUUUUUAAGUCCGUACCCGGUAAUGAUUCGGAGAGUUAAUCCCCCGCGUGAAUUUAUUUUUAUUUCGCACAAUUUUACAUAUAUAUAUAUAUAUAUAUAUAUAUAAAAGUCGUAUUAAAAUUCCAACAUAUUUCACCCCAACCAAAUGAGAUUUUUCCUUAUUUUGAAAUUUGUUUCCGGGUACACGCCACAUUACUGAGCUGUACUUACGCACAUCUAAUAUUAUCAUAAUAACAUUCACUAUUGCCCUAAGCAAAACGUUUCAAAAUGUCAAGUGUCGAUUUCAUGUAGACCCGGGCGCCCCAUAGUUUUCAAAAGCUUUGGUUCCCCGGAAUAAUUGCCGCCGUUUUCCUCGUCCAUUAACACGUCUCCGGUUAUCAUCGCAGUAAAAGUUUUCUAUGAAAAAUAUUGUUCAUUCGUCGUUUUGGCGAAUGUCCAAGUAUAUGAGUAGGUACUUGGUAAACGACAGCGAAAUAAUGCGGAAAACGCGGCAAACUGUUUUACCGGAAAUCAACACGCCAAAACACGCCUAAUAGUUAUAAAGUUGAAUUCGUACGCAAAACCAUGUAAUAAUUAAUGAUAAUUAUGUUACACCUACCUACCUACCUACCUAUUGAGUGCAAUAUUUUUCGUAUUAAAACGGUACGGUUCGUGUAUAAAUAUAUUGUAUGCAUAAUAACUAUAAUAUUAUAAAAUAUCGACGAUUGUAAUGAUUAAUUGAUGGCAUUGUCUAUUCGUUUUAUUUUUAUUAUUAUUAUUAUUAUUUUUUAUAUAUAUAUAUAUUGCUCAAUCGUCAUUUUUUUUUCUAAAAUAAAAAAAUAAAAAAAAAAAACCUAAUUUUAUUUAUUAUUUUAUAUUAUAUUGUAUACGAAACAAAUGAUCUGUG